CAGAGGAGACGGAGGAGACGGUGGAGACAGAGGAGACGGGACACAGAGCGAGGGGUAGAGGCAGACCUUUGUGACCGCUCGGAGUCUGCAGCGACUCAGAUAGUCUGUGGGGAAUCUGCACUGAAACCCAAACUGCUGCUUUCACCAUUUAUCUGUCCGUCACUCUGUCUGUCUGUGUGGUUUUUUUCUUUCUCCAGGCUCCGUCUGUCACUCGCUCUGCAGCUCAGAAUAACUGCAGCCGCCUCCCAUCAAAUACGUCCAUCAGCGACGGGGCCAAACCGGCUCCGGGGCAGACUGCAGAGUCUCUGCAACCUUAAAGUUAGAGAUCAUGACUCAAACUCAGACUGCUUUGACACUUAUUGGUCGGUGCAAAGUAAUUAAUCUUUUUACUUUUCAAUGACAGUUACCUGAUAAAAACAGGAGCACACCCAGAGCCAGUGCAGAUAUUUUACUUGUCCUUGGAUUACUCGGUUACUUUAAUGAAUUAUCAGGUCUUCUAACCGUCACAUUUUGCACAGCUGCUCACUAAAUACUAAAUGGGAAUGUUGGGAGUUUGUCCGACAGCGGCCCUCAUUAAAAAUAUAUACAAGUCUUGUUCUGACUUGAAUUAGUAUAUUCUAAUGCCGGUAUUCCACCGCAUGCAGAUCCACUCCAGAAUGGCAGGUGGAUCAAAAACACAAGCGUACAGCGUCAAUAUCCAAUCCGAUGCCGAAAGCGGAGGAGAUGGGCUUGCGAUAUUACCGAUAUUUCUCGCGAGACUGGACGAGAGCUCGCAUGUUUCACCGUGAGACAUUGAAUAAGAUCGGCGGUGUAUAUAAACACCCACAUCCCACAACCCUGUCCUUUCCUGUUAUCACAUAAAGAAUAGUUCAAUGUAUUGACUUUAUUUUAUUUUGAAAAUUAACCGGAUAUUUUACUCUGUGGCUGCAUACAACUUCCGCUGCACUGAAUUGAUGCGUUAUGCUGUGGCGUCCGGCAAAAAUAGAAGCCUUGGGUAUCUGAUCUGACCGCCAGAGCAGAGCCGGACGGUGAACGGAUUGUGUGGAAUCACGCACAUUGAUUAUAAAGCUGGUGUAUUUGAUCACAGCCGUUCUGGAUCCUGUGGGAUUUAGCCGUAAUUCUACCAAAUCUGCUCUGCUCAAUGCUGCAGAAAAACUACACACUGCACCUUUAAUUUUGCAGCAUCAUGGAAACAGAAGCAUUGCAAAUCUGCAUACUGCUUAUAUCUUUUAGCUCUGCUUAAAUGAAUAGUUUGGGAAAAGUCAAUUAUAAUUUUUUAAGUUGUCCCUCACUUUUAUAUGAAUUUUGUCAUGUUCUCAGAUUCUCAUACUUGUUUGUUGCAAAUUUACUAAACACUAUCUUCAAGUCUGUCCUCUCUCAAAGUCCCUCAAAAGACUUCCAGAUGGUCCAAACACAGAUUUUAGUUUACUCACCUAAAGCAUGGACUUUAAUUUCUGUCUGAUCAUGUUUUAUCGAUGUUGUAAACCAGCACUUAAACCCUCAACAAGAUUUCCAACACUAAUAAUUUCCAAACGUUUUAUCCUGUUUAUUGUUUCAUUUUAAAGCUAUAAAGUCUUAUUUUCUAAAUUAUUCAAAAUCUUAUAUUUAAAGGGGAGAGACUGUAAAUAUACGGUUAAAGUGAUUGAGUUUUAACAGCAUGCUUGACUUUGGAUGCCCAGCAGAGGGCGCCAUUUCUUCAUGAAGUUACUUUGAAACUGUGGCGUUGGAAUCAAAUGACUUAAUCUCCUUUUUUUGCAGAAAAACAAUCAAAAAAUGUGGCUUUAAUAUUUGACUGACUUUAACAAACGUGAAUAAGCUGUCUAAAUAAACCUCAUCCUCAGGAACAGCGCACUAAAAUCAUCUGAUAUUUGAAAGCAAUCCUCCUACCUAACUCUGAUUUGUCUCCUUUUCUCUCCAAACCUGACACAUUCAGUCAGAUCUGACACGCCUCUCAGCACUCACCUGAUGAAGUGAAACAGCUUACAUCAUCCUCUAACUUCACAGUAGAGUAGGGAGCCUUGUUUCUCCCCACUAGAGGGCAGCAGGACUGUGGCGUUCGUCUCUCUGUGGAGCGAAGUGCUGACUCACUGUCAGAGAAAUCUGCAGUAAAAACACACAGUAUGAGGUGCCUUCAUGCUGCUACUGUUGGAUGUUACACUGUUUAUUUUUACUCCUUUCAUGGUGUCUCCUACAAGCGCAGCGAGUCAUUAAAGAGACCUAAACAAGUCCUGCAAAACGGAUUUUUAACCAUUUCACCUUGUUUAAUAUGAGUUUAAGAGAAAAAUAUGUCCUUAAAACAGGUAUAUUUUGGAAUUUGCACUGAGACACAAAGACUGUGAUUUAGGCUGCAGAGGAAAAUACAUCUUUAACAGGUUAUUUACCAAACUUGCAUGGAUCAAAAGUGGGACAGAUCUGCCAGUAUGUGCUCCAGUUUUCCAUGUGUUAAAUCAGUGAUAAUACCGACAAAAGAAGAAUGUCCAGGAUGACUUAUGAGGCCAAACAGACCUCCUGAUUAUCCCCUCAGUGUGGUGCUGACGGCUGGUGCUGAUUCGCCCUCUGCUGCGCUCUGAAAUGGGCCGAGCUCAAGGUUAACCAGGAGGGAAACUGAAUGAGGGACAAUUGUGUGAGAACAAAGAGGCUCUUUUUUUUAAGACUCCUCUGAAUUUUCUCUGUCUUUAUCAGAGUGGCCUGAUGUGUGUGUGAGUGAGUGUUUGAGCUCUGGGGAAACUGUCCUUCUUUAAUCUCAUACAGAUUAUUUUAAUAAGUCCCUUACAUUCGCAGCUCAAGAGCGACUGAAUUUAAACAUCAUCUGAAUCCUAAAGGAGAUUGAAAGUAGCUGAGUGACGUUUCGAAGGGUCUAAUCCAGUUUUUCUUACAAAUCCUGCUCAACUGUGCGCACAAUGUUUUCCAUAAAAUGUCUUUUUUCUUGUGUCACUGUUUAUUCACAUGCCCAAGCUGUUGAUCCAGCUUUUGUUGGUUUUUAGCGAGCGAGUCUUCAGUUUCGUGCUGCAACAUUAAAGCUGCUAAUACUGUGCAAAUAGAUAGACGCAAGUUUUUUUACGUAUACAGAGUGAAACUAAAGUUGUCCAAACAACAUCAACACUUACGCAGGUUAAAAUAUUCUGAUUAAAAAGCUGAAUAUUUAACAGUUAAUGCCAUCUGUCUCAGAUAAAAUCAGGGUUUUGAUGCUUUUUCUGCAGCAGAUUUAAAUAAUCCCACAGCAGUCUCUGCCCUCAGGCCUGUUUUUCUUUUAUUUCUUAUGCUGAAAGUUUGAGACUAAAAAUGUAACUUUGUGAAUGACACAGAGGAGGGGUGCUGAAUAUCUGUAUUUCUUUGCCAUCAUUUCCAAUUUGUAAAUUAAAAGCAGUCCGAUGCAAAACACCUCCAGUAAACCUCACCUCUGCAGCUUUAUAUGGUAAAUUUGCUUGUUUUGGUGCAGCUGAACUGUGUCAUAUAUAUGGAGGUUUUAGUGACACACUUCUGGCAGUUGGCUGGUCAACAUGAGUCUGCUUGUGGUUUCAGUUUGUUUAAACUAGUUUCUCCAUAAUAUUUUCUAAAUGUUGCAAGUGUUUUGGUAUCUGUCAACAUCUAUUAUGUGUUGUUGAUAGCUUUAGAUUGGAAAGACGAACCUGUAGGAUGGUUAUGUUGAAAUAUCCAGUUCAUAGUUGUAUCCAGUUGCAACAACAAGCCGUUGUAACUAGCUUUGUGUUCUCCAAGUUACCUGUUUGUGGUGCUUUGAGAGGUUUUCUGUCUGAGAGAAUUUAAUGCAAGGAAACAAAUGAAAGAGUGUGAUGUCCUUGUGGUGCUAUCUAGUGUUCAGUGAUCUCAUAUUGGGGGCGUGUCUAACAGGUGUCCCUCUGCAGCACACUAAUUAGAGUAAUUCUGCACACCUGAGCCCUGGGUGCUGACAUGACUUAACCUCAUGCAGUCUCUCUGCUUCCCUCCUCACAGGUAUAGCCGACUGUUUUGGUUAACUUUGGGUUUUAUUCGCUUAAAGCUGCACUUUGUGUUCGCCUCAUACAACACCCUCACACACAGGGGAGGAGAGUGGGGUAAGUUGAGCCACCCCCUGUUGCUUGCAACAACAUCUUGAAAUAUAUGCAGAAACACUAGUUAGAGACAAAACUAUGAUUGACUUGAUGUAGUGAUCAGAAAUAUUAAAAAUGUCUCAUCUUACCCCACUCUCCCCUAUACAUAUCUUCCACUCAAGCACACAACACACCUCAUUCUAUAAGUAUUAUAAUUUAGUUUAAUUUGUUUUGAUCUGGUUUAAUACAGCAUUGUUUUGAACUUGGUGCACUGGGGUGUGUCUCUGUUUUUGACACACAGCCAAGACAGAGAAAAUCCUGAAUACAACAGUAAACUUACAGGACAUGAUAGGUGACCAUAGCGUCAAUAGAAAACAUACCUGCAUGAGGAUAAAAAGGUCAGUUUGCUGCUUUAUGGAAGGUGUGAGCUUUCAGUCGAUUCUGUCAUUAGAAAAAUAGUCGAAAAACAGGAAAACCGUGUGAGUAGAUGGUAUGAGGGGGCAAUAUAUCCACAGCGAAAACGUUCCUUAUUAAGAGAGACUUGGAGACUUUAUUUGUCAUUGCACAGAAUAAAACACAGCAGUGAUUUCUCUCUGCAACGAAAUGCUGUUGUUUGGCCUCCAUAUCACAGCAUGACGGUAUUUAAUUUAUUAUACAGAAAAAAUAAAAAUAAAAUAGCAGCAUGGUGAGUGAUAUUGCACUUUCUGGAGGUAGAGUGGUAGUGGAAUAAAAACCAAAUGAAUAAAAGUAUAUAUUAAAAGAUAUUUACACUUAAUAAAUAGUAAAAACAGGAACACAGUGCAGCAGGAUGGGAGUGAUGGAUAAUAUGGAGGGUCGAAUGUUCCUCUCACCUUUAAAUGAGGCCUUUGUUUUGAAAUCUCCACCGGAAACAACUAUUUUUCUAACCUCUGUGCAGUUCCACACACAUCCUCACCUCCCUCCCCUCACCUCUCCUCACCCUCUUUCCUCACCCCCACCUCCCCCUCCACCUCCUCUCCACUCACCCCACCCCUCCAGGCUCUCCCCCUCGCGCAUACCGGUAGUUGUCAUGGCGAUGGAGUCAGCCCCGGCGUCCGCACCGGGGGAUGUUGCCAUGGGAGAUCCCGGUGCGAGGUACGCUCCCGGUAGUGGAGGAGGACGAGGGCUUCGGCACACUUAAACCGGGGUCCGAGGAGCGACUACGGUAUCGGCGGGGAGGAGUGAGACGGCGGUUCGGGGUGCCGUUCAACCGGAGCGGCUACUACAUGCUGAUAGUGAUCGGGGAGAUCGGCACCGAGCAGCAGCUGGACGCAGCCAGAGCGCAGAUAGAGAGAGGUGAGUGAGUGAGUGAUGGAGGUCUGGAUCUGAGGAUGUUAUCUGUCUGUUAAUGUGCAACUUUAGGAGAGAAAGUCACAAAAUUAAACCUGGAGAGCAGAGAGAGAGACGUUUCGACGCAGUGCUUGGAGUAGUAUGUAUAGGUAAUGGCAGUUACUGCAGCAUUGCACCAUGGGACAGCACGCAUUUCCCUCUCUCUGAACUCUGAGACUGUAAAACUGCAGAGUCAAGUUGUAGCUGCAGCAGCAGAGGAGCAGACUACAUCUCACUCUACCUAAAUACUUCACUCUAUUUCAGGAUUACUGAUGAAUGCAUGAAUUAAUAAUUGAUCAGACACUAUCAGACCUGAAUGAUGAGUGUGGCUCCAGAGGGUUGAAGCAAAACAUUCAUUUAACCCUCUGGAGUCUGGGCUAUAAUUGGAUAUUUUUUUUUAGCUACUUUUGAUUUUACCUUAAUAUCUCCCCUUAAAAACAUUUUACCUCACCUUGCUCGGUAUUCAUUUUUGGCGCAACCUCACUUGUGUGAAUUUACAGUAAUUUUAUACAAAAUCGAGUGAAAAAAGUGACAUUUUUUACUGUAAAAAAACACAAAUAUGUUUAACGAACCAUUUUCAUCGCUUAAGGUGACGUCAAUAUUUUUAUUCGAACCCGUAUCCUGUCAAUACAAGCGUUCACAUCAGCGACGUUUUCUUGUCCUGCAAUAUUGCGGCAUUUAUUUUUCCGGAUCACGGUCAAUUUUCCUAAAGUUUCGCAUACUGUGUGUCCACUUCUGCCCAAUCAGAUUGCGUGUUUUUGCGACGUCUGAUUCACCGGUAUAUCCAACAUGGCCGACCGGCUGAUUGUUUACGUAUCGGAGAACAGAGUGAUUUUUGAUAGAAGAUACAAACAUUACAAAGAUAACGACCUGAAGGACAACUUGUGGAGAGUCAUAGCGUCAGAUUUCUUAUAUGAUUUUUUGUUUUGUUUUGUGUGUUUAACAGUUUGCUAAACGUCUUUGUUUUUACUAAACAUCUGUGCUAACAUAAGCUAACGGUUGUUACCAUAGUUUCAUGUGCUUAUCUGGUAAUAUAUCAAAUCGCCAUCACUUGAAGUUGAAGUAGACUUCAUUUUUGUCUUCUCGCUUCCACCCGGGACACUGUAGGUUGUCAAGGGAAGGUCCCGCCCACCUCCGCCUCUGAUUGGCUAUAAGCGCUGACCGUUUGGCUUGAGCGUGUGAUGACGUUCCAGCUUUUCUGGCCAAUCAGAGGAGAAGGAGGCGGGACUUCGGGACUCCGAAUAUUUCGUAAUUUGGCGUUCUAUAUCCGCGUCGGCCCCGGUGUGUAAGGACCUUUUAGACUGAAAAUAUAAAUUGUAAACUUCAAAACAUAUACACAAUUUUAGCAAAUAAAGUAAUUUAUCACUAUUUAUGUUAAAAUGCAGGCUAGCCUCAGGCGUUUUUUGUACAACUAUUUGCAAAACAAUGUAUGGUCUCACAAACGGCACAUUUUAUUUAUGCCACUACAAAAAACAUGAUGUGAAAACGUAUGUAGAUCCUCCUUCUACAUGUCAGUCUACUUGUUUUUUUCCAUAAUUGUUUGUUUUUGUUGCAUUUUUGUUUGUGUUGCUGUAGUUUGUUCUGAAAAAGGUCUUUUGGACUGUGGGGGAGAGUGUCUCAACCUGGAUUUAUCAUAACUCUGGUUCUGUUUGGUUUAUCAACACAAUAUUAAAAACUGGUGUAUAGUUUGAGGUCUUCGCUUUCGAGACAAGUUGAAACAGAGACGCAGUGAGGUUUUGUCUUGUAGCUACAGACUCGUAAAUAUGUCACGUGAUUUUGACACUCAGAAGCGUGAAUCAGCUCGAGAGGGUUAGAGCAUGUAUAAUGAAUAUGUGGGUUUGUGUAUUGCAGCAGUUUGAGCAGGCGUGUGUGUGAGUGUGUCGGUGUCUCAGCCUGUCAUAAAUGAGCUGUCAUGUACCCUCAAACCAGUAAACAAACCAAAUCUGCAGUCUGCGCUCAGCAUCUUCUGAAAAACACAUACAGUAGCGUUCAUUUCCCAGCUGGACUCUUAUUUUGAAGCUCUCAGGCAUCAUUACUCAGCUGAAUAUCUCCACAGUCAUCCUGUCAGUGUGGGCUGUCUGAAGUUUAGGGAUUUGUGGAGCAGUUGUGAGAGACGUCGUUGCUACGUGUGGAUUGAGGAGUGUGCCGGUCAGCAAUUUUUUCUGCUGUGCCGAUGCCGCUCUAAGCUUUUCUCAGGCCAGAGAAUCAAUUCCACUUUAAGAUGCCAGUCCAGCGCCAUGGCAACCCCAUCCGUCCCCCCCUGACCCCCUUUUACCUCCGUGAGGGGCUUGACAGGUCUGUGGUGAGCUCAGUAUCACACCCCCUCAUCUCAGUGCAGCGUUGGUUCUGCCGUGUUUUUAAGUGUGACUCAGAGUGACUCACAGUAAAUGACCCGCUAUUGACUCUCAUUACAGGAGAGCUUCAGGGUCCCAUUGUAGGCCAGCAACAAGUCUCCCUCACUGCAGCGUCGACAUCUGACAGGACAGAUUUGAUUUGAUUUCAUCAGCCAAAUGUGAAAUCAGUCAGAAAAAAUAUGGUUUUAAUUUGUAAAAUUAAAGCCUCAGUGGGAAACUUUUGGUAUGCAUUGGAUUUAGCAAGAGGUGUCCUGAUGCAACUUUUUACGUCCGAUACGAUACAGAUAUUAUAGCCUUCAGUAUUGGCUCAUACAGAUAUUGAUCUGAUAUUGGCACAAAGUUGUGCAUGACAAGUUUUUCACUCACCUGAAACAUCUUUUUCGGACUUUAUUGAAAAAUACUGCCACAAGGCCGACAUCGUUCCUACUCCUUGCUACUUUGUUCGCACCCAUAGACUGUAUAUAGAAUGGACGCCAUCUGCCUCCUCGCUGGGUGAAGUCACUCCGAGAACAGCACCCUCUGUUGAUGGGCUGCAGUAUAGGUCAUAAAUCCCGCCUCCCCCAGCAAUCCCUAUGGAGUUGUGGACAAACUUUAUAAAUUUAUUACACAGAAUAUAAAUUUUUCUCCCCCCUGGUUGCGAUGUUGACAUGUAGACUGGUUUGUGCUCAGGUCCUCUUUUUUUCUGUGCAGCUCCAUUUUUAAAAGUUAUUAGGGGGUUCAUGUUUUAUAUGAUUGACACCUGAUACAGCCUGUGGGCAUACGAAGAUUGCGUAGCUCACCCGGAGGACACGCUGUUUCAGCCGAGUGUCGUCAUGGAUCCGGGUGCUGCUAGAUAGAGGUGCUGGAGUGAAGUCUGGAAUGGACUGCCUGUAUCGGAGUGCUGAUAUUGGAGAUUUUUAACCCUGGCCGACGUAAUCCAAUAUUCGUUUUAAUCGGAGUUAGGCGAUAAUUCGGUUUUCUCGAGAGUCAUGUAAACGUACUGAGUUUUUACAUGGACACAUUUCGUAAUAAUGAUCAGCAUAAACCACCCCUCUCGAUCUGAAUACAAUUUCUUUCCGAUUGAGCCGAAUUGGAUCAGAAUCUUCCGAUCGACAUAUUUACAUGACAAAUUUUCAUUCUGAUCGGGCGUUUAUUCCGAUUAUUUGUGCUCAUGUAAACACAGCUAGUGAUAGCUGUAAGGUGCCUUAGACCCACUGCCAGUGACCAACAUGUCAAAACAAAAACACCGGUGUAGUCUCAGUGACGUCAGCCAUGGAGUGGGGGUUUGAGGCGUAUGUGGCCAUGAUGAAAACUUGACUUUAACCUGACUUUAAGUUGACAUAACAUGAAGAAAUGAGGUCAACAAGAGGUCAACAGCAAAAUGAUGAACUAUUUAUUAUUAUCAAUGCACAUUACCGCUGAGGCAGGGUAGAUGUCAGAGGAGGCAGUUGAUAACACCAUGUCUGAACUGUCUGUUUCUUUGGAGACUUGUGCAAGCGCAGGACUUGUUUGACAAAUAGAGACUCACUUCUUUGUCCACAAGGGGCGCCAAAGUCAAAACAAACUCCUCACAGGAGCUUUCGAUAACAAACGAGUCAUUUCCAACACAGAGUGAGUUGGCAAACAUUGAAGAUAUUCGAAUUUGAUAGGCCUGUGAUGUAGAAACUUCCAGCUGAUUAUAAAUACCACUGUGUCUUUUCAGACUUUAUAAACCUGGAGCUAUCCUAAACCAGAAGCAACAAAAAGCCCAGAGCUGCAUCUUUCAUCGGUUUAUUUUUCAGUAUGCGGCUCACAGACACUUGUGUUGUUUACUGUUUUUCCUCCCCUGUGUGUUUAAGGAUAAUCCCUAACAGUCAUCCUCCCACAGCUUACUUCUAUAACAUCUUUCACUGAGUGUAAUUUUGUUGUGUUUGUUGAUUGAUGUACAUGUCUCCUAUCUUUAUUUCAAAGGCCCUGUUUUUUAUUUUAUUUUUUUUCUGUAUUUGUUUUUCAGCCUUUAGUGUUUUCUCAUAUAUAUCCCCAGUACUACAAAAUGACUCUUCAAACAUCACAGGCACGUCUGGAGCUUGUGAUCCGGUGUUUCUGCCAGACCUCUAACACCUUUUAGGUUUAACAGAUCAAGAACCUGGGCCAGUGAAAGAGAAAAUUAGUGAAACUGUGACUCUGACACCGGUCUUAGAGGGAGAGAGAGAGAGAGAGAGCUCUCCCUCUCUGUACCAGGUCUGGAUUCAGAGUCUGUACGGGAUAACACUUUGAUCAGACCUCUUUCCCCUCCUUACGGCCUGCUGUAGGUGUUCUGCAGCAUUAAGCAGCCAUAAGAUCUCUGUCUGCACCUCAAAGUGGGGAAUUAUGAAAUAUUUUACACACAAUCUUCUGGUAACUAAUGAGGUAUGAAUACUAUAUUUGAAUUCUAACCCUUUUUAACUUUUCCCGUUUUUCAGCAGCAGAAACUGGUUCUUUGUCGGCUCGAACAGCGGCUGUAAAAUCUUGUAGCUUUGCCCUUCAGGGAGAACAAUGAGUCAGGUGGUCAGCUUGAAAUAUUGCAGUGACUAAGGAGUUCAAGUUCUGAAAGUGGGCUGACAGCAUCCAGCUGUUAGAGAAACUUUUCAGACUAAUCCUGCAUCAAAACCAGAGGCUGUGUUGUUCAUCUAAAGCAGCCGUGACUAUUUUGUAGGGCUGGGCAAUAUGGCCUCAAAUCAAUAUCAUGAUAUAUUGAGCAGUUCACCUUGAUAACGAUAAAUGGACAAUAACCGCUCCAUAAGCUGCUCACCCCCUCCAACAUUAACUUCGUCUACUUCAGCCGCUACAACUUAUGAUCCGUCCUCCAUCUCCUCACCUGUCUUUCCCUCUUUGUUACAGACUGGAUGGGGUGGAGUCACGUCUCUUAAAGGGACAUGAGACAAUAGCCUACCUACACAUCCAAAACCAACUUUGAUUUAUUUAUUUUUUUGACACCAAAUAUACUGAUGUUGGCAAAAUGACGUUGGUUAUUGUCAUAAAUUUCGGUAUCUGUAAAUUCUGGUUAUAUCGCCCAGCCCUAUAUAAAACCCUAGUUUCUCCGUCUGUGGCUAACCUCUGGCUUUUCCACUGCACAUAUCUUUGGGCUGAAUGCAGCACGACUGCAGGGUUUUUCUGAACUUGUACCGAUCAUUACUCGUCCAUCGGUAUCACCGAUUACCUCGAUGUGAAACACAGUCUGUGAUUGGUUUAAUCUGCUAAUGAAUGAACCGACAUGUGAACCUACACUGAGUAAAAUAACUCGAUAAAAUAAGCCACUUAAGCUCGUCCUGGUACAAUAACAGACCUGAUAAGAUUGUGUUAAUACGGAUUAAAAAAACGACCUUUUUCAACCUUUUACCUUUUGUUAAACUGGAACAUCGUCUCAGAGUGAACCAGACGUAAACAUCGAUGCGUACACACAAUGGCGGCGGCUCGGGUUAUGAACUUCUUAAACAUCGGCUGAGUCGCCCAUUAGAAGCUCAGGGAGGACGCUGCGUGCUGCUUUUUCAAGCGAGGGAAAUUUACAAGAUGUUAACUUGUAAAAUCAGCAACUUUCACUUGAUAUUAUCUCUGCUCCGUGUGGACUCUACAAGUUUAUUCUCUAGUAUUAUGUAGGUUGACUACAGCGCUCAGCAACCAUUAGGGAGAAAACGCCCACAAUGACUGCAGCUCUCGCCAAAUCAUAACAGCGGUGAAUGUUUUCUCUUCUUUAUUUUCACAGGGAGGUAAUUGGCUGGUUACAGCGAGGCACAACAGUGUAAAGCAAAGCAGAGCGCACUUCAAAACUUACUGAGACCUGGAAGUUACCUCACAAAUUUUAGAUAGUUUGAAGAAGCCUUUUUGGUCAGGAGGGUUCAUACCCAACUUAAAAGUGAAGGAUAGGAUACACUGGUCUGUAACCUGGUUCUUUGGGCAAACACCCCUGAACACCCCUGUGGACACGCCCCUGCUCAUGUCAAAGCCGGUCACUUCAGUCUUAAGAAAACGUCUGUCUGAUUAAAUACUGUCCACUCAUCCUCUCUGUUACUCUUUGUAUAAAACUUUCUCAGACUGAUGUCUCCCUCCAAGCGAAGCAGACUGAAAUGCAUAAACAUAAAGACCUCCUUUACUCUUAUCAUCUUGUCCGUCUCUUGAAGCCAAUCUUUCAACAGUUUGCCUCGUAUGAGAGGACAUCAACAUCUAAGCGGAGGGUUGUGCUCUAAUUCGUCUGGUGGCGCUAAGAAAGACAUUUGCCGAUGAAUGCUAAUGAAACGGCUGAUAACAGUGACACAGCGAUUCCUGGAGCAGACUGCAGUCUGCAGCCAGGAACAUUUCCUCCUCAGCCGAGGGCAGAACAAGGUCUUCAAAGUCUUUUUUUUUUUAGGGUGGAAGAAGAGAUUUUUGCACGGAGGUUCGGAUUUGAGAAAAUUAUAAUAAUCUAAUUUCUUGCCCUAGCUGAGCAAAUCCACAAGUGGAUAAGAUGAGAGAGGUGUGCGCUCUGGUCCGUACCCUGCUGGAUGAGAUCUGACGAGUUCUCUCUGAAGUUUGACUCACUGCAGCUCAGCAGGAUCAGAUAAAGCUGCUGUGUGUGUGUGUGUGUGUGUGUGUGUGUGUGUGUGUGUGUGUGUGUGUGUGUGUGUGUGUGUGUGUGUGUGUGUGUGUGUGUGUGUGUGUGUGUGAGAGAGAGAGAGUGUGAGAGACAGAGUGUGUGUGUGUGAUGCUGAUCAGUUCAUUACCGAGUCGUUUCUACUGAUCCAGUGAACUUUAACUAGUUUUCAUGUAAAAGCCUGAUGUUUGUGAGGGGGGGCGUUUAUACUGAUGAUGUCUGUUGUGACUUAAGUAUUAAAAUCACUGAUAUUCAUUAUGGGUCAGCAGUUAAAAUGUCACCAACUGAUACUAUUUGAAAUGAUUAUUGGCCAAAUUCUCUUGAAGAAAACAGUCUAUUGGGUUUAUUCAUGAUCUCUGAAUAUCAUCAUGCGGAGCAGGCUCAUGAAAUAAUCUCAUCUCAAACUACUGACUGAUGAUUUUCUGCAACAAGAGAACUGAAGAGGGGACUAUUUCUUGCUCUUUUUGAGAAAUUAAGUACGUCUUCAUGCUUGAGUGUCAGCAGGAACACGGACUGAAAAGGUACUGAUGUUUCAGAGAUACAGGUGUGCCAGCUUUGUUCGUCUGGGAAAUCUCUUUGCAUUGAAACUCACUUUUUUAGACCUGCUUUUACAUGAUGCUUGUUUUUAUUGUCUACCUACUUAAUUUAACCUUCUUGUUAUCCAUUUAUAUUAUUCUAUUUUAUCAGCGUACGUAUCUUACAAUUACUUAUCAAACUAUUUUGAAUCUCUGCUCUUCUUUCUCUACUCACCAGUUUCUAAUCGUUUUAGUCCCUAUUUUACCAUCUUCUCAUGUUUUAAUACUCUUCCUUCCUUUCUGUUUUAAUUUAUUUAUUUACUCUUUCUCUUUUAUCUUUCUAUUCACCUUCUUCUUUUCCAUCUUCCUGAUCUGAUGCCAUCAACUAUCAACUGUUAAUAAUUUAUCUGCAAAUCUGUGACUCUUUUGAUCUUUAUCGAUCUGAUUGUUGUUUUAUUGUCCUCUGAGUUCUGCCUGUUUCUGCCUUUGUUUUAUCUGUUAAAGCACUUUGUAAACGUCUGUUUUUAAAAGUGCUAUAUUUAUUAAGUUAUUAUUAUUAUUGUUGUUGUUGUUGUUAUUAUAAGUAUCAUUAUUAUCAUUAUUAUUAUCAUCAUUAUUUUAUUAUUAUUAUCAUUUUUUAUCAUCAUCGUCAUUGUAGUUGUUGUUAACAGUUCUUAACUUCUGUGUCUGACGUGUUUUUCUCUCAGUACGUUCUUGGCAAUUAACUACUCAAUACCCAAUCAAUCGUUAACAUCUUGGAGUUACAAAACCUCAGUCAUCCAUGUUACCCAGGAUGCUGCUGGAUGUUGAUAUUUUCCACAGCCUUAUGAUUACAGAGGUUAUAACUACACUAAUGACUUACUUACCUACUUCCUUGUAUUCUAACCUGUCGUUUAAGAUGAGAGUUGAAAUGAGAACCAUGGAGCAUUUCGUGAAACUGUAUUUCAAUAUAUGUUUCUCAAACAAGGAGAUACUUAAACUUUUGGCACAUCAACACAUUAUCAUGAGUAUCAUAAUGAUUUUAUUAUGACUUUAUUCUCAUUAGUAAUGACUUUAUUCUCAUGAAUAAACGACUUAAAUCUCGAAGUCUUCAUUUUUUAUCUUAAUGUGGCCCUAAUACUCAGUUGUAAAAACAGUAUUUCAAGAAUUGGCUUAAAAUCUCUUAACGCUGAUUUGAAUGAGCCUUUACUGAUUCUGGGUAUUUUUUUUACCAAUAGAAAAAGACAAAUCACACACCAGCUCGCAAAUUCUGAUUUGAAUCCAGCAGUGAUCCUCCAUUAUUAAAGCAGGCCUCGGGUCGUUGCUGCAUGAAGAACAAGCUCUUGUAUUGAACAGUCAUGCAGCAGCUGAUAUACCUGCUCGUUUCAAGGAUAAGCUUUGAGGUUGGCGAUACUGAUGAGAGAGAUUCACGCUGUGCCGUCAGUCUCAGGACUUUUUGAAAUGCAGGAACGCUUCACGCUGGCUGACCUUCCCUGCAGCUUAAACAGAGCGAGAAACGGAGCCGAAGGAGACGAGAUGCUGCAGCAACAUCUGGUAAAAGGUUUCCUCCAAGUUCAGGAAAAAGAGCGAGGAACUUCUCCAGAUUACUCUCUGAAAAUCUGUGUGUGUGUUUCUGUGGUUCAUCUGAUCCUUCAGCAUCACUAAUGUCAGUCCUGUCCUGCUUCAUUAUGUUGACCUCAGGCAAUCUCUCUCCUCUUCCCCCCCGCAGGAAUUCGAUCCUGGGACGUGGACCUGAAGUGCUGCGACCUUGAUCAGCAGCUGCAGCUGUUUAUAACCCGUCACUCCGCCCACUUCUCCUCCGAGGUCAGAGGUCAGUGUGAUGUGCAGCUCUGUGAGCCCGUGGAGCAGCGAUCAGUGCAGUAAAAAUUGUACCUGAUGUCACCAUAGGUUGUACAUAAAUAUGGAUAUCCACCCAGUUUUUGAGAGGUGUCGAUUUUUUGCACUCCUGCUGCUGAAGACGGUUGUUGGUGACCGUGAGGAGGGCCGUUCCUGUGCUGUGCAUAGCUCUCAAACCAGGAGGAAGUUUCUCAAAGAUGUUAUUAUGUCUCAUAAAAGAGAAAAGUUGGCUUUCUUUAAGACUCCUGAUCAAAACGGGAAUUUAGAGAUUGGCCUAAAAUUGUUGAAAUCCGAGAGGCUGAGUCUGGGUGUCUUUAAAAGAGGAUGAACCUCAGUGUGUUUGAAAACAGAAGUGAGUUUGCUCUUUUCUAAGGAGUUAUUGAUUAUGGAUGUGCAUGAUAAAGAGCUCUGAAGAUACGCAGUGGAGUUGAAUCUGUUUGUCUGGUUAAGAAGAGGAAAAUUAGAGCUUUGAAGGUUCGUAGUGAUGGGAAGAACAGUUCUUUUGACUCUACUGAAUCUUUAGAAUCCGUCCAUUAAAAUGAUUCGUUCAAAAGAUUCACUCAGUCAGUGCUUCUGAGACCCGUCCUGCUGGGUGCAGUACAUGAGUGAGUGACACAUGCAGCACAACCGCGGAACAAGCCCAUAUUGUCAUUCUUUUAUCUCACGGAAAAGUGGCGAGAUUAAAAAUAAAAACACAGUGAACAAACUGGCGCUCGGCAGUUCAUGAACGAUGCUACACCCCUCCAUCCUCUGGCUGACUCAAGUCAUUCGGAAGUUGCUCAUUUCGUUCACAGUCUGACUGAUACAUGUCGUUCAUUCGCUGUGAGCAAAUCACAAGACUCCGCCCUCCUGUUUACUCGCUGGCUGGCUGUGUGUCGUUCGCCAAAGAGUCAAAGGCGGCAGUUCCAUUCUCGACCGGCACGCCACGCUCGGAGCUGAGCUCAACUGAACUGAGAAAGGAACGAAUCAGGUCUUUGCGUGAUUCCAUUGAUGUCGUUCACUCAGCAGUUCUGUUCUUUUGAACGAAUCGUUCAUGAACUGCACAACACCACAGGUUAGAGCUGUAAGGCGUGUUUGAAAAGUUUCAUUUGGUUUAUUAACGGCACAAAGACGCGGGGAUGAAACAUCACAACAAUUUGUUUUUAAUUCAAGGAUGAUGGACAGAAAUGAAUUUAAUCCAACCGCACUGCAUCAGAGCUCCACUCUGUGUAUCAUCACCAUGGCGACUGUUCAGGGAAGUGUGGACCUGCAGCUCAGGGCCACUGUGUGUGUGUGUGUGUGUGUGUGUGUGUGUGUGUGUGUGUGUGUGCGUGUGUGUGUCUCAAGUGUCUAUGUGAUGAGAUGAUUUUCGGCCCAGAGCCCGGUUUGAAAGUACAACAGCUGCUGAAUAGGGGAUUAUUUCAAUCAUCUGCCAGGUGAGGGCCUGAUGGGAACAAACACACACAUAUAUUUCCAGACACACACACACACUUAAACACACACAGAGAAGGAACGGACAUCUAAAGGAAAGAUUAUUACCGCGCUGGUGGUGGAUGCUAAGUAGCAGCAGCAGUCAGCCGUCAGCAGGAAUGGUCACCAGAUUUAAUUUGGUGGUUGUAAAAGUAGCUAGAACCUCCAGAGAAAACAGACGGACUCCUGUGAAACUAAAAACAAUAUUUGUACCCUUUGUCCAUCUGUGUCUCAGUCUGUCCUCUCACAAAGAAACACUCCUCCACUCCUGUGAGCUGAAGUGAGUCACCUUCAUUUGGUGUUUAUUGAUAAAAAAAACUGCUGAUAAAGAGGCUCCAUCUGUGACACAUGACGACUUAAACAAUCGUUCUCACCUCAGGGGACUUUAUCCUGAUGAUUAUUUUGACAUGCCGCAGAUUUAAUGAAGUGUGUUCGAAGCUGUAUUGAUUUCUGAAUGAGGUAUUGGAUUUCUAACCCUCUGUCUUGUCAUAUAAAAUAGCACAGCGGCGUAUUGGUGAGACCGUUUUAAUGACCUUCAGUCGCCUCAGAGCUAACAUGACGCCAAAUCCCCACAGGUUUGUGUUUCAAGGACCAUUGCUUUAAAAAAAUGGCAUGUCAGCGGUAUUCUCAGCGCCAUCUAUUGAUUAUCUUUUCCUUAAUCUUGUCAGUCAGUUACCCCUGGAUUUUCUGCUGAUAAUGCACGGAUAAUAAAGUCCAUUUUUAAGAGGAUAUUUCUACUUUUUUUCCAACAUAAAGGAAGUGAAAGUUAACUAGUGUAUGUGUGACUUACAAGAACUAAACUGUCAAAAUGACCCGAGGAAGCAGAGGCAGGAGAACCAAGAAUAGAGGCUUAGAGCAUUGAUUACAUCCCCUCCUUCACAUCCACCAGGCAGAUCAAUAACGCUUCAAUAGGGAGCAGCCCGAUGGCUGCGGUGCAAAAAUAGAUAAGGGGAUCACAUUUCUUUGGGUGGGCGGAAAAAAAACUUCCAUUGUGGGAAAACUACAACGGCACUUCUCUUUAUCCACUCAGCUGAUUUUCGAGAGCGGCGAUAAGGUGAAGGAGGGCUGAUGGGUUCACUAAUAAAGUCUGUUUGGCUAAAGAGUAUCGAUCCUGGUCUGAGAUGCUCUUGGGAGACAAAAUUAAAGCUCUUUAGUGUGUUUGGUACUCAGAAGGAGCUCUAUUAAAACUUCCUAAAACACACAGUUUGAAGUGAACAGUGCAAACGGAGUUAGGGUGUGUUCGAGUACAUGUUACUAGCUAAACCGUGUACGAUCUGGGAGCUGACACCAAUUAGUUUGAUUACUUUUUAGGCAGGUGUGUUACUAUCAUAGACUAUAUAUAGAAUGGACAGAGUCUGCCUCCUCGCUGGGUGGAGCCAUCUUGAGAACAGCACCCUCUGGUGACGGGCUGCAGUAUAGGUCAUAAAUCCUGCCUCCUCCAGCAAUCCCUAUGGAGCUGUGGACAAACUUUAGAAAUUAAUUACACAGAAUCUACAUUUUUCUCCCCCCUGGUUGUGAUGUUGACAUGUAGUUACUGUCAGACUGGUUUGUGCUCAAGUCCUCUUUUUUCUGUGCAGCUUCAUUUUUAAAAGUUAUUAGGGGGUUCAUGUUUUAUAUGAUUGACACUUGAUACAGCCUAUGGGCAUACGAAGAUUGCGUAGCUCACCCGCAAUGUUGGUUUCAGGAAAUGGAGAAAAAACACAGAAUUACUGAGAGCUUUUCGGCUUCAAAGUCGUAUACGGGCGGGUGUAUAUGUAUGUGCUCUUACAUAAACACCAGUGAUAAGAGAGAUUGUGUUUGGCUCUAUUUGGUUAAUUUUUCUCUUACUCAGAAAAAAAAAUCUUUUUUUUCUCCUUUUGAAACCUUCAUUUUGAUUUUAAUUGAAUUUCUUAGCAUGUGAUCAUCUUGAAUGAGUAUAAAUGAUGAUUUAACUGAUCACUCCACAGCUUUUUCUUGAUUUUUGAUCCCUUUAAUUACUGUACCAUUGUAAUCCUGUUGCUUUCUCCUUGAGGGUGUUGCUAAUUUAUUUAAAAAGGGCCAUGACAGAGGUUUUCUAACUGCCUAAUUUUGACAAUAUGGUAACUGAGAAACAGUGUUGGUUUUGGUCUCCUAUUCAAGACUGCAGUAUCCUAUAAGUGCAGCACACUGAAGGUCAUCUGAUUACAUUAAAGCUGCGUUUAUAACCUAAAUCGACAUUUGCAGUCCGUCUGUGUUAAUACUAAAAAUUUAGAAUACAGCCUUUUGUGAGCAUCCUGUUAUUAUUACAUGCACAUCAGUCUGCUCAAAUCAAAGCUGGAAUAAUUUAAUUAUACUUCCUAAAAUUUCACAGUGCAAAGGUUUUAAUAGGCAUUUCAAAUCACUCAGUUCUCGUGCAGAAUUAGAAAAUAAUUUUUCUCUCUUAAUUUUGUAAAAACAAAAAGAAGAGAUUCAAGGGCAUCUAUUUUUGAAUGAUUGCUUUGAUACUUUUACAAUUUUUUUGCAUCUUUAAAGCACACUGUAGAAGUUUUGGUAUAUUUGCUCUUAUUGAUUAUCGAUUUUAUUGGAUAAAAUCUACCAUCAUACUGAUUUACUCAUGUCUUUGUAAUCCACAUAUAACAGUAAGGAGUACUGAUUGACACAACUGGAGAUAAAUAAAGAGGACAGGUAAACAAGGAGGACGUGUUUUAUUGGCUGUGAAAAUUAAGUUUAGAGCAAAUUAUUAACCCAGAAUCUGAAUCAUAGAAGAUCUUUGACUCAGACCGGCGCCAAAUUAAAACUCCUGUGAGGAACUUUUAUUUAAAAUAUCACUAAAGUCUCUGUUUAACCUGAAAAAAUAAACGAGACUCUGUACAUAAAGGCUGAAUAUUAUUUUUAGAGUUAUUUUGAGUGUUUGAAACCUCUGUGGGGGGUAGGUGAUUAACUCUUUAUUGUGUUUUUGUUGGUAAAAUAAGCUAAUGGUAAAACUUGACUCACACAUGUACAGGAUAAAACAAGUAGAAAAAUAAAAGGUUUUGUCCACAUGGGGGCGCCAGACUUGCCGCAAACUGAAAGUUCCUCACAGGAGCUUUAAUGGAAUAAUGUAAAAGUCGUAUCUUUAGAGAAAUGAAGUUAUUUGGUUGAAAGUAAAGUUGGUUAGAGGGUCAUCUGUUUACAUAUGUUGUAAACAUAUGUAAACUGUAUGUUUUGUUCCUUUGCUAAAAUGAAAAGUGUAUUGUUAGGUUUUACUUUUGCACAGGUUUCACUAAUGAUUGAAUCCUCUGUAUUUUUUAUGAUAUCUGCACCUUUAGGGCUCUUAAAGGAGUUCACAAGGAAUGCAUAAUCUGGAUAAUGAUGUCUGAAAAGGAGAACCUAAAAAUACAGAAAAAUCUUCCAGCUUGGAGCUUUUGUUUCACAGAGGUUUCCAGAAAGAAUUGGGCAGUGCUUCUAGAUUUACAUUUGAGGCAGAUUUCUUCUCUUAGUGUUCUUCUUUUUCAUCGAUCUUUAUUGAUCUGAGAUCUUAAAUUUCUUUAAAAGUGUACAGGAGGAUCCCGUUCAUUCAAAGGGAAACAAAACCACUCUUUUUUUUUUUGUUAAAAAUGCUGAUUAAGUUCCUGACUGGGACAGAAACAUUCAAAACAAACACUUCACUUUUACUUUCUCAUGAUCAUUUUCUCAUGACAGACACUACACAGCGCCCCCUGGUGUAGAAACUGUGUACUGUCAUAAUGACUGGACAUUUUCAGACUGAGAAAGAAAACGCACAUCUGCAAAAGCAGCCCUGAAGAGUUUGAGAAGCACAUCCACUCAAUAUAUAUACAAGCGCACACACAUAUACACCCACAUGCACCGCACAUAUCCACACACACAGACGCACACUGAUACACACUCCCUGGCUGCCUACACAAAUACCCAGACGAGGACGGGGUGAGAAAGGUCAUGGAUUAGUGUAAGCGAUUUACUUUGAUUAACCCUCCCACACUGAAUUCACAACAGUGUGAGUGUGUGUGUGUGUUUUGUGUAGUUUUUUCUUCUUCCUGAGGAGUUUUAGUAUUUGUAGUUUUGCUCUAUGGACAGAAAUCCCUGUCUUUUUAAAAUCAGGUUUAUUUUAAUAAUUUUGAUAAAAGACUCUCUGUCUUCUUUAAAUCAAUAUUUAUGUGGUUUGUGUUAAAUGUUACUGUCCUGCUGCAUUCACAGUUGUUAACCAGAUUACAGGACAGGAAUCAAACCUUAAUAUUCAGUCAUGCUAAAGACUAUCUAGGUCUUUUUUUUUCUGUAUAGAGUUCAAAAUUUCUUUCUUAUAUGCUGCGUUUGAGUUACCUCCGAAGUCAAACAUCAGGGCUGGGAAUGACGUUACACCUGAGUUGACGGCGUUCAAGUAAGCAAGUCGGAAAACCAAGAUGGACGCCUACUGUUAGCCAUUGUCAGCUGGUGUUAUAGGUUGUUAGCUGUUGUUAGCCGUUGUUAGCUGUUGUUAGAUAUUGUAAGCUAUUGUUAGCCGUUGUUAGCUGUUGUUAGCCGUUGUUAGCUGUUGUUAGCCGUUGUAAGCUAUUGUUAGCCGUUGUUAGCUAUUGUUACCUGUUGUUAGCCAUUGUUAGCUUUUGUUAGCCGUUGUUAGCUGUUGUUAGCCUUUGUUAGCCGCUGUUAGCUGUUGUUAGCCGCUGUUAGCCAUUGUUAGCCGUUGUUAGCUGUAGGUUGUUGUUAGCUAUACCAGUUGUAAACGACACAUAACACAGUAUUUCACUCUUACAAACUCCAUAGCACCGUGUUCACAGUUAGACGUUGGGCAGUACAACAUAUACCACUGAUUUAAUUUAACAAAAACAAAACAGAAGUGCUAAAAAAUAAAACAUUACAACAGCUUUCACUGUUACUCCUCACUGUUGAUGCACUGCACUGCCAUCUUGAAUUAUGACGUUGUCGUCAAGUCGGGGUUGGUGAGGAUCAUCCGACUUCAGGUGGGCAUUCCAGAUGAAUUUCUGACUCAGAGCUUGGAAAUUCCGACUCCGGAGUACAACUGGAACGCAGCAACUGUCUCUGGCUUUAUAGAUGUUGUGUUAUAAUUUUAGAUCAAUCCACUUUGAUGGUCUUAUUUUCUCUCCUAUUGUGUCACAAAUAUGACCUGAAACGACAAUAAACCUCUGCGUUAGUUUUAGACAGACGUGAGCCAAACAAUGGGAGUGUAUUUGAUUUGAUCGACAAAAACAUUCAGUUGAAACAUCUUUGAAUACAGUAACUAAAGAGAGUACAUUCAGUCUAGCAUUGACAGAUUGAUACUGUGUGCUCUCUGUAUAGUGAUUGUUCAUGUUCCUGCCAGCGUGUCAGCUCAGUGCGGGCAUCUCUGUAAGAAUCUUAUCAACCAUAUUGUGUCAAGCAGUACUGAGAGUACUGAGUAGGACUGAAGCAGCAGUCGGUUUAUGGGAAACAGGCUCAUCUGACGCCCCAAAGGUCCUGAGAUCCUUUGAAGUGAGAAGUGAAACAUCACAUCUCUCUCUCUCUCUCUUACUUUCUGUCUUACUCUCUCUCUCUCUCUCUGUCUCUCUCUCAUUCAGGGAGGUGUGGGCGGAGAGAGAGGAGAAAGUAAAAAGAAUCAGUGGGAAUAUAUUUGAUGUAAUCAUUACGAGUGGAUCCUCCCUCCUACACACACUCUCACACACACACACUCUCUCUCUCACACACACACACAGUACAGGUUGAACUGGGUGAGAUGGCUUAGUCAGGCAGGGAGCUCAUGAAAGAGACAGACACCCAGACUCUAAUAAGAGGCUUUCUAGAACAAUCUGCAGCACACACAGAGGUUGUUUUUUUAGAGUUUAAUUUUCUUUUUAAAUUAUUUUGCCUGAACCUGUAAAAAAGAAAAACACACAUAAGCACAAUUAAUAUACGAACAAAAGGGAUUUACUCAGUGAGAAAAUUAAUUCCAGGUUGUAGCUGUGUGAUAAUUGAAAAUAUCCUUUAUUAAAUGGACUUUAGUGUAUCUGUGUGUGUAUGUAGGGGAAAGAAAGACUCCAUCAGUUGGGAACACACACUCAUGGGAGUGUGAUUUCCAUGGCAUCGUGCGACAUGGAUAGAGGUGAGAGUUGGCCCGGGGGCAGCACACACCAACUUCAGAUUCAUAUUUGAUGGUGGAGCCAAUUUGCACCAGUGCCUCGGGACCCUGGCUUUUUCAUAACUGUUGCCGUGGCAAUUUCUCCUCCCUGUGGGAUGGCACUUGGACGACCCUCAAGGUGUCAGAGAUGAGAGGGUCAAAGCGUCCUUUAUUGGAAUGAGAUGAGGAAGGUCAAAGCAGCGGCUGGUGUGUCCAGGUGCUGAAAAUCCUCAGCAGGCAUGAUGUAGAGUUUUUAUUUUGGAUAUCUUCACAAACAAGAAACUCGAUCAACUGAUUUCACAAGCUGUUAAUAUUUUAUCACCAUGUAAACAUUUCAUCAUUCUUUUUUUUUCCUGGUACACUGAGGCUACUCGCGUAAAUGCUUACAAAGCUCCAAAUAUCUAAACCAAGCAGCUGCGAGGAGCUUUCAGUUUGUGUACGAACAGGUAAAUCUGAUCUUAUUUAUUCAUGCAUUAGUCAUAUUUUCUGACAAAAAAUAAAAUAAAUGAACUCGUUCUGUGAAUCUUUAUUCAUGGGAGUUGUAAAACAGUCUGUUUCUGCUUUUGACAUCAACUAUAAUGUGGUAAUGACGGGCAUUAAAUUAAUUUGUAGUUAUUUGAAACAGCAGCUUACUCACAGAGCAUUAUUCACACAGCUACAAACUUAAAGUAUGAACAAAUUGACAUUAUAUAUUGAUUUAAAGAUGAUUUUGUCAGUUUUAAAACAUUUUUUUUCUUAUUUAGACAGAGAAAAAUAUAGAUUUAAUUUUGGGUAGUGCUUUAUUGGCAAUGGCGUUCUGGCGUCCAACCGACAGACCAAACUAAUAUUUAAUAAAACAUUUUUAUUAGCAUUAAAUCGUUAAUGACUGACUUAUAUUGCAGGAGUUGGUGCAACAAUAAAAUAAUGAAUCUGAGUGGUAAAAUGGAUCACAGAUUUGAUCACAGAUGGAUUUGAUUUCCCUUUUUUUACUUCAUGAGUUGAACACCAGCUGUACUUUGUUGAUAAUAAAUGAUAAAUUCUUCUUUUUUUUUCUUCAUGAUAUACAGUUUUGAUAAGAUGACUUAGCUUAGCACUUACUUGAAAUGUCAGGCUCCCUACUUUGGAUAAUGCUAAUGACCCGUCCUCGCUCAGCUGGUGCUGAAGUAUUAACAUUGAGAUUCUCAUCAUUAGUUUUAAUGCUGAAUUUAAAAGUUCACUACAGGGUCAGAAAGUCUUGUAAAGUAGAAAGAAAGGAUGUAGAACUUUACUUUUUGUUUGACUGGAGUAUAUUAGAAAGUACCACCCAGUUUUCCUCUUUCUCCCACACGUCUCUGACUCUCUGUAAUGCUUAUCUGAAAGAAAACCCCUCCCAGCUCUCUCCUGUAAGCCCUCGGUGCUGAAAUGUCUUCUACUUCCUUCUUACUUCAUGAUUGUGAGCUUAAAGGAAUAUUUUUGCACCUAAAAUCUGGGUGGUCGAUGGCUCUAAUUGCCUUAAAAAAAAAAAACCUCUGUUUCACUCCUGAGCUGUCCCGCAGUUUCGCUCUUCCUCUAAUUGCUCUCAGGUCACCGCUGUAUUUGCUCUGAACUUUAAGAAACCUGUUUUAGUUGCUUGUAAGGUCGCUGAUCUAAGAUCUCAUUUCAGUCACGCUGAAAGGUACUUAGCAUUUCUAAAAUGUCAGAGUGAAGGUCUGAGAAUAAGGCGCUAACAGGAAAUUAUCCAUGCAGAUUAGAGAAGAAAGCUCUGAUCACAACAGACAGUCACUCUGCUCUCAUCAAUAUCAGCGUUCAGGGAAGGUUUUCUGAUCAUUUUUCUGGUUGUUUUUUAAAGGCAGGCUGAGUUUCCCACCCACUGUUUUUAUUUCUUUGUGCAGACUGAAGUAAAGCCAUGAGGGGAAUACAUGAGGAGGCUGAAUUAUGAUCUGACAGGAUCCAAGCUAAAGGGUCCACUCAUGUGGAGAUAAAAAAUCUGGUCGGUGACAUGACGCAGCUUAAUUCCACCAUCUUUUCAGAAAGUUACAUAUAACUUUAACCCAAUACCAAUCUGAAGUCGGUUAAAAUAUAUUUUUCCACAGAGUGAAUCAGAGACUCCAGCCUGUAAACGAUCCUCAGCUGUUCAACAGGUGGGAGUGAUUGGAAGUCAACAAGCCUUCAGUGGAUAUGACUCAGAUCUUUGAUAAUGUUUUUGUUGGCUUUAUGAAUGCACUUAAUCUGCUGAGUCAUGCUCAUAAUCUCAUUGUGAUAAUGAUAUGAUGCCCUGAGGUGAUUGGGUGUAAUGGCCCUCCUCUGUUUAUGCGCCACUUCUGUUUUACGUCACAGAAAGAAGGUGUGAAUAAUAAAAUCAAGAUUUUGACUCAUUCUGUGUUUAUAAUUUUCCAUGAAAUGACUCAGAAUAUCCUCUGAUGACCUGAUGAAUAUGAGCUACUGUGACUUAAAAACAUGAAAAAAAAAGUUGUGAACUAUUUUAAUGACUUUAACUUGUUUUUCUUCUGUACUUAAAGCUCCAGUCAGGAGUUUUUUACCGGCUAUGGAACAGACUAAAACGAUCAUUGUUGUCUCUGUAUGAUCUACAAAAGCAAUCUAGACAAUCAGCCAAAAGACGAACAGACUUUAUUUGAAUCAUGAACGAUUGUCUACGUAACAUCAGUAAAAAGUUCAGAUUUUAAGGGUUUCAGUGAGAGUCUUCUCUUUCUGAAUGAACAACCCCGGGGGUGUUAUAAACAGAGAUUUGAAUGACAUCCACAGUGCACCACAGAGAGGUAAUCACAGCCAUUUUCUACUCAAAUCAAAUAUAUUUAUCAUUAUAAAAGUGAGUACUACAGGUGUCUGCUAUAAAAUGACAAUGAAAUUUUUGCUUGUUUUAUAGAGUAAGAUUGACACACAAUAACCAUUAAAUAAUACUGUUAUUUUAUUUCAAACUGUUAUAUUGCUAAAGACCCCCAACAUUUCCAUUUACAACCACUCAAUUCAGAUUGACUGCUUUCACCUAAAAGGGGCGGGGCCACAGCUUAACCACAAUGUACGCAUGGGUCAGAUAUAGUAUGAUAAAUUAAAUAUAUAUAAAAAAAAGGUCAUAGUAUUGUAUGAUAUCAAUGUUAUAGUACAGUUUGAUUAAAAAUUCAAUACUAUACUAUGAUAAAAAUGUCAUAGUAUAAUACAUGCGAUAAAGUCAUAGUAUAGUAUGAUAAAAAUGUUUCAUUUGAGUAUGAAAAGACUGUCAUGGUGUAGAAUGAUAAAGAUGUCAUAGUAUAGUAUAAUAAAAAUGUCAUAGUGUACAAUGAUAAAAUUUUAAAAUUUUGUCAUAAAAAAAGGCAUAGUAUAGUAUGAUACGAAUUUCAAAUUUUAGUAUAAAAAAUUCCCAUAGUAUAGUAUGUCUAAAAAAUGUCAUAGUAUACUAUGGUAAAAAAAGGUCAUAUUACAGCGUGAUAAAAAUAUCACAUUAUAGUUUGAUAAAAAUGUCAUAGUAUGUUAUUAUUAAAAAAUUUAAGGAUUUAAAAAAUGUCAUCGUAUACUAUGUUAAAAAAAUUUGAUAGUAAAGUAUGAAAAAAUGUCAUAGUACAGUAUGUCCUAAAAGUAACGGUAAAGUAUAAUAAAAGAUUUUCCUCUGACAUAGACAUUAUUGUAGUGUAAUGGUCAGCACUGUCGCCUCAUAACCACAAGGUAUUGGGUUCAAGUCCUGGUCAGGUAUAUUUUACUAACAAUAAAUUGUAAAAAAUAAGUCAUAGUAAUGUUUAAAAAAUGUCAUAGUAUAGUUUGUUAAAAAAUUUCAUCGUAUAAUUUAAUAAAAAUGUAGAUAGUAUAGAAUGAUAAAAAUUUCAAAUUUUAUUAUUCAAAAAAGCACAUAGUAUAGUAUGUUAAAAAUGGCAUAGGAUAGGAUUGUGGUGUAAUAGUCAACAUAGUCGCCUGGUAACCAGAAGGUCUUGGGAUUAAAUCCAGGUCAGGUAUAUUAUUCUAAAAAUUAAUUGCGAAAAAAUAGGUCCUAGUAUUUUAUGAUAAAAACAUAAUAGAAUAGUUUGUGGAAAAAAAUGCCAGACUAUAAUAUGAUAAAAAUCAUUACUAUAGCUUGAUCAAAAUUUAAAAUUUUAGUAUUCAAAAAAUCACAUAGUGUAGCAUGAUAAAAAUGUUAUAGUAUAGUAUGGUAAAAAAAUGUCAUAGUACAGUAUGGUAAAAAAAUCACAUGAGAAAAAUGUUAUGGCGUACGAUAAUAAAAAUUUCAAAUUUGAGAAUGAAAGAAAUAUCUUAGUAUAAUUUGUUAAAAAAUGUCUCAGUACACUAUGAUAAAAAUGUCACACUAUACAAUGAUAAAAAUUCUAGAUGUAAAUAUAAAAAUUUCAUAGGACACUAUGUGUAAAAAUUGUCAUAUUAUAGUAUGAUAAAAAUAUCACAUUUUAGUAUGAGAAAAUUGCCACAGUAUAGUAUGACAAAAAUGUCACAGUAUAGUAUGAUAAAAAAAUGCUUUAGUAUACUAUGAUUACAUUUCAAAUAUAACUAUAAAAAUUUGAAGUUUGCUGAAAAUGUCAUAGUAUACUAUGAUUAAAAAUUUGAGGAUUUAAAAAAUGUCACAGUAUAUAAUGUAUAAAAAUGGUCAUAUUAUAGUAUGAUAAAAAUAUCACAUUUCAGUAUGAUAAAAAUGUCAUAGUAUAGUAUGACAAAAAGUUCAAAUUUGAGUAUGAAAAAAAUGACAUAGUAUAGUAUCUUAAAAAUCUCACAGUAUAAAAUGGUAAAAAUGUUAUAGUAUACUAUGAUAAAAAUGUCAAAUUUUAGUUUGAAAAAAAAUGUCAUAGUAUAGAAUGGUAAAAAAUGUUAAAGUGUAGUGUGAUAAAAAUCAUGGUAAAGCAUGAUAAAGAUUCGAAUGAAAAAGUUCUCAUAGUAUAAUAUGAUAAAAGUAACAGUGUAGUAUGAUAAAGAUGUCAUAGUCCGGUAAGAUUAAAAAAUGUUAGAUCUUAGUGUAAAAAAUCUGUCACAGUAUAGUAUCCUAAAAAGUAUUAUAGUAUAGUACGAUAAAAAUAUCAGGCCCUGAUAACAAACAAAAUUAAUUUGUCACAUCACUGAUGGUAGUGUUUGCUUCUGUAUUUUAUGAGGCAGCUUUAUUAUUAAUUUCAGUCCAUUUCAUAAACUAAAAAAAAGUCCUCACAAUAUCUUUAAAUGACCUCUAAUAAACUGUAUGAUGCCAUGGUUACAGUUAAAACGUAAAAUAAGGAAUCCUGAUAGGGUGAGCAGGACUCCUGCUUAUUACUUGGCUACAUAACCAAGUUGACAUGUACUGUCAGAGAUCAGUUUCAGUCUCACCUGUCAUGUUUGUCAUGUUGUUCAUUUCUCUGACGCCAUGCUGUAAAAACAACCAAACAAGCACACAUCCAAUAACUUUACUGUUUGUCAUAUUUAUGGCUCCAUUGUUCCGUCCUACUCCCACUUUGAAUCGCCUCCCGCUGCUGAAAUAUUUCAUCCUGUGUCAGUUUCUGUCCGUCUCUUAUAUUGGAUGGUGUAAAGUCGACAUGUUCAUCACUGUUGGAUUGCCUUGAAGGCAUCGAUUGAGCAGAGUGGCGGCAGGAGAAGUUAUGGUUGGGAAGCUGGGAGCUUUUCCCCCCACAGCGAGGACUCUGUCUGUUCCUUAUUUCCUCUGCUCUCAGAUCCCCCGAGCUCCGCCUGCUCCUCUGUGUUUUCUGCACUGUAAUUAGUCACAUAAAAAUCAACAUUACUCUCCUCACUUCUGCACUUUCCAGAUUGUGCUAUGUUGCUGCUUUUAUUUAGUCCCAAAUGAAAUCCGGUACUUGGGAAAAUACAAGUAAGCAAGUUUUAAUAAUUAAAAAGCUUUGUUUUCCAACUCAUAAUCAAUAUUCACCCUCAGAUUUGUUUCAGCUAACACUUCUCUAAAAGAGUUCAUGAAAAAGUCGUUCCCAUGUAAAUAAUUCAGUGUCAGUUUAUUGUUUCCAGAUGACAGCAAAUAUAGUUUCAUUCAGGAGUUUGAGCUGAUCGGGUCUGGAUGCUGAUCAAUAAUUUAAGAAGCAGGAGCUCAUAAAGUUUCUGACCAAUAAAAAGGAGAAUAAUUGAAUAUAACUUUGCACGUUUUACUUCUGAAACAUCAAUAUUGUCACUUCUGCCUUCAGGGUUGUUGAUAAGCAGCUUUAAAAAUACAUUUUAAUUUUGAUCCACAGUGUAUCACUGAGGCACAAACAGUGUUUACUUCUGUCUGUCCUCAAAUCAGCAUUGAAGGGUCGAGAUCAAUAUAACCUCAUCCGUUAUUCUAAUUUAUAUUUUAGAAGAUGAUGCAAAGACUUUAAAGCUCCUGUAAGGAGUUUUUAACUGUUUCCUGACUGUAACAGUAAGGCGGUAGUUCUGGUCAUCUGUUUUAGGCUAACUAACAUUAUUAAAUCAAAAGUUCACUAAGUUUAGUCAUUGUUACAUUACCAUUGAUUAUGACUCAUAGCUACAAAUAUCUCUGCAUCCUGUUAAUGGUUGUCUUGAAGCAAAAGGUUUACUCUCUUCAAAUCGCUUCAACAAUAGGUGAUGGUGCUCAUGGGAAAUGCGGUCUUCAUCAUCGGAAACGCUACAGACACUCAUUAUGAUACUGUGCUGUUCAAAAUAUCGAUUUAUUGCACCAGUCAGACCGAAACUGGACUUUUAAAAUUGACACAAACUUGAAAUCGAAGCUCGGUUGAGUCUCAAGAGUUCACAUGUAGGUCUUUGGACCAAAUGUUGAAUUGUAUAAAUGUGUUGCAAGGAUGCAGGGUAAUAAACAAAACUUUUACAGACAAAGACAGGAUGUAAAAGAGAUUAAACUGUUGAGUUUGUGGAUUGUUUUGGUCCUUGACAUGUCGACUCAAAAGUGCCAAAAGGGGGCAUGUGAAGGCAGAUAUGCUUCCAUCGAUAAUUCAAUUCUUGCCCAUGCCUGUCGUCCUGUUAAAUCACCUAAGAGAGCCAUAGUCAUAACCGUAACUGUGCAUGUGAACAGACAGACUAUGAUGGUAUGAAAACUCCUUACAGUGCCUUUAAAAUUUCCCAGCUCGUGAUAAAAUUGCCUUUUCUGCAAGUAACAUCCACAAAAGUGCUGAGAAUGUCCUACAGGUGCCAAUCUUCACUAUCUGUCUAUUUAUCAUCGCUGGACUGAAGACAUUAGGACUCAAUCUUAAGUCCACUGCAGCUCUUCUUCAGUUUAGGACACAUUGAGUCCAACAAGGAUGACUUGCACCAGAGAUUCAAAAUCCACCCAAAAAGGAUUAUUGUCGGUGUUGUUGUUACCAAAACAGUGAUAUAAGCAUUAGCAGACGCUGCUGCUGAGUCAGCAGAAAUGGAACCUCACUUACUGAUCACCUUUAUGAUUGUUGUCUUCCUCCUCUUCCUCCUCCCAGCUGUGUUUCAUUGGCUGUUUGAGAACCCAAGGUAACCAUCUCUUUAAUUCUGCUGUGUAACAGUGUCCUGACCCACAGAGUGACACAGCACUUCUGUUGUCUCACCUUGUUGCAGCAGGAGAGGGGGGAACUCUUUGUGUGUGUGUGUGUGUGUGUGUGUGUGUGUGUGUGAAUCUGUGAGUGUGUGUUUGUGAUUACCCCCUCUGGUGCUGUUAGAAAGAGUUGGAAGAGGUCACCAACGUCUCAGCGGGAUUUGACGAUGUGUUUAUUCAAGUCAAGGUCACAGGACUGACAUUAGGGGCAGGUUAACCUUUCCGAACACUCCGACUAAUGACACACACAUAUUUCCUUUCUCAGUGACGAAACAUGAGCGCAUAAACACUCCCAGCACAGCUACCGUCAGCUACCGUUAAAAAGGCAUGCAAGCAGCUGUCGGUUUCUAUUUCGCUGGCCCUGAGCUGAACCGAAGAGGAAAGAGUGUUUGUGCUUAGUCGACUCCUUUCCUUCCACCUCCCUGCACAUCGUCCUGUCUUGUGCUUUCUAGUAAAACUCUCUCUGGUGCCUGAGGCGGUGAGUGGGGUGAAGAGUUGAAAUUCCCACUAGCAGCACUGGCGUCCAGUGGUCAGUGUACCAUAAAUAUUGAAUGUUUGUUUGUAGUAUUUGUCGUUAAGAAGUUGCUGUGUACAAAGUGGUAUUCAUGCAGAAUUCAUCCCCUCAUUUUUGGGCGUAAAUGAUAAAAAUGAUUCAAAAUACGCACUGGAGGGAGUUUUCCAAAACACGCCCUCUUGUUUACCCACCUUCUAUCGAGAAAUAACAGACCGUUGCUAUGAUAUGUUGCUAUGUGAUGACCAUAGUAUUUGUAGUCAAGAAGUUGCUGUGUACAAAGUAUUAUUCAUGCAGAAUUCAUCCCAUCAUUUUCAGCUGUAAAUGAUAAAAAUGAUGCAAAAUACUCACUGGAGGAAUUUUCCAGAACACGCCCUCUCAACCAUCUAUCGAGAAAUAACAGACCGUUGCUAUGGCCCGUUGCUAUGUAAUGACCAUAGUAUUUGUAGUCAAGAAAUUGCUGUGUACAAAGUAGUAUUUAUGCAGAAUUCAUCCCAUCAUUUUCAACUGUAAAUGAAAGAAAUGAUGCAAAAUACUCACUGGAGGGAGUUUUCCAGAACACGCCCUCUCAACCAUCUAUUGAGAAAUAACAGACCGUUGCUAUGGCACGUUGCUAUGUGAUGGCCAUUCAGAAUCAAGUACUUGACACAGCCGUGUAAUAAAUGGAGGUUUUAAAAUCCAGUUUACCCUGUUUUAAGGGCCUGUGUCCACUAGUGUUGCAAAUGCUGUCAGUGGACAUAGGCCCUAAACGUCACUGAGGAAAAAGGUGAUGUUAAAAUUGUUGUAGUUGAUGUAGUUUUCUCCUUGAUACAAAAAAAUAAUCAUAACUAUGGUUUAUUAUAAGUAAUGGACUCAUGAGAUAAUUAAAACACUGUCAUGGAUACGGCAUAGUGGAUAAUUUUGUUGAUUCAAACAGAUUGAGGUUGAAAACUCUGAAGUGGUUCACUAUGAGAUCUCUGCUCCUAAACUGCUCCAGCUGACGCCGGACGGACCUGAUUGAAUCUACAUCUGUGGACUGUUCUCUAAUGCUAAUCCAAUAGUGCUUAAUGUCCAGCGUCAUCCCGGACUGUUACCCUGCUGUAAUCUGCCCCUCAUUGUUCACCUGUCUAACCCUCCACAUGUGGGCAGACUUUGUUAUCUGAACAAUCCAUUACCGUGUUAAAAAAAAAAGGACAACAAAGAAGUGGCGUCACCGCUGUUUUCCCUGAACUGCCCAGGACGGCGAACUUGGAGUAAGGGGCCAGAGAAGAGCUUCAUGAGGUAGAGCAAGCUGAAGAUUUGGUCUGCUUUCAAAGCGGGUGAAUAGCUGCUUAUUUUCCGACUGAUCUGUGGCAGCUGUAGCGUUGCUGUGAGUGCACUGCAGACAAGCUUUUGAUCCCCUUUUUACAGGAUGCUGUAUUUUUCCAGCUGCAGCAGCAGACACAGAGACUCUUCCUCGGAGUCAGAUCUGAAUGAAUCCUUUCAUUCCUACAAAAAUUGCUCUUGAAUAAUGCAAAUUGCAGCACUGAGACAUGAUGACUGUUGAAUCAUAUUGUUGAAUCACUCUGCUUUCGUCGCUCUCUCCCUCUCUCUCUCUUUCUCUGGCGUUUCCCUCAGAUGUAAUGUUCUUGUCAAAGCGGGGGAGAACGAAUCUGAAUUCCUCCUUUAGGAAAAGUUAGACGAGCAGAAAACAAAUCUGACCAUUGCUUUUGUUUGUGUUCUGAUUGGACUUAGCUGGUCCAAAGCUUCUCUAGUCGUAUUAGAGGAACCAGAAACAACAACCUGUUUACAGUGACUUUAAAUUGCAUUUCAAACUGGUAUAAGCUGGUUACCUGAUGUGAUAUAGAAACUGACCUCUUAAGUCAUGUUUCCAUGUCCAGACAGGGGAAGUUAAACUCUAAUCCAGAGCUCUGUUUAACACUGGGUUCCUAUUCUUCUUUAUAGGCUGCCAUAUGGUAACUUAUGAAGCUGUUGAAUAAUAAAAAAAUGUCCCCUAUCCCACGCUGACAUGCUUUUUAUCAUUUGGAAAUUUGGAGGCUCAGAGAUUUCAGGGAUGAGUUUGCUCUUUGUGCAAAUUUGUAUUCAAGCCACAUGGUGAGUGAGUCCUCCUUAAAUUACACCAAAAUGCUGUCAAAACGUUCGUUCUUUAUACCGCAGUAACUCUCUACUAGGAAAUAGGAGGAGAAAAACAAUGAACUGAAGGAUAAGAGCCUCUGAAGAUGAAGAAGAAUCCAAAGUCACACAGAUGCAGAUUUCUACUGGACUUCUGUUAUGACAUGGAUGUCUUUGAGACCAAAUAUGGUGGAGAGGUUGCACUGGAAACUUUACAGAUGGCAGGUUUGCUCACGGACAUUCCCUCGUAACAGCAGUCUCAUUUUAAUGAGGCUUUUGGGCAGCAUGAUCAAACCAGACAGGACUUGAUCCCGACUGGAGAUGCUCUGCAGUGACUUAUAUCCCAGUCCUUCAAACAGAAACUUAAAGUCUGACUCACCAACUAGUAGGGCUGGGCGAUAUGGGACAAAGUUUAUCACAAUAUAUUUUUUCAUAUCAGUCGAUAUCUUAAAUGUUUCCUGUUACUCUUGAAUGAGAUUUAACAUGUACUUGACAUGAUUUGCUGUGCACAUUACUCUGCUUCAUGUCCAACCUCAAAAAAACAAAAUAUCCCCACACCAUCAACGUUUUCAUGCCAGUGUUGUCAACGAUGUUGUCAUCGCAGAAUGCCGGCAAUCGAAAAGCAUACUGACCAUGUUUCAUAUCGAUAUCGAGGAUAAUUUAUUUUUGAUAUAUAUCAUUAUAGUUUUAUCGCCCAGCCCUACCAACAAGUCCAAGGGUUAGGAAAGAAUGAGUAUGAUAUAAAACGGAUGGUGCUAGCUCUGCUGUUGUGUGCUUCACAAUAACCGAGCUAGCACCAUCAGCUUUCAGCCCUUCUUGUAGGUUCAUGUCUUGUUGAGUGAUUAACAAGAUCACACCUGUCGCCUGUGCUUGUUUACAUCCUGGUAGUAGAGAAUCAAAGCAUCAUGGCAGUCGCCAGUAAAAAAGCUUCAGCUGAGAAACAACAACAUAUUUUUGGAUUAAAAUCAUAAGAGUAGUAGUAAUUCUAGUGCCAAGUAGUAAUGUGGUGAUGUUUAAUUAGUCAACCAAACACAUAUAUAACCAUCAAGAAUAGGGUUGCAAAAUUCUGGGAAUUUUCAAAGUUGGAAACUUUCCAUGGGAAUUAACGGGAAUAAAUCUGAAAUUUACAAAAUUGAAGGUCGGCCCUCAAUGGGGAACUUAAAUAUAGUUUGGGAAAAUAUAUUGUAGCAUAAUCACAGAUGGUUUCUUGAACUCUGGAGGCCACACUUUUGUGCCCAAAGCACAAGACAUUUGAGCCCACGGACUUUAUAAUGUCAAGUAAGUUUUGAUAAAAUAUAUUAUGGGGUAAAUAUAUUUGAUCUACAAUAGUAUUAAUAUUUAACUUGCAAAAAUUGAAUAAAAAUAGGUGCUAAAUGUAAGCUAUUUUUCAUUUCAUUGACCAUUUAAGAGGCGAGCUUAUUAUGGUGGUGGUAGCGACCUCAAAUGUGAUGCUGUUUCUUCUGACUCCUGCAAAAUGUUUUUUUGUAAGCAUAAUUUAUACAUCAAUUGUGAAAUAUUUUAAAGACCAUUACAGUUAUUUAGCCAACUAUAUUUCUGUCCAUGCCAUUGCAUUAGUGUUUUUACAAGUUUUUUUGUUAUUUUAUUCUACAGAAAAAUGCCACAUUCACCAUCUGAUGUGUGUCAUGUUUUUUAAUUGUAUUAUUUUGCAUGAAUGUCUGCUUAUCAGAAAAAAUAUAUAUAUUUACAUGUAUGUUUGGAUAUGGUACAGUUUGUUUAAAUUACCCCCAAAUUCCCAUAAAUUCCCAUAAUUCCCAUGGAGAGUUUCCAAUUUGCAAUAUUUCCAAAAUUUCCCAGCCUAACUUCCUAUGAAAAGUUCCUGGAAAUUUACCUGAAAUUUUCCGCCCCUUUGCAACCCUUAUCAAGAAUCACCUUUACCACUGCCUCCAUGUUGAAUUUUGAUUAGUCUGACUUUAUUCUCUUUGUAGUGAGAGCAAAAAGAGUCUAUUACAAGACCAAAAUGUCAACGUUGUUAAUUUGGUGGAUGUGGAUCAUAUUAGUUGGAAUAGCCCUUUAUUUAUGAAGCUUUUCUGAGCAUACUUUGACCCAAAGCUGGUAGAAAAAAUAUCACUCAUCGUGAGCUGGAUAUGUUUACAAAACAUGACAGACACAGGUGUUAUCUGUGAUGUGUCUCAGUGGUAAACUUGUGUUUGGAUGACUAAAGAAGCAUUUGACUGUGAAAUCAGGGUAAACGGGGUCUUAGAGAGAGAGAGGGAGAGAAGGGGGGCAUCCUUCCCAAAGUGGUUCAUUGCGUCAUACAUUAUUGAGGCAGCUGUUGAAUUAUGCAAAGCUGUGAUAUUGAUCCCAGGGCUUGCCAUCGCUGCAGUCUGAGAGAGAGAGAAGUAAGUGAGAGUGAAAAAGAAGAUGAAAUAUAUGAGAAAAUGAAAAAGUAGAAGCUAGAAACAGAAUUUGAGAAAGAGAGAGAGAGAAAAGAGUUAGUGGGAUGGAGAGAAAAAAGACCUGAAGAUAGAGAGGAGUAAUAAUCUAUCGUAAACAGAAGAGAAAAGAUGAAGUAGCGCUGAGAUGCCCAUGUGUGGUGUGGCACAAAUAAAUCCUGCAUUCAUGAGUUCAUCUCCCACCUCUGUGCAUAAUCUCUUCUUCAUGAAUAAAAAUAGCUCCUAAGAUAAAGAAGCUACAUCAGAGGUAAGAGGACUUUACUUCAGAGGAUAGACAGAGAAACGUUUAGGAAAAUUAUCAUUCCCCCGAGACCGAGACUUUUAUUCUCCACACCUCAUAAAAACAGCAUCUCAUGAGCUGCCAGGGCAAAGUAUCAGACCAGCAUCUGGUCUCUUUACGCUGCUGCAUGUCUGGGACGAGUGUUGUGUACAUGAACACAUGAACCUGAAGAAACAGCCUUUGUUCCUUUCACCACAGCGAAUAUCAACAAUUCUUCAUUAUAAAAAGACAAAAAGAGGAGAUAAUAAAGAGGUCAGCACUUUCAACACUGAGGCCGCAAAAAUCAGCAUAGAAAGUUCCUCAUAGGAGCUUUAAUUUAGGGUGACCACACAUCGUCUUUUACCUGCACAUGUCAUCUUUUUGGGGGGCUGUCCGGGUUUGUCCAGGGAAGUUUAUAAAAUCCUUAAAAUGUCUGUGGUUUUGUACAUAAGUUUCAAUUUUGUGUCAUGUGGACUUACUGAGUUAGAAGCACGUAAAAGACACUCGAUCCGACCCUAAAAACUCUCAAAACUAACUUCAUGCGACUCCGUGCCUCUGCAUAGUCAUGUCCUCUUUUUGGGAAGUCUAAAUAUGGUCACCCUAUUCAAUCACAAACUCACGUAAGUUUCUCAUGAUGUUAAAUUCAAACUUAACCAUGUUCUUUUGUUAAAUCUCUUUUUAAAGCAGGACUGUGUACAAUAAUUUGAGUUGAAGCAGGUUUAGACAGAAGACAGACGCUUAAAAAUUCAAGCUAGCACAGCCCUGCAGCUCAGUCUUCUAUUAAAAGCUAAUAAAUAAAUGAACUGUCUGUGUAAUUAUCAUCAGCUGAUAUUAUUAAAAAUGCUAACAUAUAUUUGCCAGCUGAUAAUUUAUAACAAAAAUGCUGAAAAACUAAAUUAGUAUGUGGAAAUAUUUAGAAAUAUGGUGGGUGUUACAUAUUUUUUCCACUAGAGAGGGUUGUCGACAACAUAUAAUAAACCAAUAAAGUUAAAAGUGAUACCAUUUAAGGAUUGCAUUUAAAAUAAGGGUGACUGGACUCUGACAUCCCGAAAAGAGGACACGACUAUGCAGGGGCGGAGUCACGGAGUUGCACAAAGUUAAUUUAGAGAGUUUUUCGGGUUGGAUCGAGUGUCUUUUACGCGCUUCCAACACAUCAAGACCACGUGACACAAACUCAGAACUCCCCGAACAAAACCGGACAAAGCCGGAGGGCAGGACAGCCCCCAAAAUACAGGACAUGUCCAGGUAAAAGAGGAGGUAUGGUCACCGUAAUAAAGUAAGAUGAGCCAUUUUUAUGGUAGACAAUGUAAAUAAUAAAAAACAAAUAAAAACAAAAAGCUCAGUUCAAACGGAUUUGAAGGCCAUUUUCAUAUGUCAUAAUGUACCCAGACAAUACAAGAACCAUGCAACAUAAAAUGAGACCAUGAGGACCAAAAUAUAAAUAUAAAAUAGUUAAGAAAAGGAAAAUGUAUCAAAAAUGGGGUUAAAGCAGAAAACAGGAUAGUAAAUAUAAAAAAAAAAACAAUAUAAAUUAUGAUAAUAAAAAGAAAUGAGAAAGAGGUAAAACAAUAAAAGGCCUAGGCGGUUUAUUAAGAGAAGACUAUAAGUAUACCAAAAGCUAAAAGGACAGUAAAUCCGAGAACAUAAAUCAAACAUGGACCAUGACUCAGCACUAAAAUAUCAUCAGCUUUCAGCCAAACCUGUAAAAAAGUGAUUGUUUUGGUUUUUUCUCCUGCAGCAGUACCUCAGAGCUGCUUCAGACUCAUUUGCUUCACCUCACACAGUUUGAGAUGUGGGCAGUGUUGGGAAUCAGACGAGUGUUGUGCUUCUGUCCUUCCACCAGUAUGACUAAAAGGCUUUGUUGCCGAGCCAGGGAAAGAAAAUCUGUUCCUGUUGUUGAAGCCGCAGCCGUGUCUGUUACAGCUCCUCUGAUUGGCUGUUAAGAUGAGAAGGCGGGACUAGCGGGUGAAGAGGCGUGGUCUGGACAUCUACUGAAUGGGCCCUGCUGAUCUGAUAAUCUGAUCAGGUUUAAAUACAGUAACAAAGGAGAUAAUGGGAUAGAUCUGGUGCCUGUGUGUGUCUGUGUGUGUGUCUGUGUGUGUAUCAGGGGAUUGUUAAAAUGUCAGACUGGUGCAGUGCGCUUGUGCCACCAGAAAGACACAAUAAAAGUUCAACAAUGUGAACUUCGAUGACGUCAAUGCAUGAUGAUCAAAAUAUUAACGGUGAAAUAAACAAAAUAUACGAGAAUGAUUCAACAAAAGAGCGACACAAUCUCAAAGGAGCGCGCACAAAAAGCCCUCAAUCCUCUUUGCCGGAGCACAAACAUAAUCGGGAUACUUUUAUGAUGAGUUUCAGGACAGUCGAACAAAGCGGCACGGGCAGAGAGAGUAAUAAGAGAUUAGGACAGAGCGUGAGAGAGGGAAUUGGCUCGGCUGACACAGAACGUGACACCAAGUCAACGAGUCGGUAAGAACUUCUCAGUAUUGAGGAAGGAUGGAUGCAGACAGUCAGGUCUUAGCAUUCAGAUCUGACAUGCAGCUGUUUGAGCAUUGUCUCCUGAAUUAUAGUGAUACUGAAACCUUAAACAUAGUUAUUCAAGUAUCUCAAUUGUGUAUGAUCAUAAUCACAGAGUCAAAAUGCUGUAAAAUCAGCCUUCGCUCCUCGCCGGAGAAAUCGGAGCCACUUUUGUGACCUGGCUGGCUUGAUUUGCUCUCAUUUAGUCUCAAGAGCAUUAGUGAAGUUUCAGUUCAUUUUUCUUGUGUUAUUUUAUUGCUUUUAUGUAAAGCACUUUGGGUACCAUUUGGGAUAUUGUAAAGUGCUAUAUAAAUAAAAUUUGAUUUGAUUUGAUUUGAUUCAUCCCAAAGCUGCUGAACUGAGGUCCUGCUGAGGGGGGGGUUGAGGUCAGGGCUCUGCUCAGUUCAGUCAAGUUCUCGCACCGGGGAAAACCGUUUUAUUUAUAGACUUGGCUCCAUCCGCAGGUGAAAGGCCUUCCCCUAAACUCUCUCUGUAAAGACCAGAGUGGAUCCAUCAGCAGAGAUUUUCCAAACUAUCCACUAUUGUAGUCUGAAUAUUACUAUAUAUGUUUUUCCUCCCAAAGUAAUGGUGUCUAAUUGUUGUACUAUACUUCGUGGCAUGGAGUAAGAAUGCAGGCUUGUCUCGAUUUGGGUGCAACUUGCUCCUCUGCUGACCCACAGGCAUCAAAAGUUCAGGCACCACAGUGAGCUAAGGUGUUUGAUAGAUUUUAGGUUGAGUGUCAGUAUCUGUCUUCCUGCAUAUGGACUCCCAAUGUGUUCAGCAAUGUGCAGUUUAUGUGCAGAUGUGUAGCUCCUACUCUUUGUGCACCAGGAGUUUUCUUUGGGGGCCUUUAAGGACAAGAUUCUGCUGUGAACCUUGUCCUGCUGUUUCAUGGUUAAUACGUACAGACAGACAACAUUUGUAAGUAGCUAAAGUAGAUUAGAGAAGAGAGAAAGGCGAGUCACUUAAAGGGAUAUUCCGACGUGAAUUUAAGUUAUAGUCAAGAACACCGUAACACUGAAUUAGACACCCCCUCAAGAGAUGAAUGUUGCCGAUCGCUUGCUUCUCGAGUUUUACCAACUUUAGUAACGACCGCAUGAUAGCAAUACACAGCAGUCUGAGGAACUAUAAACAAAAACACCACUCUAUAGCCACAAAUAAUGCUCAGAAUAGCACCUAACUUCAUCAACAGGACAUAUAGGGUCAUAACAACAGUAAUGGCCAACAAACAUCUUUUUAACUUUGACUGAUUUCUUUAGCAAAGUGACUAAACACAACUCAUCUACUCUCUUCCAGGAGCUGCUUGCAUGUAACGAGACCUCGGGCCAGUCAAUUACGGCCUACAGCGGGGUUUCGCAGCUCAAGGAAGAACAUUUAUGAUCAUUUCUUCAUGGAAAUACAAUCAGACCGAGACGCUAAGGCAGAAGAACUACUGUGUCUGCAGUGCAAAAUGAUUAAUAUGGUAAUGAUCAUAAAUGUUCUUCCUUGAGCUGCGUCACCCUGCAGCAGUCCGUAAUGGACUGACCCGAGGUCUCACUACAAAGAAGCGGCUGCUGGAAGAGAGUAGGUGAGUUGUGUUUAGUGUCUUUGCUAAAGAAAUUAGUCAAAGUUAAAAAGAUGUUUGGUGUCUAGUUCUAUGGCUGUGACCCUAUAUGUCCUGUUGAUGAAGUUAGGUGCUGUUCUGAGCAUUAUUUGUGGCUAUAGAGUGGUGCUUUGGUUGAGGUUUGUUUAUGGCUCCUCAGACUGCUGUGUCAUUGCUAAAGUUGGUAUAACUAGAGAAGCAAGCAGUCGGCAACAUUCAUCUCUCAAGGGGGUUUCUAACUCUUUGUUACGGUGUGUUUGACCCUAAAUUAACUUUACAACAGAAAAUCCCUUUAAUGCCACACAUACUAUGGUCAUUGCAUGAGCUGGGCCCCCCUUAGCCAGAAAAGUCUGGACACGCCCCUGAUAGGGAAUGGUAGUACAGCGUACUUGCACCACAGGCCGUGUCAGAGGAACUACUAAACUCCUGAUCUUUGUGGAAAAACAAAAAGAUUAAGAUUUUUACACAUGCAAAUUAAACAAAAAUGAAACGAUCCAAACAAUAUAUCCUUAUUCUGUUUAACGUGGUCGUAUUUGACGUUCAGCUUCUCCCUAACUUGUGGUAAUUGUUGUCAUACUGUCAUUGUAAGAUCCUAGACUGACUGACAUGUUUUCAUUGAGCAGUAUAAGAUCUGGUGCAUAACACCUCUCACUCUCUGACACACAUAGACAUCACAGAUCCGCUGUCUCUCUCCCUCCCUCCGCUUACAAAAGCGCUCUCUACCCACCCACCACCCACACCUCUCCGGCACUGAAUGAGUUACUGCUGGUGCAGUGUGUGAGCCUGGUGCGCCCCUCCCUGGUUGGACCGCACGCCGCUGCUCGGCAGUCUGCAGACGGAUGUUGCCGCAUCCCGGCGAGCUGCGUUCCGCCACCAGGCUGCGUUCUUCUCCAAAUGUGCCAAAUCUCCUCCUCUGUGCUCCUGUCUCCGCCCGGCGCACGCACACACACACACAUACACACACACACAUACACAAACACACACACGCUCCGCCGACGCUCCUCGCCGGUCGUAGACACACAACUCUCCGGUAAAGUGGCUCCUCGUCCAUGACGGUACGUAAACUGUUUCUGCAAUCCCUCAACUCCUCUUUCAGGUUUGUUUUUCUGCCUUUUUGGCGCGGAGUUGUUUUCGACUGCAGCUCUUUUUUCUCCUGUUUGAGUGGGAUGCUGUGGAUCGACUGCUGCGUAUUUUGCCUGUUUUUCGUCCCUGCUCUGAUUUUUCUUAAGAUGUGACGAUUCUCCUCAAACAUUUGCGCUUCGAUCCGCGUUUUUUAGCCUCUUGCUGUUGCGUAAGAUUCUCGAAACAUCCCAGAGCGAAACAUUUACUUUUUUUCUCUCUGCGCAAUGUUUUUGGUGGCGCGUAAGAGGAUCAAUGUCUGGGAGAAAUAAGGGCAUGAGACAGCAUUAACUCCUUAAACAAUCAGUCCUCUUAAAUCUACCUUGACAUAAGAAGAGGCAUGUCAGGUUCAGCCAGGGGAUUUCAGCGAGCCCUUUCUUUAUCCAUAGUAAAGAGAUUAAUUCAGGCUAUAAAGCAGUAGGGGCUCAUUUCACCUAUUUUCUCUGUUAAAUGAUCCAAAAGAUGAGUAACAGCUGUUUGCAAGCUUGAAUGGAAGUGAAUGCAGCCUGUAUUUACUUUGCAGAAUUGAAAAACACGCCAUAAAUGAAAAGGUUUGGGGUUUGAUGUGUUGGAUUAAGAGAUGACAAGGAUCCCCAGGUUUGUGCUCAUUUCUGCUCAGUCACUGCGAGCUGGUGUGGCAAAAGAUGAGAAGUUUCUAAUAACAUUCAGGUGAUGCAGAUGAACUCAAUGCCCCCUACAGGUAUGGGUGGAAAAAAAGGAAAACCUAACACUCCCUCCAGAUCUGGAAAAAACAGAAAAAAGCCAGCCCUGCUCUGUGCUCUUUGUAUCAUUACCAUGGUUUCCAGUUGGCAUGCUGGUAAGGUAAUGAGAUGAAGUCAGCACCCGAGCUGUGUUAUGGUUCAGAGGAGGACAAAUGAUCACGUAGGAUCAGAUAUGAGAGAGGAGAGACGGGUCUAUAUGUGUUUUGGUCGAGCAGCAAACAGCCAUACCCUGAAAUAGAGAACUGUGUUUUGUGAUGAUUCAUUCAUGCCGAGGAUGUUGCCAUUGCAGUCGAACCAUCCUAAACAGUGUUUGUGUAUUUUGUGUGUGGUUGGCUGUCUGUGAGGUAACACUUGGUGCCAAGAAAAGCUGCUAUUUUUCUCUGUUAGUCAGUUUUCUUCCUGUGUUAUUCGGUUUUCAUCGUGUUAUAGGACGCUCUGAUUUCCUGUGUUUCUUUGGGGCUAAAUGGUUCCAGUGACUCAGCAAAGGUGCUUCGAUACAGCCCCUAUGUGUGUGUGUGUGCGUGCGUGUGUGUAACUGAUCUAAUCUACUGUCUGUCUACGUGCACGACUAUUUUGGCUGCGACUGUCAGCAUGCAUGGCCGUGCCUUCAUAAUUACUUUGCUGCAUACUAAUCCAGACUUUAAUUUUGGGCUGAAAUUAAGCCAUCAACCUCUGUGAUCAGAUUUCCUCUCAUGUGCAACAUCAGUAUCGGUUGGUCAUGGAUGCUGCGAAAUAGCCUGAACCAAAUUGAAGAGAAAACAGCAGUCAUUCCUGGGCGGUAGACAUGGAUAGGUCCAACCGUUUAAGGCUCUGGAUCCUUGGUAAUUGAGUUGAACUCGUCUAGCUUGGUGUCCUAAACUGACCUCGUGACUAAAUCUCGACAAUCCCUUCAAUUUCUGACAGAUCAGGUUGCUUAACCUAUGGAGAUACCUUUGAUUAAACCCUUGGUUCUUGCCCAGGAACCAGACAGUUCUGCUGACUAAUGGUACUUCAAUCAGGAUCCACUUCGUCAAAGAGAAUCAAUUAUUUUCACUCAAUGUGCUCACUCAACAUGGGAAGCCAAGGAGGGGAGAGCAGCAGCAAAGAGCCUUGAGGUACAGAACAACGUUGGCAUCAAUCAGGAACAAGGCAGUAAACAAAACCUUGACAGACCAAGAAAGGUCGUAAAAAAGAGGAAGCUUUCCGAACAAACAGUGCAGAGCUGUACGGUGCUUUUGUCGUACGCCCUCUUGCCUCUUACUCAUAUGUUUUGUCAAAUGUUUUUGUAUGUAAUUGGUCAAAUUAUCAAAUAUUUUAGAUAAAGUGAGGGCUGAACUAACACUAUGCUCAGUUCUUGAUGCUAGGUCUGAGUGUUUCGUCGCUUUAUCCCCAAACAUCAUCGUUAUUGCUGGUCAGCACUAGAAUUACCAGCAAGUAAAACAAACUAGUUGUUUUUAUUAUAGUCGGCCCAAAUGCUGUUCACUUGUUGCAUCUUAGCUGUUGCUAGCUAGUCGGCACUGUAGCUUUGAUAACUGGCCGCUGCUAAUGCUAAAAAACUCUACUAUCAGGAUGCAACCAAGCACAGUUGGUAUCAUGUAGUGCGGCACGGUUUGACAUUUUUAGUCUAGAAAACAGAGAUAAAGUUGCAGGUUGGCUGUGUCUUGUUAACUCUACCAUAGCUAUGUGUAACCAGCACAGACUUGGAUGUUAACCUGCAGAAAGUGCUUGUGCUGUUUGCUCUGCUGUCUGUAAACCAAAUUGAUUUCCUUUACCUGCCCGACUCUGUGAUCUUGUGUUUAGAGAUGCUCAGUUUUGACUUACUUACUUUUCCUGGUUUUUAGAGUAGUCAGCUAGUCAGAGUUUACAUUUCUGCCCAAAAGACUCGGAUAUUUGCUGCUUUGUAAUGUCCCCACUUGUCUGUCUUGAUACAGUCCCAAUUAUUCAUCUCAUACAGGGUGAGUUUGUCAGGGUUUGAUGUGACGAAUGAACAAAUAUGCACUGGUCAGGCUCUUUAAAUCAACCAAGAUGGCCACUUAUUACUGAAUGACUGAAUAUCACAGCAGUAAUAAACAAGCUAGCAGUUUAACACCCCCCUUUAAAACAGCAGAGAGGCUCUAGACUUAUAUGACAUGGUGAUUCUAGACUGCUUUGCUCUUCUAUCUGCUGAAAACUUAGAGCAAAAGUCCAGCUCUUUUCUCUCGUCUUCGAUUAAAUUAGAAGCUAACAGUUAAGCUAGCAUUGCUGAGUCACUGCUUGACAUAAGCUGCCCCAUAAGCAGCUAUUACAUUGUCUAAAUGGGAUGUUAUAAACCGAACAGUGGUUUAAUUCCCUGGAGCAGUGACACUCUGCGUUUCACAUACAGGCUCCUCUGUUUAAUUACCCCUUUUGAAGCUAGCUAAAGAGUAACAAACAAUUAGCCUAGCUGGUGAGGCUGCCAGUGAAUCAACAGUUAGUAGCUGCAGUGAGAGUGCUGAGUCACUUUUUGACAUUUUCUUCCUACGAUUCACUCCUCACAUCCCACACGGACUCUACAUGAAAAUAAGGUUUCUACUUGACCUAUACUAAGUGCUGUAUGUGGACCAUAAAGAAAAAAGAGAUGUCCUUCUGGUUUUAGGUAGGAGGCAGACGUCCAGCAUUUGCACCGGCUUUUUUAUCAUUUAAAAAGAUAAAUAUUAAUGAAUCCUCUUGGGUUUCUUUUGUAGUGAAAAAAAAAAUCAGUUUGAGAGUUUUUAAAGAGGAUUUGCUUCAGAUCUGCCAGGAGGGAGUGUAGUUACUGUGGAGCUUUAGAUAUUGACUAGUGUUCCAGUAAACCGAGCAGCAGCUGCUGUAUAAAGGUGAGAGCAGAUUUUAAUCACAAGUCAGCGGAGAAAAGAAAGUAUACGAAGGGCUGUUACAUUACAUCGACAUCUACUGUGAAAGAGCAGCUCAGCCAAGCAGCAUAAUCCCAAAUCAACACUGAGAAGUAUCACAAAGGGGAAAUUUUGUGAUUUAGAGUUUCCAAAAUGAAUGUUAGACAGUGCAUUACUUUUAAUUAAUCGCAGAGGGGGACUUGUUUUGUUUUUUCCUCUUUUAGCCAAGAAAUUUUUUGCCUUCAUCAAGCUGUGGUAACGUGCAUUAUGCUGAGCGGGACAGGUACAAACUCAGGCUAUUAAUCCACUUAUUAUUAUUAUUGUUAUUAAGCCUGAAGUGACGUCAAAGGGUAGCUUGUUUUGUCUGACCGAAAGUCCAAAUACAAAACACUUCCACAGUACAAUCACGUGAAACAAAGUACAAUAGCAAAUCCUCGCAGUAACAAGGAGCGAUUACGUAAAGACUUGCAGGGAACCGUCACCCAUUAUUGUUUUUUAACCAACCUUACAAAGACUUGUCAUUUGAGCUCCUGGCAACCAGAAAUAAAACAGUUAAAUACUUUUUGGGAGAACUGGCAGAUCGGCGCAUCAGGUGAUCUCGUUAUAUCCUAUUAUUCUUACAACAUCAGGUCAAGCACAAUGGAGCUUACGGCGGUUUUUAAACACACGUACCGUCCAGCACGCACGAUUCCAAUUCACUUACGCUACAACUGAAAGUGCUUAUUUGUUAAUCUGCGAGGAUUUUGGAUUGCAAUGGAGACAAUGAACUGUGCUUGCACUCUCAGAUUAGCAGCUGGCGGGUUUAGCGCAGCAUAGCCGAGGUGAGCAUCCAGGGGAACUUGAUCACAUGUCAGGGCUGCUCCUCAUUCAGAUGAUGUUCAUCGAUUGAGAGUACAAGAUACUCAGAAAUUCACAGUCAAGCACAAACAGACAUUUAUCCCGUCUGAUAUGUCUGAAUGGCUUAACAGCUAACCACUAUAAUGCACCCUAAAGCCCUCAUGACUCUCCCAGGACCACUUCAGCAGAACUGAGAUGCCGACCAGUGUGAUCAUUGACACCCUUCAUUAGAUCCUCUUAUUAAAGCAUUAGCCUUCUUAUGUCACCGGUUAAAGGCCCGAAUGGGGACAUUAGAUGGUUUUCCAAUUAGUGACCAGCUUAAUUAUGUAAAUUUAGUUGGGGGGCAGAGCUCGAAAAUCGGCUUGACCAGUUGGACUUUGAAAGGUCUUCUCGGGUCAGGAAGUUGUUGAAAUGGCCCGUUGUGUGAGAGUGGGCACUCAUUCAUCCAUCAUUUAUACAAUUAUUGGCUAAUUCAGCCAAUUUUUGCUUUUAUCACUUUACUAAACGCCAAUUUGAUGUGUGGCCUUAUUCCCCCAUGUGAAGUACAUCAUUCAGUUUCCAUUAUCUGCCGUACACAGUCCCUGCAGAGGCGAGCUGUUAGAGACAGAUACCUUGAAGUUGUGUAUUUGAUCCAGGUUUGAUCCCUAAACAGCUAUGUUUAUUUUUCCUCGGAUGGACACCGAGCUUUGACUGACUCGGUUCAGCUAAAUGCAGCAGAGGUAGUUCAGCAACACUGGAAGUGUGCUUCAUUAUUGGAUGGACAUGGAGACCAUUAUAAAGCCGAUACAGAGAACUGGCAUCACACUGCUGCUGGCUCGUUUCCCUUAGACAACCUGUCUGCUAAUUGGUUUAGUCUCAGUUCAAAACGAACUUUGAUGUCUCAUCCAGCAAUCGCUGUCAAAGUCCAUUACUACUUUCAAGAAGGUUAUUUCUAGGUUUCUUGGUAUUCAAUAUAUUUAAUCAGAAUCUGCCUAUAGCUCUCUGUGGUUUUCCAACACAAAUAUCAUCUGACUUAUUGCUGUGGCAUCGCUUUAAAUGUGAUAUAAGCUCAUGAAAAACUAAGAGACAAAACAAGAUGAGGAAUUUAAUUAAAAAUCUACUUCAGACACAAACUUUUACUUAGCCGCAAACUUCCCAUAUUGCAGAAGCAGGAAUUUAAACACAGACAAGAGAUUUAACUCUCAGUGUUCAAAUAUUAGUAUAUAGUUUCAUUCAGCGUAAUACAACUUUAAAGUAAAGCAGAGAAACAGCUGUUAAAACGUUACUAUUCCAGUGUAUUGGGACCACAGCAAGAAUAAGGGCCUGUGUCCACUAACAAUGUUUUUUGCUGGCAGGACCUAUUUUCAGUGCUCACUGCAAAAAAAGUGCAUUUCAACUGCUCUCAGGUUAAAAUGGGUCAACUCUUAGAUUGCUGUGGCACUCACUACAUUACCACCAUUGACCAAUCAAUAUCAAGAAGGGGCAGGACUUCCGAUCUCACUGUAUCAGCAACAAUAGUGGUAGUAUAGUAUUUUAGGUUUAGUCCUACAAAACAAAUGUGACGAUGCUAAAAAGCAAUACUAGCGUGAUUUUCUCGAGUUUAAUUGCACUUGCCAACAAUCGCCAUGUUAGCACCGUCAUGGGAAAAAUGUUACCUCGCUAAAGUUGACGCCACCAUGUGCUCGAGUACAGCUGCAAGCAGCUUUAUCAUGCUAGCUUUGUUGUUAUAGCGCCACAGCAAUAAUACUUCUGAGAGACAUAUUGUUUAUUCGAUUAAAUGUACAUACAAAACAAUUUUUAGACAAGAAACUCCCCAAUUUUUGGAGUUUGAAAAGGAGUAGGUAGAAGCUAUUUAGCUUACUUGUACCUACCCUCAUUCCUUCUUAUUCGUUGACCUUUUACAUGUCUCUAGAAUUUAAGGAUUUCUGAAGUCGCCAAAAAUUAACCAAAGCUCCAAAGUCUAACAUGAAUAUUAACAAAUCAUUAAUACUAAAAAAAAGACCUUAUAUAUACAUAUAUGCACCGUACCUUUAUACACGUAUAUAAACACAAAUAUGGACUUUAUAUAUUUACCUAGAAAACUUCAAAUCUCUCAUUUGUACCAUAACGAUACACAAUAUGAUAAAUGUGGCAAAACAAAAAUCACUAAUUGCUUUGUUUGAGUUCAUCGGGAAAGCUGUUCCACAGCUUCACCCCCAAAACAGAAAGACACAUGCUUUCUAGUGUUGUACUUCCAACACACGUACAAGAAAAUAUAAGCAAAGAUGUAAGACGUAUCGUUGUGUCCACAGGGGGCGCCAAAGUCAACACAAACAAAAAGCUUCUCACAGAAGCUUUAACUUCAAUCAACAGGAAAUCUAUGACUUAAUCACUUUUUAUUCAUAUGUGGCAUGAAAUAAACAGCAGGUCUGAACCGCUUACUCACCCUUCCUCCCGUAGUGGACACCCAGGCAGUCAGAGUGAGGUAAAUAGAGGUAUGUGAUGAAAAAUAUGGUCGGACUUGUGACUGCUCUAUAAUCUAAGCGGCUUAUAAUGACAGUUCAGAAAUAGCUCGCACACUGUACACACAAUACUGUUUUUCAAGCUCUUCCCUGAUUACUACCACAUAAUUACACAUUUGCUAGUUAAAGUUAUUUAUAUACGGUAUAUUUGUUCAAACGGAGUUAAAGUGAAUUGUAGGUCCCUUACCUGUUAUUGGGUCACCUUACUUUAAGGAGAAACUGACCUGCUUUAAUUCUGUCGGGUUUUAAUGAAGAGUGUUAGUGUCCCAUUUUUACUGCUGUGUCAGUGGAAACACUGAGUACCACUCACGUAUUUUUGAGGGCAUGAAAAUCGCUGUUUACACGCAGAGCAUCAUUAAAAAACAUUAGCUUUCACUUGAAAAUAUUGUUCCCGACUUCUAUAAGGCGCCAUCAGUCGAACCCUUUUGGGAUAUACGUCCAUCUCACCAACAGCCACAUGAUAAUUGCUGCAUAAUUUGUCACAGUAUUGUUAAUAAUGAUAAUUAUGUAUGAUUAAGAGGCGCUGGUUACAUAAGUAAAAAGCUAGCAUGAAUCACCAUCACGGGACAUAGGACGCCGAGGUCUGUGUGUGUUUGAGAUGCUGCUAACCUGGGGUAGAUUUAGUGAAACAAAGCAGGAGCGCAGAGUGAACGGACCUGAGUCUCGGGACCCGUCGAUAACAAAAGAGAGAAAAGAGGGGUGGUUCUGGCUCGGAGAAUGCAGCAGUCUUUGCAGCGUUUCGCACCUCCCUGUCUGCUUUAGCCGGCUCUCCCUGCUGCUCAACUCUGAGUGUGAGAGGGAGAUAGUGAAUGUACAGAUAUGCAGAAAAUAGACAUGCUGUGUUUGUAUUGUAUUUAUGUAAAAAGAGACGACUCUCGCGACUGUUAGUGCGGACCAAUGCGACGAAACCCUGCAACCCCUCCCACGACUCCCCGAAUACCCCCUGCUGAGAUAAGAGUCCCUGUUCUUCUGAAGAAAAUAUAGUCCCGAGGUGCCGAAGCUAUUCAGCCCCCAGUCUCUAUCUCUCAAUUCAGUUUCUAUCUCUGUUCAUUCUGCGUGGCGAGCUCGCUUUUCUUAGACGCUUUUAACAUUUUAUUUUCUUUACUUCUUAAUACAAACCAGCGCAGCUACAUGACCCACAUCUUUUGGUGCUUUUACAUGCAGCCACCAACCGAUAGAUCAGAACCAAAGACUCAUAGAUCCAAAAACCAAUGUUGUUUUCCCAGUGGGAUAUACACAAAGCGACGAAAGUAAAGACAUUCAUUAUGCAGCUAAACGAAUCUACGGACAUUGAAGACGAGUGACAAAGACAAAAAUAAGAGGCGGUAAGAACGAAUCAUGUCUGAAUGUGGAAGUAUGAGACAGACUACUCAGGAAAGAUUUGGAACAAAAGCAGAACAGACAGAGAGAGUGGUCACCCUGCAGACUGAGAACGCAUGCUGAUGGCAGCCAUAUUGGACCAGAGCGUAGAGGUGACGCCUCUCCCUUCGAUCCCCUUCAGCCGUCAGAGAGGAAGAGCAGCAGUAAACAUUGAUUACUCCAUCAGGAGUCAUUCCCAGAGGCCCCAACCUCCAUCCAUCUGUCCACUCUGAUCUGCUGACAGAAAUCCAUGUAGUCAAUGUGCCGACACACCCAGACUUUGAGGGGGCGGACCUUAGCAUGGCCGAAAAUCGCUAUCCUGUUCGAAAGCUGCUUACGAUACAUGCUUCAUUUCUGCCUCGUGAAGCUUCUGACGAUGUUACAACUGGGUACGACUUUUAGUGACUUCUAGCGUGGCAUUUGAUAAGUGAUGGAGGACUUGUGCAAGGAUGGUGUUGAAAAGCAAAAUAUGGACUCUUGGCUGCAGUUGCAUCCAGAGAUCUGUUUAUAGGUAUCAAAUAAAGCUGAGUCAGCCUCAGACUAACGCUGACUCGUUGGGGACUGCAUUAUGUUUGAUUGUGUGCCACUUCUUAUGCUCUCCACACUGACUGUUUUCCUCCAGUCAGCCAAUAGAUGGAUGACAACAACAUCCAGAACAAUGCUCCUCGACUGAAGAUGGAUUUUAUCAUCAGGUCGGGGUCUGCCCUCGAAUUAAAGAAGAAUUUCAGAGCUAUUUUCCUGUUCGGGAGAGGUUAAAUUACUCUCAUAUCUGGACUGAAUUGGUCUAUUUUACUACCACUGCUGUUAUUGAGCUGCUGUGUUUGAGGUGAACACACGCAGGGAGUCUUUGGAUAACACAUGCACAAGAAACACCAUGUGAAGGUUAACCUGAUGACCUGUAUCUUGCUGAACAUAGCAGGUUUGCUCUAAAACCAGGCGAUGCAAAUGAGGAGGGGGACGUUUACUAAUGAGGAGCUUGUGUCCAUGGUAACCUGUCCUUCAGUUAACCCUGCGGUAAUGCGAAUUAACAUCUCCAGAUUUGUUAUGUGGAAGAUUUAAUAGUGUUGUUUUAUUUUUUACACAAAAGUCUAAGUAGCUUAACCCUCCUUCAGUCUCUAUUUAUGUGUUUUUGCCAGAGUGGGAGUUACAAUUUUCAAAUAUGAAGCACCUUAUUUUUCUGUUUAAUCCACACGUAGACUUUCAAACCUUCAAACACAACAGCAGAUUGAGAAACAGCCGUGGUGCCAGGCCGAAGGUGAGGUAAACCUGUGUGUCCAUCAGUCAUUCAGUUAUUAAGUUUAAUCGAUAAGGUGGUGAAUCAAAAAAAAAGCUUGAUACGGUCUCGACUUUGCUCUUUUUUUUAUUUCUUCCUGAGACCCAACACAGGUCCACUAUGAGCAGACAUUUGGGUAGAAACCUCAGGAAGAACCUGACUCAUGAUUGACAGCCAUCUGCCUGAACUGUGGAGGUAGAAGGAGAGAGAUGGUUGGACUAAACACAGAGCAGCAACAACAUGAAACAAUCCAGUAGGGCUGGGCGAUAAACAGAAUAUUUACAGAUACUGAAAUUUACAACAAUAACCAACGUCAUUUUGCCCAUAUUGAUACAUUCGGUGUCAAAUAAAUAAAAGUUGGUUUUGGAUGUGUGUAGGUAGGCUAUGGUCUCAUGUCCCUUUAAGACGCUGUCCUACGUCAGAGACGUGACUCCACCCCAUCCAGUCUGUAACAAAGAGGGAAAGACAGGUGAGGAGAUGGAGGACAGUUCAAAGGUUGUAGCAGCUGAAGUAGACGAAGUUAAUGUGGGAGGGGGUGAGCAGCUUGUGGAGUAGUUAUCAUCCAUUUAUUGUUAUCAAGGUGAACUGAUCAAUAUAUCAUGAUAUUGAUUUGGGGACAUAUCGCCCAGCCCUACAAUCCAGACAUAUGUGGUUAACUCGUCCUAUUUGUUCCCCGUGUCUCUUCAUCUUUCAUCCCCCCUGGCACUGUAGUGAUGAUUGGAGACUGGCCUAAAUCAUUAGGGGUGCACUUGUAUCACUGAUGAGUGGCGCCGUAUGUUGCAGCAAAUAUUGACGAUUAAAUAUUGAACCCCGAGUACAAGAUGAUCCCACUUUCUCAGAUGUACUUCGAGGAAAAAAUCUAGUAUCUGGGUCAACAUGGUUACGUUCAGCAGCUUGAAGCAGUUGUUUAAAGUGAGCUGUCUUUACCAAAUGACUAGUCAGUGACUUGAACCGGUAUGUUGGCCAUUUUAAGACCACCUUAAGCUGGGAGUAAAUCCCUGAGGGCCGAUUCCUCUCACUCUAGAGCUGCUGCAGCAAAAGCUUCAAACAAAUAGCGGUCUAUCUGCAGCCAAUUUAACAGCCUGUGACUUCAGUAUGGCUCUUUUUUUACACCUCUCUGUGCUCGCUCCUAACGUCCCUGUCAUACGAGGACAGCUUCUUCUCUCCCUUCUCCAUCGCUGUGGGUUUUUCCCAUCUUGAGGGAUUGGAUAUCUUGUCAUUGUGUGCGGGAAGGUCACCCUGACACUUAUUUUUCAUAGCUGUUGUUUCACUCGCCCGCAUAUGCGCGACCCUGAGACCCCGUCAGCCAUGAUGAAUGAGACGUCCUCACUCGUCAACAUAUCGCUGACAACUAGUUUAUAAUGACUGUCGCUCUUUCCUGACACUGCAAGACUUCAGCAGCGAAAACAAGGAGUGUCCUUUCUUAAUAGCUUGUGUUAGCAUGUGUGUGUCUGUGUGUGUGUGUGUGGUGUUGAGGUCAGGGAGGAGUUGAUACAGAAUAAAUUAAUGUCAGCUCCUGAUAUUAAAAGAAAGGCUGUAAGGGAGUCAGAAAGCAAAGUUGUGAGUGUCACUGCUGUGGGUCUAAAUCUGGGUUUUGUUUCCUUCUCCUGCACUCGGUACCAAGGCAGCAAAGAUGACGUUAGCAUAAAUUUCCUCCAGUUGUAAAGAAAAAAACAUGAACUCAGUCUAAUUUGCAUAAAUACUUUCUGUGCAUCUCUUUGGAAAAACCUCUGUAGGAGAGUAAAAAGACUAAAACUGUGUUUCCACAACAGAAACCUCCCAGAGAACCAGGAACUUUAGGGGCGGAGCUUGCUGCAACAACGGUUCUGACUGGCAGUGAUGUAUGACAGUAAUAAGCGCCCAGUCUAAGUGGCGUCAUGAGUCCUGAAGAUCGAGACUCAAGUCUGUCUGGACUUUUGAUUUCCAGGAUUUGUGACGAGACAAAGUGCCGUAUACAAGAAUACUUUAGAGCAGAUUCAGGGCUAGAUUUGUCACCCCCAGUGGUCAGGAGGGCGUGGCCUGAUUCAAGACUCAUUUGAACCAAUAUUUUCUUCCAGUUAAUCCUUGAGUGUAAGGUGUCAACAUCAGGAUUUUACUGUCCCAAUCAAGCCGAGGCCAGGGUGGAAGUCUAGGAUCUAAAAGUGAUCUCCUGUGUAGCCAUCCUUAAAGUUAAACUCGACUUUACUUUGACUUGACAGAUGUUCUUCUUUAGUGUCUUUGGCUCAACUUGAACUUGAGUUCUAAGGACUUGGACUUCCGGUGGUUUAGUAACUCGACUACAACACCCCAGUUCGGUCAAGUCAUCCAUCAGUUAUUUAUAAUCUGCAUUUGCAGACUGAGCAGAUUAUUUUUUCCUAAUCCUAAAGACUCUAAAGUCAAAACACAGACAACAAUGAACUGAAGGAAUCAGAAGUUACUGAGAAUGUAGUUCCUGGAACUGAGAGUACCAGGUACUGAGAGUGUAAAUUAAUGUACAACUAACCAAAUCUUGAAUCCUAAAUAUGUUUACUUUACAUAAACAUGAUUACAUUUGCAUAUUUUAAAUAGAUACACUACUGCAGGACAUAAUACCAGAUACGUAUCAUAAGAUUUGUGUAAAACCUAGGGCUGGGCGAUAUGGCCUCAAAUCAAUAUCAGGAUAUAUUGAUCAGUUCAUCUCGAUAACGAUAAAUGGACGAUAACUACUCCACAAGCUGUUCACCUCCUCCCACAUUAACUUCGUCUACUUCAGCCGCUGCAACUUUUGAACCGUCCUCCAUCUCCUCACCUGUCUUUCCCUCUUUGUUACGGACUGGAUGGGGUGGAGUCAUAUCUCUGAUGUAGGACUGCGUCUUAAAGGGACAUGAGACCAUAGCCUACCUACACACAUCCAAAACAAACUUUUAUUCAUUUAUUUUUUUGACACUGACUAUACUGAUGUGGGCAAAAUGACGUUGGUUAUUAUCGUAAAUUUGGGUAUUGGUAAAUUUUCGGUUUAUCGCUCAGCCCUAGUAUGAAAGUAGGACAUAAAUCAGACCCUUCAAAAUAAAAGUCUGCCCAUUUUAUAGUUUGGGGCUUUUUCUUUGAAAGGACAGCUCAGGACAGAGACAGUAAUUGAGGGAAGAGAGAUAUGCACCUAAUUACAGGGAAUCAAUCCAGACUGUAGCUUCUGUACAUGAGGCGCCUGCUUCUCAACCAUCUGAGCUAAACUGGCCCCCAUGAAAAACCUCUUUAAAACUCUCACAGCUGUUUAAUAAAGCAGAUCAACAUCCAAACUCACAAUCGAACAGGUUCAUGUAGGACAGACACUGCAGGCAUGUGACUGGUCGUGAAUGUGACUUCUUGUUCCAGAUACAGUCUGAACAAAAAGGGCCCAUUACUGCGGGUAUUUAUACUGUUAGACAGCGAGGGGAAAUGUUGGUGGCCUGGAAAAGAUGCUCUGACACAUUUAAGUGUGAUGUUUUGGCAGCGAGUACGGCUCUCUCUCUCUCUCUCACUUGUGUGUGUGUGUGAAGUGUAGUGUUUAAACUGCUUUCAGCGCCUCUUUAGACCCUCAGACGGUGAGAGGGGGGAGUGGGGGGGUGUGAGGGGGGAGUAAGGGGAGCAGUAAUGAUGUCAUGGCUGGCACAUUGUGGACCGGACUCUAAGAGACGAUGACACUUUGCCAAUAUUUCCUGAACUGCCCUCUCCUGCAGCAGCUCUCUCUGAUUCUCAGGCUCACUCAGGGUGGUCAGACUGUCACUCUGCAGGGUUUUUCUAUAAAUGUCACUUUGAUUUUUUUGAUUAUUUUGUGUUCUGAUUUACUGAGUUUAAAAAAUAUCCCUGCUAUUUCUAAAACAAACCUGAUUAUUAUUUUUAUUUUUUUGGAGGUGGUUUGCAAGUAGACUGGGCUAAAAUCGUUCAUCCUCAACUAUAAAUGCAGUAUACAUGUGUAUACUACAGUUGUGAUAAUGGUGAUUAUUGAAUAUCACUUCAAUGUUUUCACAGCCAUGAUGUAACAAAGUAAAAAAUAAUCAAUUAUAAUAUAUAUUCUUUUAACAUAAAUAUCUUCAUUGACUCCUUCAUGGACACUCUAGCUCGAAGGUUCUCUUGAACAGAUUAUUUUAUUUUCGCAGGAUAAGCCUUAUAUUGUAUAUUCGUUUUUACAAAUAUUCGACAGCACAUAUCUGAUUCAUGUUCAGUACUUUAAAUGUUCAUCCUAGAAAGACCAGCUGUGUAAAAUGCAACACCUGACUGACAUCUCAAGUUUCUUUAAUGAGGACUAGACUUUAGUUUUAAUUUGAUUCCCUCAUGUUCUCGACAUAUUGCAGUUUGAUCAAUGGCUCUAAAUUCGAUAAAUUUCCCAAUCUUGUUCUACCUGACCAAUAAUGUCACUGACAUUUAGUCAACUUGCUUUUCUUUAUUGCAAUCAAUACUAUUUUUGUACUGUAUUUUCCAUUACAUUGGUAAAGAAGAUUAAGCUGCAUAUUUACUAUUACAUAUCAACCUAAUAUAUUACUCAUUGCUACUUGCCCCAGGUUGAUUAGAUGUGACUGUAACAUAUUUGGAGUAAAAUACUGAAGGUUUUUGAAUUUCUAGACCCCUCAAGACCUCAAUCCUAUUUUUGGUUUUUACCUUUAUUUUUCUAAUAAUAUAUUUGUCAUGAGCCAAGAUCUAGGGCUGGGUGAUAAACCGAAAUUUACAGAUACUGAAAUUUACGACAAUAAGCGUUGUCAUUUUGCCCAUAAGAGUAUAUUCGGGGUGUGUAGGUAGGCUAUGGUCUCAUGUCCCUUUAAGAUGCUGUCCUACGUCAGAGACGUGACUCCACCCCAUCCAGUCCGUAACAAAGAGGGAAAGACAGGUGAGGAGAUGGAGGACGGUUCAAAAGUUGUAGUGGCUGAAGUAGACGAAGUUAAUGUGGGAGGGGGUGAGCAGCAUGUGGAGUAGUUAAUGUCCAUUUAUCGUUAUCGAGGUGAACUGAUCAAUAUAUCGUGAUAUUGAUUUGAGGCCAUAUCGCCCAGCCCUACUUAUAUCAAUGAAAAUACCCACUCUGGAAAACAAUUCCACAAGUUAGUGCAACAAAUCUGCAAUUGCUGUUGGACGUAUUGACAUGUGUGCAUAUGUGCAGCUGCCAGGUUUGUGUUUGUGUGUAUGCGUCUGUAGGGCAUCACCAUGGCAGUCUGCAGCAAUGAUGCCUGAAUGACAGACGAGCGAAAGGAGCUCAGGGGCCCUUUGAGGAGCAGAGUAAAGGUUCAGACUGGGAUAGCUGUUGUUACAGGAGUUGAACUAACUCUGAGUCUGUCCUCAAACACUCUGAUACUCAGUGACUGAAAAACCAAAGACGUCUGACUCCUCCAUCGACAGUUCCUCCACCUCUACCUUCUCCUCUUCUUCUUCUAUUGAUCCCUCUCUUCUAAUGUGUCAGACAUGGUGAUACCCGUUAAUACUCCAUCUCUGAGUUAAAUCAGGUGAAAAGUUCUGAAGAAGUUAGGGAGUCAGUUUGCAGUCAGCCGGCCGCUCCUCUUUUCUCUCAUCUCCUCAUUCAUUAAAUAAUGGCUCAUGUGUCGAUAAUGAGCAGUUUAAAGUGGGAAAUUUAGUCAGCCUAAUGGUUAUGGCUUUGUUGUGACUGAAAUAGUCCUUUAUCUUAUAAAAAGUGAUUUGAAGAGGUCAUUAAAAGUGACUGAAAACUAUUUUCAGGACCUUUAACUUGAGUUUUUCCAUUUAAUACCAGUUUAUAUGUCCACUCCCUGCUUUAAAAAGGACUUUUCUUUCAAAUUAAAAAUCUUUUUUGAUUCUUGACCGAAAACACUCAAUAUAAGUAUAAAUGUAAGCUGGUGUUAGCUAACUCCAGACUAGAGUUAUUAUAGGAUAAGGUACUCUUAGGGUGAUUCCUCUGGGGAAGUUUGAAGGAUUUACUCUGAGAUAUUGACUCAUACUUUAUUAUUUAAACAUAUUUUCUCCUGCAGAAUCGAAGGCAUCUAAAGUCAAACUUAAAGCUUCUAUAAGGAGUUUUAACUUUGAUAUUUAUGGAAUUCAUAUUGAUGCCUUUUCAUUAAGUCAUCAGCAUCAAGUUUGAUGGUUUUGAUAUUAUAGUUUUUAUGCUUGACAUAUAUGUGAGAGGGCAGGUAUCAAAGAAGUCUAAUAUUUUUGGUCAAAAGCAAAGACUGCUUUUGUCCACAGGGGGCGCCAAAAUUGACACGAAUCAAAAACCCCUCACUGGAGCUUUAAUUGAAGUAUUUUGUGUUCUGUAUUUUUCAAGUAAUGCCCAAAGUAAAUGUGGCUUUACAUAUUUUUUCUCAUCGAUCUUAAAAAAAAGGUUGUGCUCACUUGUUUUGACUAACUUGUCCCUCCUUAUUUAUGUUCUGAACCCUUUAUUCAUAACAUAAAAUAUCUUUGGCUUGUUGUGGAUGUUUUGCCUUUUUUUUAUUCCAGCACAAUCGGCCGUUUUUACUGAAAAUUUAACACCCCGCUGAACAACCACCUGUGGAUUCUCCAGACUUCUCGUAGCAGAGACUGAAUGGAUGUUUUUUUCUUUUCUUAGAAAGAACAGCGAGUGUUUCUGGCACACAGGCCUUCACUCGCUCAGCGCUGCCAAAUCACAGGACCAGGAUUAGCACCAGAAACUAAGACUGUGGCUUCCUGCUGAUGUUGACAGUGAUUGUGGUCCAAGGGGCUACUUUGUGUCCUGGGGGGGUAACGUCUUUGGUUAAAGUCCUUCUAAAAUUAAAAUAAUCCACACCUGGUGGGGUAAUUAUAGUGGCUCUGACAGUUAUUAUAAGGCGGUUAAGCAUUUAUUUACAGUAAACAAAAGAUAUUGAAGGUGACAUAAGUUCAUGUGUUUACUUAGUUGAGAUAAACAGCAUUACCUAAUCGGCUAUAAUUAAUUAGUGUUUUUCUCCAUUUCCAUUAUUGCACAGCUUGAUAUUAACUAAGAAUAUUCAGAGUUGUAAAACGUUUUAACAACGAGGCUCAUAUUAAAAUAAAGGGGUCAUUAAUUCAGUAGUUUUCAGGCUGAUUCAGUCGAGUUCAGACGCAAACAAAUGGCCAGUCCUGGAGCUUUCAUCCUCGGCUUUAUGAUGGGUAAAGACACCGAGAUGACACAGCGCCGGCUUCUUUAAUUUUCCAGCCCACUUCACACCACUUUAUCCAAACUCAGACGCUGCUACUCAGUCUGAGAUUAAGAGCAGGGUGAUAACUUUUUCGAUGUCAGCUUCAAUCAGCCUCAUUUGAUGCGACGAGUAUAUGGAGACGAAUCCUAAGGCGUCGGAUCAGCUUCAUUAACUUGUUUAUUAUAUAACUUAAUUUCUCUUAGCGAAAACAAGCCCGGGGUUUUAGCCAGGGGUUAUGUGGUAAGAGUGCAGACAUGGACUGAUCGCAUUUCAUCUGUGGUGCUUUUAAGCUCCUGUGAGUUUUCAGCUGGUCAUGAAACAGACUGAAACUCUAACUCUACGCUUUAUCUAUAUUGCAGAGGUUUUAAACGCCCCCCUUUGGAUCUGGAUCAACAAUUUUAGCUGUUUCAGGUGUCAUAACAUAAUCCCAGCGGUAGAUGGUCCAACAAUGGACUUGUAGGAUAAACAUGUUGAUGCUUUGUGUCAGUUGUAGACGUGAUCAUCCUCCUACUCCUGAUCACUGACUUAUAAUCCGUCCCAGUCGGUCCUGUUUGGUCUGCUGUUCUCAAGCAGCUUAAGAUGUUGGUUUCUGGAUUCUGCUGGGAGUUGUUGUCACAUCAGGUUAUACCUGCUGCAGUGUUUGUCUGCUCUCUGGGUGUCAUAAAAGUGUUUGUUCAGUUUGAAUGUGUGAUGCUCGUCAUCAUAGGUCUGGGCGAUAAACCGAAAAUUUACUAAUAACGGAAUUUACAACAAUAACCAACGUCAUUUUUUUCAUUUUGGAAGACUAGUAAGAUGAGAGUUCAGGCGGGGCGGCUUCGGCAGUCACACUCUUCCUAAAUGAAACAUCAUUUUUCUGCCAUGUUGAUGAAAAAUAUGAUUCUGGGUCAGACGCCAAAUUCUUGAUCAAGUUUUGGAGAUAUUUUCCAACUUGAGGCUUAAACAAGCACUGACCGACGCCACAUGAAUGCAGGGUGAUAGCCGAGAGCACUUUUAGUGUCUGGCUCUAAUAAAGAAUACACAUGGUUAGCUUUCGGUAACAUAUCUUAUAGGGCUGGGCGAUAAACCGAAAAUGUGCAGAUACCGAAAUUUAAGACAAUAACCAAGGUCAUUUGGACCGUAUCGGUAUAUUUGAUGUCUAAAAAAUAAAUAACAGUUGGUUUUGGAAGUGUGUAGGUAGGCUAUGGUCUCAUGUCCCUUUAAGACGCUGUCCUACAUCAGAGACGUGACUCCACCCCAUCCAGUUCGUAACAGAGAGAAAGACAAGUGAGGAGAUGGAGGACAGUUCAGAAGUUGUAGCGGCUGAAGUAGACAAAGUUAAUGUGGGAGGGGGUGAGCAGCUUGUGAAGUAGUUAUCGUUAUCGAGUUGAACUCCUCAAUAUAUCGUGAAAAUGAUUUGAGGCCAUAUCGCCCAGCCCUACCUCAUCAUUCACUCUUUCCAAUCUAAGCAAAUACAUACUCUGUAUUUUUAUCUUUAUUUUUUGCACUCUUUAAAACCCCUUAAAUUAAAAAAACUGUCAUCGAUCAGAUGAACUUUGCAUCAAAUGAUUUAUAAAAAAACAUAUUUUGGCUUUUAUAAAGAAAAAAGAAACACUUGUUUCCUCCUCCUGCUCCUCUCCCUGCUCUCCUCUCUCCCACCCUGCAGCCGCCUGAUAGUUUGUUCUGCUGUAGCCUGUGUUAAAAUUACAGCAGAACAAACUAAUUAAUAGAAUAAUUAUGUUAAGAGGAUAAAUUAGUUAUAUUUAAAUAUCUUUACUAUCUUUUGAUUAAGUAACUGACUGCAGGCCCGACAUAACUUCACCUCCCUGUUUUUCGUUCCUUUGGGAGCUGAAAAAUCUGCAUUAUCGCAAACCUGAACGCUCUGACCUUGUUUGAUGAGUGUGCUGACGUGUGUGGCUCUAUAGCACAAUACAAUCCUCCCUCACACUCAACGGUUUUAUAUUUAGCUCAGGAUGUUGGCUUUCUGUCUGGCAUUACAUCACAAUUAUGACUUUUUGCAGCUGAAAGAGGAGCUGGCCUUGGUGCUGAUUCAUUUUCAGCUCUGAGGUCUUCGCAUAUUGUUCGGGCUAUAAUACACAUAUUUUUAUGCUUUUGACUUAAAGGUGGUGAAUUUAAAUAUUAAAUUUGUUCUUUUUAUCACACAGAUGUUUGAAUAAAACAGCUUUAAAUGUUUAACUCGUCAUCCCUCACACCACCUUGAAUGUAGAGCAGGCUAUGUGGAGCAGUGCAGUGGCUGGGCCUCGGUCGAUCAGUGCUCCGUUUUAGUCGUCUUUAAACAGAACGCUCUCGUUCGGGGAGUUCAGACACGAGUAUUUAUAUCAAACGGGUCAGCCGAAAAAGAACCAAAAAUGAGCAGAAGCGUUGGGCUCUGCCUGACGAACGACCUUCCUCCUCGAGACCUGAUGUUACUGACGGAGUCAUGGCAGGAUACAGAGAAAGAGAGAGUGAAGAGUUCACAAGUGUAGAUCCUUCAGUCAACAGACAGAAGCAGGGUGCAGGAGAUUCAGCGCCUCCCCUGUCAUCGGGGCUAUUUUUGUCAGGAAAAUGGAUCACUGCAGAUAUGUGAUCCGUUUGCACAGAAACCAGACACAGAGGUGUGUCUUUGGCGUGAUGGUGAAGAUGAAUAUCCUGAGAAACAGAUCUAAAACUUGACGUUCUUCCUAUCGGGAAAUAAUUGACGUGUUUUUCUUCAUAACCACUUACAUCCUCCUCCUGCUGCCUGCAUACAAUCACCAGAGCAAAUGUUGAUUCUUCCGCUGCUAAAAAUAGUCCCGAACAUAUGCUCUGCUUGCUGCUGUUGUUUGUAGAGAUAUUUGCUUUAAACUACAGCGCCAGGAUGUUCAGCUGAACUUCACUGAAGCUUGCUGCUUCAAUAAAGGAAUGUAGUAACUCUUAUAGGCCCAACAUGCUUGUCUUCCAUAGCUCCGGUUAUUAGCUCAAAGAUAUCAUCCUAUAAUACUUUACUACCUGGAUAUAAAUGAGAUUAGAUGAGUGAUUGCGUCUCGUAGUGUCGCAGAGUUUGAGAGUAUUAUGAUCUGAAAAGUUGUAAAUGAAUUUUUAAAAAAUAAAUCCUGCUUUAGAAACAACUGGGCGAUUCCAUCGAUGCUACGUCCAUUUCUUUUACAGUUUAUGGUGUCGAGUAAGAAGAUAAGAGGCUUUAAUGCUUCUGUGUCCUGAUACUGAACAUCCGAACAAGGCCAGAAUGAGAACUGGUCAGUUUUACAGCUCACUCUUUGUCGCAGCUCCUGCAGGACAGUCAGGUUUGUCUGUCCAGUAGAGGUGUCCCGAUACAAGUUUGUAACUUCUGAUAUGAUACCGAUAUUGUAGCCUUAUAGAUAGAUAGAUAGAUAGAUAGAUAGAUAGAUAGAUAGAUAGAUAGAUAGAUAGAUAGAUAGAUAGAUAGAUAGAUAGAUAGAUAGAUAGAUAGAUAGAUAGAUAGAUAGAUAGAUAGAUAGAUAGAUAGAUAGAUAGAUAGAUAGAGACACUAAAUAAAGAAUGAUUAAAAACAAAAACAGUAUUGGCUGUUACCCAUAUUAAUCCGAUAAUAGCACAAACUUGUUCAUGACAAGUUUUGCGCUUAGUCUCUUUCGGACUUUAAUGAAAAAUGCGUGAGCUCUGCAUGCUGAAACUGGGCGCUGCUCGAUAGAGGUGCUGGAGUGGAGUCUGGAGUGGACUGCUUGUAUCGGAGUGCUGAUAUCGGAGAUUUUAGAUGCAGGCUGAUAUAAUCCGAUAUUUGUUUUUUUUUUUGCUGAUAUCGGACCGAUAUCUGAUAUCAAUAUCGGAUCAGGACAUCUCUACUGGCCAGCAGCUGCUCGGCAUAACAAAAUAUAUGCAAACCUAAACUUGUGAAGUACUAGCUAGCUUUACAGGCUCGUCACUGCAGCUCACACAUCACACAACGAGUGAUAUUAGCCCAAACAGCUCACUUGCAAACUAAAUGUUAAUGCUGUUAUACUCAGAUUUGAGGAACAGUUACACAAUAGCGCAUUUGGAGCCCAAUAUUAGUAAACAGAAUUUCUUCAUAUUUCUGCACUUCAGGCACAGAAAUUACAAACAUAGAUUUCACAUUACAGUGAGCUGAGUUAAUUUCUCAACCUAAAGAGCAGUUUUUCAUUUUUUUCCCUUUUUUUUCAGACUUAUUACAUUGAAAGUUUUUAAAGACUCAUCCUCAAUUUCCUCAAAUUAUCUCUCUUUUUAAAAAAUCCUUUAUUCAGUCUCACGUCAUUCGCUGUGAACUCAUCGAACCGCAGUGAAGUGUCACAACGAUAUGCAAAUGAAAUGUUAAUGAGAUUCACCUCUUUGAUGUUUCCGAGUCACAGGCACUUUCCUGAGCUGGCGAGCUGAUAUGAUAGGAAGCUCUGAGUAUUUAAGAUUGAUUAAGCGGGCAGUAAGUGAAGGUAUAAGAAGAAAUUAUCAGCCGUGAGUCCCUUUUUUUUUGUAACAGAGCAUGAGAUUCUCAAAAUGCCUUUUGGCUCGGAGUCACUUUAUGUAAAAGGAUGAUGCUGUCUCUCUGUCUGCGAUUGCCAGGGGGAUGAAUAGACGAGGGUAAGUUGGCUGAACAUUGCACUCUUCAAAAGGACUGUUUAAAUAAACACGUUUAAGCUGAGAAACAGACGCUGGGCCGCCCGAGGAGACUUUAACUUCACACUGUUUGUAUCUCUGAGGGUGGAAAGACACGCUGUGGGCUGACUCCCAUCAUGGGGUGUCAUUUCCAGCAGCGGCUCUGUUAUUUAUCGCUUUUUAAGUGCUCAGUGGUAAAAGACUAGAUUGUUGAUGGAUGGUGGAUACUUUAUCCAACGCUGACUUUCUUAUUAAACAGAUUUAGAUCCUCUCUCCUGCUGCAGUAGACAUAAAAAACCCUUAAAUCUUCUUUAAGAUGAGCUCUACCUGCACUUUUUUUUUAAGAGAGGGAGAAUAAAAUGUGUAAUUUUACAUCUUCGUCAGCUCCAACAUGGAGGAUAGACACGGAUCAAGGCUGACGAGUUGUUGGUGUGUGGAUGCUGCAGGAGGUGGAGACGUCUUUAAUCAAGGCGUGUCUGACGCUCCGCAGAGAUGAGUCGAUUCCCACCUUGACGCGAGUCACUGAAAACACCAUCAGUCUUUCUCAUGUGACAGCUCUUUUUAGUCCGAGUGCAUUCAUCAUUUUUGUUGGCGAGAAACUUGUCAAAGCCGGAGCUUAAAUUUGACAUUUUAGCGGUACACAAAGAAAGAUUACAGACAAUAAAUUAAGAGACUCUGGGCUCUACAUUGUCUUGUUAACUUAAUGAUUAAAGAACAGGCGCCACAACCAAGAACAACUUUUCCCUUAACCCUUUUUAUCAGUCCAACUAUAUCUUUUAAGAUAUCGGUGGACUAGAUGACUAGAACCAUCGCUGCAGCUGUUUCGUUUGGCAAGGGCUCGAUCUAAAACAGUAUAUAAUCAUCAUGUUAUUCAUUUCCAACACUGUGCCCAUAGUAAGGCGAGGGUGACAGCAGCAUGAGUUUAAUUCUUUUAUUCGGCUAGUUUAUGUACAGAAAAGUUUUAUUCUCUGAAUUAUUGGGGUGUAUCUUUAAAAUAACUUAAGUUUGCUUACCUUUCUUUUCUUUAAAUACUAUUAUCCCGCCGCCCCGACACAUGCUCCUCUCCUUCUGUUUCUCUGGUCAAGUCCGUAGACUGUAUACAGAAUGGACGCCGUCUGCCUCCUCACUGGGUGAACCAUCGUGAGAACAGCACCCUCUGGUGACGGGCUGCAGUAUAGGUCAUAAACCCCGCCUCCUCCAGUAAUCCUUACGGAGCUGUGAACAAACUUUAGAAAUGAAUUAAGCAGAGCCACGCAGCAGAGCACAUGCAGUGCAAAAGGUUACAAACCCUAAAAGGACCAUUCAGUCUGCUUUGCCUUACGACAGAACAUCGAAGAGACACAAAGACCUCACAGAUGCAGUAAUUAUUGUAUUGCAAAAGACCUGCUACCAAUCAGCACUGUUAAAUUUCAUUUUUUAUAUUGUGAUAUUUAUCGAUAUCGACUAAUAUGAAAAAAAAAAUAUCAUGAUAAACUUGUUCUUAUAUCGCCAAGCCCUGUAUCGAUCUAAAGGUUAUAAAAAGGGUUAAUCGUGUUUGUGCGGGUACUUUAAAGCCAGCAGGGGGAGACAAAAUGUCCCACCUGCAGGUUUGGGUGGUUAAUUGUGUGUUUUGUCAAGAGACCGAUGAUCAUAACUUCACGUUGAGAACAUUGUAAAAAAUCAAUAUUCAACUACAUAAAUGAAAUCAAACUCAUAAAAACGGAUGUUGUUUGGUCGCGCUGGGUAGUAACACAAAUCCAGGAUGUGCUAAAACAACACACCUACAAUCUGACGAUGACCCAACUUUAUUUUAACACCAUGUAACACUCUCAUCUUUGCCCGAAGAUCCGGUAGAAAAGUGAUGAGAGAGAAAGUAAAAAUGUAAACAGUCAUCUCUCCUCAGUGGGUGGGAUGACUAACUCGGCUCCAUCACCUGCACUUUCAAACAACCACCUCAAAUCCUCUGUCGGCUUCACAGUUUACACAUCCUGUUGUCUCUCAGUAUAGACUGUUAUUAACAGACUCUCAGGCAGCACCGUGUCACUGCAGUCAGAUCGACUUUUAUUAGAAGUUCAGGUGCAAACAGACACACAUGAAGGAAGGUGAGGAUCUUGUACCUCGUACAGAUUAAAUAUUAAGAUGACAUGGAAGAAAUCUUGGACAUUAGAGCCUUUUUGAAGUUUAGUUUGAAGAGUUUCUCUCCUCUUUUAUUUCAUAACGAUCAUUACUGUGAUGGAUCUACAGUUUGAUUAUAUUUGCAUUCGACUUCUCUUCUCAUUUCUUGUCUGUUUGUUUGUGAGGCACUUAAGUCUAUUUUACUCCCCGUGCAUCAGUGUCACCCCUGCAGAUUCUCGAUCAUUAGCUGUGUUUCAGAGUGAGGGUGAAUCUGUAACAGCAGCAGAGACAGUCCUCUCCUCAGAUGCUCCACAUUGUUGAUGUUCUUUGAACAGCAGCGUUUCAGACUGACUUAGAGUGCCUUUGUUGUUGUAGUAUCACAUUGUACCAGUCUGCAGUGUCAGCGAGUGUUCGCCCCGCAGGCAGCCAUCAGCAGCCUCUCCUCCUCCUCCUCCUCCUCCUCCUCCUCCUCUUCCCUCUCACCUGAGAAAAGCACAGCAGGGGGGUCAAAGGGACACGCUGUCUCUCCGGGCUUCACUCUUCACAGAUUGAGGCAGGUGCGCUGGUUUCUGUGUCGCUGAGGUUGCUUCAGUCGGUGUUGUGUGUCUCUCUCUCUCCUCUGCAUUGGAAGUAUCAAAGCGAACUUGCAAAUCAUGGCUCACCCUCACAGCUUAGUCACGGUGCUGCUGUGAAAGCGGACGCGUCUGUGGGCAGAUCUGCUGAAGUGUUAGAACUCCUCCUGACUGCAGCAGCAGCAGCAGCAGCAGCGUGUUUGUUUGUUUGAACGGUGGAAGCGGUUUCAUCGUUUUAUGACCAUCAACAAAAUCCUCCAGUCUCCUCCCCCUCUCCUCCAUCGCUCCAUGCAGGGGUCGAGUAAAAAUAUCCCACUUUUCUGUCUCACAUUAGCGCUGGUUACUGCAGUGUGUCUGCAGGGGGAAAAAUACAUAUGGUUGUCAGUGUGUUGCUAUGGUAACAUCAACAGAGGGAGCCACAUCCUCUGGUUUGCCUCAGUUAUGUUUGUUUUUUUUAAGUCAAUGUUUUUGUGGAUUUUAUAUUUCAAACCAGUUUUUUCCUUUUUUUUUGUUUCUGUGUUUAAAAAAAGUAGUUCUUAAUUUCUACUCUGGUGGUGUUGUUAUCCUCGACCGUCAGGGGCGUGUCCAAUCUUUUUGAUUCAGGUGACCCCAGUUAGGCCACCCUAUUUAGCAUUUAUUUAAAGUUCGACUUUUAUUGAUCAAUCAGGAUAAAUCACUGUUUCUGUCUUAAUGAAUCGUCUUUUUCUACUGUUGAUAAUGAGGUCCAAAAAGUGUCAGCUGAAGAAAACAUCCCGACUACCACCAACCCUUUACCCCCUUAGACCAAAUGGACGGUUUGAGUUAAAGUCUGAACUUUUAGGAGUCAAUAAUAGACAGUGACUGAAAUCUUAGACUAAACUAGAAUCUACAUAGUCCAACAGUAUACUGCAUACUAACUAGGGCUGUCCCGAUAUAUUGAUAUCGGAUAUCGGAAAUCAGAAAUCGGUCCAAUAUCAGCCUGCAUCUAAAAUCUCUGAUAUCAGCCCUCCGAUACAAGCAGUCCAUUCGAGACUCCACUCCAGCACCUCUGGCUAGCAGCAACAGCGUGAUCACAACAUCAAUGUGCACUUAGUUACAAACAAAGUAGAAAGGAGUAGGAGUGAUGUCGGCUGUUCGGCAAAAUUUUUCGUUAAAGUCCGAAAAAGACAUUGCAGCCGAGUGCAGAACUUGUCAUGCAGAAGUUUGUGCCGAUAUCAGAUCAAUAUGGGAAGUAAAAAAGUUGUAUCAGGGUACCCCUACGGCGAACUGCUGAUAAUUUAGCAUAUGCUACCAUAGCCACAAGGUUGUGGCAGAUUUAACUGUGUUUAUAAUGUCAAAUUAAACAAAUAAAACUCGUUUUCCUUUUUUGCUUACUCUACAGUUUGAAGAGUAUCAUUCCACACACUGCAGCGCAGUAAUCCCAAUUUUUGGUCGACUGAUAUCAGUUUUCAACAAUGAAAACGAUGCAGAUUUUUAUAAUGACAAAGCAGGCUGGCCUCAGGCUGAAAUGUAAUGCCAACAUCAGGUUAAAGUCGUGGUUGUUUACAUUCAAGAUCAGUACAGAGAAUUUUUAAAACAUGGCUGAACUGCUGAAGAUGAUGAUAUCGGCCAUAUACCGAUAUAAGACUUAUUUAACCAAAACCCCAUUAAUCAGCCGAGCGAUUAACCGUUCUAUCUGUAAUCCCAACCUGUUAAAAAACAGACAUUUUCAGUCAUCUGAGAUCCUAUCUUCCUGUUGCAGCUGCUAAAGUCACGAGGUUAGCAUUAUUGAAUUUCCCUUUGGGGAUAAAUAAAGUCAUUCUUAUUAUUAUUAUCUUAAAUGAAGCCAAUUACGAGACCAUUAUUGAGCUGCUGAGGGACAGAUUGGGCUGAAAGGUUUCAAUGAUUAAUGCACAUCCAACCAACCCUUUAAAUCGCAGUCCUGUAACUCCUGAAUAAUUUCUCAUAACCAGGUGUCAGAACAGCCGGGUUAGGUCUUCACUGCGUUAAAGAGAAGAGACUAUAAAUGUGUCUGAAUGUAGGAUGGUUCAGUUCAGCUGAUGGUUUUAUACAUAAACAUUAUAAUUUAGUUCAUUUUUAGUUCAGUAAAUUGGUUCAAUAAAGAUUAAGAAGGCAUGAAACACAAUUAUCGGCUGAAAGAGGAUCACAUAAUCAAAUGUCAUAAAGUUCACUAAGUGAUUUCUCUGACUCACAGACGGCCUCGAAAAACAAGAACUCAGCUGAUUAACAUCUUGUGUGAAUUCAUCUUUACCAUCCCAACUUUAAAUAACUCUCCUCACUGCUCUGAUGAGUCCAUCUUUAUUUGGAUCUGAGGCUGAGAAUGAUUGACGUCGGAGGUUUUCAUGGAAAAACACGUGUUGACAGCCCGGAUCCUAAAAAGACGGCAAAGAGCUGCAAACUCAUGAGAGCCACUGAAGAUCCCGUAGGAUGGAGGAGUCACUGAGAUCUCUCUAUUAUUAGACCUCUCUAAUAUUAGAGGCUGCAUCUGUGCUGAAACAGAGGGGAAUCAAAAGCUUAACAUCACCCCUCAGAGGCAUUAACAGCUGAUGUAUAAUUCUGAUGAAUAUUCAUGAGGAUGUAUGGAAAGGACUCUUCUGUAAAGGUCAUUUUUAUUAGCUAAGAGCUUUUUUAUGUCACCUUCAACGAGCCUUUUCCACCACCAUCACAUUGUACAAAAUCGAGUUCAGGACCCAAAGAAGGUUCUUAAAAUUUAAUGGCACUAAUGGGUUCAAUCUUAAAAUCCAUCCAGCAGACAUCAGAGACGUUUUCCUCUCCGUCUCUUACUCUUGCUCGAUGCACAUGUACUGUAGGUUGUAGGCUUCUCUAACGAUCACCGAUUUAAAAAGGGUUUCCUGAUCCGGUCUGGAUGUGGUCCAGUCGUAUGUCCUCGAGCUAGACGGCUGAGUGUCUGGUCACCUUGUUCACCUUAUUCAUCCUAUAGACGUUGAUGAAUUGAAUCCCGGAUUUAACUUUUAAAGCAGAAAGAUUAACGUCAUGUUUACAUUCUUCUUCUUCUCCUGCAGGACAAAGAACUCUCCACCACAGAAGUGAUGUCUUAGAGACCGUGGUGCUCGUCAACCCCGCAGGAGACACCGUCAUAUCCGAGGUAAUUAUGGCGUGUUUAUUUAGGUAUUGCACUCAGCUGGCUGCAGCGAUCCUCUGAGUUAUUAAUGAACGUCUUCUUACUAAGGCGUGUGUCUGUCAGUCACCCUCAUAAUUUAGACUUUCUCAUGUCUAAAUCAUAACUACUAAGUUAAUACUGUCUAGUUUUUCUUCUUUUCUUUGCGUACAAUACUACUGCGCAAGUGGUGGUUCCAGGAAGCGGAGAAAAUCCUGGAAAUACCAGAGCAAUUCGACUUCAAAUUUGUAUGAUGAUGGAAGGUUACCUACCUGGUAGCUAGACAGUAUUGUCUUAGUAGUUAUCAUGUAAUUACCAGAUAAAUUCAUGUUGUUACUAGGUAAUUACCUGUUAAUUACCUGGUAAUAAGUGUACCGUAAAAGAAAGGGUUACCAUCAUACAGAAACAAAGGUUUUUGCAACAGAUUGACCUACAGAUGAAUAUUGGUUUAUGCAUGUGAGGUUCAUAUAAAAGAUCAGAAAAUCUUUUCUUUUGUUUUCUGUUAUUUAUUUUAUUAUAUUAUUCUAUUUCUGGCCUUCCUUAGUGGUGGCUCAUUUCAAGAUAGCAACAAGAAACUUCUAGAUUUCUGUCCGGCCAUCUGCAAUUGUUAAUACAGGAAAUAUGAGGCAUGUAAAGAAUAUUUUAAAAAGUAAUAUACAAUUCAAUUAUUCCAUGUAUGUUACGUAAUAGAACACAUGGUUGUCUAAGUCAAUGAUGCAGUUAUCUCAUGAUAAGGACUUAUUAUCCUGUUAUCUCCCCAUAACAAAUGUGUUUUCUCGUAAUAACAAAUUAUCUUUUUCCGCGAUAGAUAUUCCAAAAAUCGUUUGCUCGUGAUAACAGAAAUGGCGUUCCAGCCAACCUCAACGGUAACUUUUAAAACGCCCUUUUCCGAAAUGUCGCAGCCACUGGUGUCAACAGCAAGCUAGGGUUUUUAAUGAAAACGCUGACGGCACGCUCCACUCUGCACUUACACUUUUAACGAUUCACACAUGGCAGUUCAAUGUUCCCAUGUUAAAAGUGUAAUGAGCAUGUGCAAAAUGGAGCAUGUCAGUGUUUUCGCUAAAAACCUUGGCUUGCUCUUGACAACAGUAGCUGCUGCGUUUCAGAAAUAUUCCAAUCUUGAGGGUUUUUAAAAGUUACCGUUGAGGUUGGGUAAAACGCCAUUACAGCUAUCAUGAGAAAACGAUCUUUGUUAUAUUGAAAUAAUGGAAAAAAAACGUAAUUACAAGAAAAUGAACUUUGUUAUGUCGGGAUGACGAAAAUAAAUUCUUGAAAACAAAUUUUAUUAUAUUAAGAUAACAAGAUAGUAACUCCUUAUCACAAGAUAACAGAGCAUAAAAAAAGAAAAUUCCAUGUUUUUUCUUGUCUUCCUUAGUUUUUUACUAAUUCAUCAGAUUGAAAAAUGCUCUAUAAUGCUGAAGAUUACAGAACAACAAUUAAGUCAAGCUAUGGUACCUUUUUUGCUUUUGUAACGGCCUCUUGGAAACAGCUAACAGCUGUUUAAAAGUGAACAGCUCAAUCGAUGGGCCGACUGAUCGAUCCAUUCACCACCAAUAAACGGUGUAAAAUCACUCUGACUUUUGAGUCAGUUCAUCUGUUCUGUAUAUUUUGCAGAGGGAUUAAUUCCUGAAUCUUCUUGACCUUGACACAAUUCAAGCUCAUCUUUCAUUGCCAUGAUGCAGGCAUUUCUCCCUCUGUCCUGGCUCUCCUUUAACCGUCCUCUUUCUCCGUCUUUUCUCUCUCUCUCUCUCUGUCCUAGAUCCAGUCUCUAGUCACAGACUCAGCAGGACACAAGCUCCUGGUCUUGAGUGGUCAGAGCUCAGAUCACGGCGGCCUACUCCUUCAAACUGGGGUUUUUACCUACCAGACCUUUUCACGUGUCUUUGCUGAUCCUGGGGUGAGUCAUGUAUCAAUAAGCUGAUAAAAAAUGCAUACUGUACUUUAAUGAAUGCCUCAGAGUGAGAACCUGAAUAUGUAUGAUUAUGUAAAUGCUUUGUUAUACUGUAGAUCUGCAUUCAUUGACCUGAACAGAAAGAGAAAUAAUCCGACAGAAUCCAGAUCCGAGAGAAAGUUGUUUUUGUUGUUUUGUCGUAACAAGUUGACCACAACUUUACUAACUGAUGCAUGUGGGCGUGUCUCUCUGGCAGGUCAGUGAAUUAUUGGGCACAGCAGCCCCCAAGCAGCAGGCCACACUUACCGUGUCCUGCCGCGGGGAGGUGGGCUGGAGCUCCCUGGGACAGCAUCAGACCCUACAGGAGUUCCUGGAAUACAGACUAAACCCUGACCCCGUUCUCCCCAAGAUGGAGGGCGUCACCGAGUUCACAGAGUACAUCUCUGAGACCGUCGACGUCCCUUCACCUUUCGACCUCCUGGAGCCGCCCACCUCAGGGGGCUUCCUGAAACUGUCCAAGCCAUGUUGCUACAUUUUCCCCGGCGGACGAGGAGACUCCGCUCUCUUCGCCGUGAACGGCUUCAACAUCUUAGUGGAUGGAGGCUCUGAGCGGAAAUCCUGCUUCUGGAAACUCGUCCGCCACUUGGACCGCAUUGACUCCAUCCUGCUCACACACAUUGGUGCCGACAAUCUGCCAGGAAUCAACGGGCUGCUCCAGAGGAAGAUCGCGGAGCAGGAGGAGGAGCAGUCUCAAGACUCCACCAACUACAACGAAUGGAUGAAAAACCUGAUCUCUCCCGAACUGGGUGUUGUAUUUUUCAACGUGCCAGAGAAGCUCCGGAUGCCUGAAUCGAAUCUCAAAGUCAAGCGCAGCAUCGAAGAGGCCUCGCUGACCUUACAGUACCUUAACAAACUAGGAAUCAAACCAGAACCUCUCUUUCGAGUGAUCAGCAACACUAUCGAGCCCAUCACCUUGUUCCACAAGAUGGGAGUGGGCAGGUUAGACAUGUACGUCCUCAACCCGGUCAAAGACAGCAAAGAAAUGCAAUUCUUAAUGCAGAAGUGGGCUGGCAACAGCAAGGCCAAAACUGGUAUCGUGCUGCCAAAUGGGAAAGAAGGAGAAAUAUCCGUCCCCUACCUGACAUCAGUAACCGCUCUCGUUGUGUGGCUUCCUGCCAGCCCUACAGAAAAGAUCAUCAGAGUGCUUUUCCCUGGGAAUGCACCACAAAACAAGAUCCUAGAGGGGCUGGAAAAACUAAAGCACCUUGACUACUUGCGCUAUCCUGUAGCCACACAAAAGGACAUCGCCUCAGGAGCUCCGCCUUCUGUCAUAAAACAAACCAAAUUAAAGCAAAGGACAGACAGCAAAGAGAGUCUCAGGUCGUCUCCGAAGACGACCGCAAAGGCCUCGAAGAAAGAGGCUGACGGACAGGACGACGUGUCCGCCGCCACAGAGGCGAAGAGUGACUCCGUGAAGGAAAACAUAUCAGAGAAGACGGAGGAGAAAAAGCCGACAAAAACUCCCAAAAGUAAAACUGAUGUGCCAGAGAAGAAAAAGCUCUUGAAAGAAAAAACCUUAAAAAAGCACUCGAAGGAAAGGUUGUCAAAGAUAGACGAGAAAAAGGACAAGGAAAAGAAAGAGAUCAAACGAGUGAAGAAAGAUGACUCGGCUAAAAAAGAUGAAAAGAAAGAUGCAAAGUCCAAAGAGGACAAAAAGAAAGAUGGCUCCAAACCUGAGCUGAGGAAAAUUACAAAGCCUGACCUCAAACCUCUUACACCAGAAGUCAGAAAGACAUUACAUAAAGCGAAAGCGUCCAGUAAGGCAAAGACCGCAAAAGUCAAAACCGCGAAGGCCGAACCCGCUGAGACAAAGAAAGAAGAACCAAAACCUGAAACUAUCCAAGCUGAACCCGUGGAGAACGGGGCUGUUGAGGCGAUAUCUGUUCCCUCCACUCCUGAGGACCUCACUAAGGAGUUUGAAGAACUAAAGCGAGCAGAUACUGUCGCUGUAUCAGCAGAGCCCUCUGAUGUUAAAGAGGUAUCACCAGAGCCGACAUCACAAAGCCUUACCCAAGAGGAACACGAAGCACAAGAACCUGGAUCUGAAGUUCCCAAGUCUCCAGAAAAGGAGGCCGCGGCCCCAGAAGAAGAAGCCGAAGCUAAGGACAAAGAGUCGACACAAGAGAAGGACGAAGAGGCUCAAAAGUUUGAAGAUGAAGGAGCGGCCUCUCAAGAUGAGGAGGAGAAAGAGGAAGAGGCUCCGGUUGCCGAAAAGAAAAUCAUACAAGAGGAGGAAGAGGAUAUGGGAAUCGGUGAAGAGGAAGACGAGUCAAAAUGGAAGGAGACUCAGGAUGAAGGGCUCGACAGGAAGCAUGAAAUAGAAGAAAUGGAGAAAUCAGAAAUUCUUACUGCCAAGGCUGUGACAAAAGAGGAGCUACAAAUGGAGGAGGAAGAGGAGGAGGUGGUGGAGAAGGCUGAACUGGAGGAGGUGGAGGAUUUGGACGCAAUAGCAGAUGAAGAAAUCAAAGUCAAGCCUGAGGAUGCUGCAGAGGAACAAAUAGCCUCUGAAAUCCUGACUGCUGCAAAAGAGGAAGAGGAGGAGGAGGAGGAGGAGGGUUACCUGUCACAUGUAGGAGGAGCUACGGCUCCUAUAACCUCAGUAGCUCAAGGAGCGGCUGCAGCUGAACCAAUCUCAUACAUCCAAGACGAGACCAUCCCCGGCUACUCUGAGACAGAGCAGACAAUCUCCGACGAGGAGAUCCACGAGGAAGCGGAGGAAAGGAUACCGCACCUCCAGUACGAUGUCGGCUCUUACGACAUAUCUGUUCCAGAUCAGACUGGAUCAUUCGUCGACAUUCACGGUAUGAGGGAGAUGCAAGCUGCGGCCAUGACCGAGAAAGGCUUCAUCCCAGGCGUGCAAGAGCAAGUAUCAGCAUUCACCAACAUCAUCACGGCUCCACUGGCAGAAGAGGAGCAUGUGUCCUCCGCAACCUCCAUCACAGAGUACGACAAAAUAUCCUCCUUCCCCACUUCUAUCGCCGAAGACCAAUCUGUAGCGUCCGCCGUCGCACCUACAGCUGAAGAACCGCCGAAAAGCCCCGCUCCUCUGUCGACCCCAUCCGACCAAGGCAAAGAGCAGCCACUGUCUGCAGGAACUCUUUCACCGCCCUCCUUAGAAGAUGACAAACAGCCCAAAUCUCCGUCUGAAGACUUAACACUUCCUGUCGCAGAAGCUAAGAUGGCUGCCAAAGCUCCUGAUGCUAAAGAUGAGGAAGAGGAGGAGGAAGAAGAAGAGGAAGAGGAUCAAACUCCUAAUGUUGACAUGUCACUAGAGAAGCUCCAGGAGGGCUAUGCAGCCACUAUGUUGUUACAGGGUAAAGAGAAGGUUCCUGAACCACCGGCCGACUCUGUGCCUCCAGUUUCAGCCUCCGUCCAUCUACCAGUUGAAGAAGAAAAUAAAGAAACAGUCGCGCCUAAAGAUGUUUCUUCUGUUGUGCCUACAAGACCAUUUGGAUCUGACUCAGUAACUUCAGAGAGUGAAGAGCGCUGCUUCAGUCCAGAUGAUAUCACUGUGAAAAUGGCCUCCCCUCCCCAGUCCGGACCGCCCAGUGCUGCUCACUCCCCGCUCCGUCAGUCACCAGUGGAAGGGGAGGUCAAGGGAUCUGCUGAGUGGGAUUCGCAAAAGCAAGAGGAGAUCCUUGAUGUUGUCACAGCAGCUGAAGAUAAAAGUUUAAAGAAAGAUGAAGCAAAACCGGAGGUGCAGAAAGAUGAUGACAAAGUUAUCAUGGAUCAGGAUCAAGUUAAAACAUCUUUGGAGAAACAAGCCGACGUGAAGGAGGUUUCAGCUCCAAAGGAUUCAGAAAAAGAGAUCGUAACAGGAGCAAAAGAUGACGACAAACAAUCAUCAUCUACAGAGGUUCAGCCGCCCGGAGUGUCGGAGGAUUCCCUCCUGUCAUCCGAACAAAGUGAUGAAGUGAUCGACAAAGGGCUUACGGAGAAAGAACCUAAAGUGCCUCUUCAAGGUAAAUUUCCAGAGCGGGAAAGCGGUUUCCUCGAUGAUGAUGAGGAUGAUCAUGAGAAAGGCGGCGAUGACGAUGAUCAUGAUGAUAAAUCCGCUGGUAAAACCGUCAAGGCAGAGCAAGAGCAAGAGAAAGACGACACCUCUGAUGUCGUAAAACUCAAGGAUGAACCGCAGCAGGAAUCCGUCAUCAGGGAACACGUUUCAGCCGAGCCCGCCGCAGAUGAGAAAGCAGAGAAAGAAGCCGUGAAGGACGAUAUUUCUGACGCUAAACCUGGAAAAGAUGAAAAAAUUGAAAAAGAGAUUGUUAUCAAAGAUGAACAGUCAGUGCCUAAAAGUCCUAAAGAGGAAAAGGUGGAUGUAGUUGCAUCUGAGACCAAACCAAUCGCAGAUGAGCAGGAGCAGAAAGACACAAAAAAAGAAGAUGACCUAAAGACCAAAGAUGAGGUUAAAGAGGAAGAGGUAAAAACUACCGAAGCAUCUGAUAGUACGAUGUUGAAAGAGGAGGAGAAGGUAACAGAAGAGAGUGUAACCUCUGACGUUAGCGCCGUCAAAGCUGAUGAAAAAGAGGUCGAAAAAGUCGAAACCUCAGAGCCACUGAAAGACGAAAAGAAAGAAGAGGCGAAGAAGGAUGAUGUGCUUGUCGUUGAGCCUGUUAAAGACGAGAAGAAAGAGACAGAAACAUUUGAUAUCAAAGAGAUGGAAGUUAAGAAAGAGGAGAAAGAGAUGGAGAAGAUAGACAUCUCUACUACCAAGCCUGUUGCAGAAAAGGAGGAGAUGGAGGACAUGACUGCUGCUAAACUCAUCAAAGAAGAAGAAAUGAUUAGUAAGGUUGAUUCGCCUGCUGUUACUAUGACAGAAGAGACGUGUAAAGACGCUAUCUCAACUAUCAGCCUCGCCAAAACCGAGGAAAUCGAAGCAACGGGGAGUAAAGAUGAGAGCGUUUCUGUCGAGCCAUCCACAGAGCCGGAAAAAGAGAAGGAGACAAGUAAAGAUGAAAGUUCUGAGACUAAAAUCUCCAAGGAUCAGGAAAAAGAUGUGACUGCAAGCAAGGAUGAUGUUCACAUCUUCAAACCUGCAGCAGACGAAGCAAAGAAGGACGACACGAGUAAAGAUGAUACCGCGGCUGCAAAACUAAUCAAGACAGAGGGAGAAGAUCAACCGCCAAGCAAGGACGACACUUCUCCGACUAAACCAGCUGUCGAGGAACUAAAAACACAAGAGGAAAUUAAAGACGAAGCAGCUGCAGUGAAACCGGAGAAGACAGAGGAAAAAGAUCAACUCUCAACUAAAGAAGAUGUUUCCGCUGCUGAAGCAACAGUCGGAGAAGAAAAAGAGCCCGAGGAAAGUAAAGAUGACACCAUGGAAAUAAAACCCGCCAGUGAGAAGCACAUGGAAGCGAAGAAAGAAGAUGAUUCCUCUGCCAUGCCAAUAAAAACAGAAGAGAAAGACGUUUUUAAAGAUGCUGUCAAACCAGUCGAGGAGGAAGAAAAGGAUGAAGAUGUCAAAACCACCAAAACUGAAGAUGAGGAUGUGGUAACGAAGGAGGAUACAUCUGCCGUCAAGAUACCCAAGGAUGAAAUGAGCCUGAAGGAUGACACUUCAGUUGCCAAACCUGCUGUACAAGAAGAAAAGGAGAAAGAAGUCAGUAAAGACACUUCUGACGUUAAAAUGCCGAUAGAGGACAAAGAAGAAAAAGCAGCAGACAAAGAGGAAACUACAACAGUGAAACCAUCUAAGGAAGAGGACGUGUCUGCUCCAGAUCGUAGUGAUGAAACCGAAACUGUCAAGGAAGUUAAAGAGCCAGUCAAAGAUGAAGUUUCUGAUAUUAAACCUACCGAGGAGAAGGAGGAAAGCAAAGAAAAGGAUGGUGAAAAACCUGUCACGGAUAAGACGGAAGAUACGAAAGACGCCAAACCUGAUGAAAAACUCAUAAAAGAAGAGGCGAAAGAAACCGCGAAAGAAGAUGUAACGGUAAAAGAGGAAGUACAAGAGACAGAGAAAGAAAAGAGUGUUGUUCUUGAUUCUGUAUCCGUGAAGGAGCAGAAAGAAAAAGAUGAUACUGCUGUGAAACCCAUCGAGGAUGACAAAGAGGUGGAAAUGAGCGUCGUUUCUGAGGUUAAAGAGCCGACAAAGACCGAUAUCCCUGAACACAAACCAGUUCUGGAAGAAAUUAAGAGUAAAGAUGCUGAAAAGGGUGACAAAGAGCAGGAGGAAGACUCAAGUGUUGCACAACCAAAGGACGAGAAAGAGUCACCUGAAGUUAAAACCACAGAGGAGGUUAAAAAAGAUGCUGUUCCUGAAUCCAUCAAACAGGAGACAGAGAAGGAGAUACAUGUUCCCAUAUCAAGCCCCAAAGAUGAGCAAAAAGGGAAGGAUGAUUAUCCUUUAGAGUCUGAAACAGCUGAUGAAAACGGAGUACAACCUCCUGUAAGUCAGACAGUAGAGGAAAAAGAAACUAAAAAGGAAGAUAUUCAUGACAUCGGUGAUAAGCAAAUGCGAGAAGAAACCCCUGAUGUGCCGACAGAGAAGGAAACUCUCAGCGAUUCGUCAAAAGACAAACAGCCAGACGUUUCUGUAAGUACAUCAAGUGAACCCCUGAAACCAGCUAAAGACGACACUUGUGUGUCUCCCGGCCAAAUCCAGAAAGAGGAAAAAGAACAAGACAAAGAAGCAAAGGCUGUUAUGAGUCAAGAGGAGAAGAUAGAGAAAGAAAAAGACGAUGCACAUGUCGCUGAACUUAGCAAAGAGCAGAAAAUGGAAAAAGAACAAGAGAAAGAUUACACCUAUGAAGACAUAAAAGAUGAAAAGACAAAACCAGAGACAGUUAAAGAUAAGGAUGUUGUUGGUUCAAAGAAAGAGGAGGUCGCUGAGAAGGAAAAGUACGACUCUUCUGAUGCCAAGGAGGAGAAAUGGGAGAGAGAGGAGUUACAAGAAAAAGAGCAGGACAAAACAACAAAGCAGCCAGCUCAGGAAGACGCAGCAGCAUCAAAGACGGAGUACAAACCUGCAUUUGUGGUUCAUUCUUCUGAUGAAGACAGGGAAGACGAGGAAGAGGAGGACAUAUGUAUGGGAGGAGCCGGCUCCAGACCUUUGUCGGUGGAGCCCAAAAAACCAGAACAUGACAUUUCACCUGCAGGUCCGCCCUCCUCCCAGACUCUACAGACAAGUGACCAAACGAAACCACCGGUCACGCAAAAGAUCACCGUCGUAAUACCAACGCUGACGAUGCAGGAGCCCUCGAUUGAUGAAGACAUCAAAGAGUUCGACAAAGACGAACACGAACUCCCGGCAGAAGCAGGCAAAGAUGUAAAAACAGAAAUCACACCUGCACCUCUCGCCAAGCCAGAACCGUCCUUUGAUACUGUCACAUCAAAGGAGGAGGCGUCCUCUGUUCCCAAACAAGCCUCUGAUAUCCCCGCGGGUAAAACAGAACCGGCGUCAGACUUGACUGAGAAGAAGCCGGUGCUGUCAACAGUAUCGAGCACUGACAGUCAACAGAGGAGCAGCACGCUUUCAAGCAUCGAGAGCCAGUCCAGCGUGGAGGAAACGCCACAGCAGGAGAAACAGGUACCGCCUCAGGCGAGCUCUUUAGCCAGCGCUACAGAGAAGACAAAGCCGGACGAGAAACCGGUCAAGGAGGCAGAGAGGGAGAUGGAGGGAGAGAGGGAGGUUGCCUCGCCAGGAUUAUCACAGCCUUGUUCGUACUUUAUGUUGGACAAAGACUCUAAAGAGGCCGGCCACACCGAAGAUAUAAAAUCUGACUCUGCGAAAAAGGAGAGCGUCGAAAAAUCGACCUCGGAGACAGAAACGACAAGUCUCAAAGACGAAAAGCAAACCAUGGCCGCAUCAAAGUACGAUCCGUAUGAGAAGCCCUUCCCAAAGGAUCAUGACCUGGACACGAGAGAAGAAAGUGAAGUCACACCAGGUUUCGAUCACACCUCUGAUAUGGGUAUUGAUGAUAACAGACGAGCAAGCCAGGUAGAUGCUGGAGCAGCCAUGUUCCUCCUGGAUGACCAGUACAAGGAAGAGCCUUUAUCCUUCAGCAGAGUCGACUACAGCGCGGCAUCCCUUACAGAGAGUGAAAGAAGCAGCCAUCACAGCCCAAGUGCCUCACCUGAAAGCGAAGACAGAGAAAAAGGCCAAGAGGAGGAGAGUGAGAGAGAAGAAAGGCCAGAAGCACCUUAUGUUGACAAGAGCUUUUCAUCUGUGGACAUCCAAGACAACAAAAUGUCACAGGCUGCUGAAUCAUACUCUUUCAGCCCGAAAGAGGACAAACCUGAGAAAACAGAGAAAGAGAAAGAGGAUAUGAUGGGCGACGCUGCUCAAACAGGAGCAACGGAAAGCGAUAAAGUUGCCUCCUGCGUUGUUGUAUCUACAGGCACAUCAUUAAGCCAAGAAACGACCUCUUCAUCGUGGAGCUAUCCGGAUCUAGGCACCCAAGUUUCAGCCACUCCUGCAGCCUUUGCAGAACCGUCAGAUAAGAGAACAGAAAAGGAGAGAGAGAAAUCUGCCGAGUCACUCAAAGACAAAAUGGAGGGAUCUCCGUCUGGUCGGCGUUCACCUGCAGAGAAAGACAUUUUACCUCAGAAAGCUUCUCCAUCAAAGACAGAGGAAACUUCGAGCGACUUGGGAGCAGCGUCCGCGGCGACAUUUUCAGGACAUGUAGUAGAUGAUAACGUUUUAGCAUCCGACAAUAGCCAAGUUAGCAGCUCCGCAGCUUCUAAAUCAUUGUUAGAUUAUCCUGACGGAAAAGAGGGCCUGAUAGACAAAAGGUUACUUGUAGAGGGAGAGGAUUUCAAUGUUGAUGAUGAUGAUGAAGAAGAUGAGGAGGAGGAAGAAGAGGAGGUGUCCAGUGAUGUUGACAUGGAAAAAGGUGCAAGGGAACAGUCUGAAAAGGAAAUGUGCAGACGUGACUCCGACGGCAGUGCUACGCCGACAGAGGUGGAAGACCCCAAUAAGAAGUCACAGUCGCCUGACUUGAGUGUCCAUAAAGAGGAACCAAUCAGUAAACCAACGCCCGACGGUGCCUCCGCCUCAAAGGUCACAGAGACAGAAAAGCAGGACUUGAGCAAAACGGCGUCGUCUCCUGAACCAAAGCCGCUUAAAGAUGAUCACUUGGAUAUGAACGGUGCCACAUCCAAACCUCUUGACACGAAGAGUGAAGACGUUUGCAAAACAGUGUCCAAACCAGAUCAAAGUGCUCCCAAAGUGGACGGAAGCUGCUUGUUAGACGCCCCCAAACUUCCCGAAACCGAGAAGUCAGAGGACACGGACAAAAAGCAGAUGUCUCCUGAGUCUGGUGCAAAGAGGAAGUUGUCAUCAGUUGAGGACUUCCCACCCUCUGAGGUACUUCAGUCUAAAAAAGCAGAUGAAGAAAAAGUGCCUGAGUCGCCAAGCUUUUUGUCGAAGGAGUCUCCUCAAGUUUUGUCCACAAGCAGCUUUGCAGGAAUCUCCGACAGGUCAGAGCCUACGCCCAAGGAUACAUCUAGCUCCUCUCCUCCACUUGGAAGUAGCUACGCAGAUAUCGGACCGAGCAAACCCGGCGGUUACCCUGAGCAUUUAGAAAACGGAAAGAGUCAAUCGGAAUCAAAAGAGGAAACCCUUACUCUCUCUGAUUCCCCCCUCCUACCCCAACACGGAGAUGUUAAGCUUCAAAAGGAGAUAAAAGAGGAAAGUAAAGAUGACAGGCAGGCAGCAGAUAUCACAGAAAAACCCAGAGGAACUACCUCAGCUUGCACAUACACUACCUUAACAUACUCAACGACAACCUAUUCCUCUACGUCGUACAGUUUCUCAUCUUCAGCCUCAAUGUCCUCGCCUUCAAGCCAACAACUCGGGGACAGAGUUAAAACUUUAACAACACUAUCGAGUUCUGAGGUACCUCUUGCAAAGGAGGAGCCAUCGUUCAGGACAGAAACCACAAGCUCCUGCUUUGGUGGAUUUCAUAGAGAGGAGUACAUGGAGGUGACCACAAAACCUGCAACCAAGGUGCCCAUCCAAUCUGAGGAGACCAAACCGUUGUCUACAGACUUGUCUUCAACCUCAAAGCAAACUGAUGAUCCUCCAAAGUCUGAAAAGGACACAAAGUCAAGCACUGAUAGUUUUUAUAUGUUAGAGACUAAGACUACAACAGCCUCUUCUUCAGCACCAUCUGUGCAAGGUAUCGAACCGGCAAAGGUACCAGAGAGUUUAUCCACUUUUGAUGUCUCCCCCCUCCAAAGGGCUGAGUCAUCCGGGAGAGUGCCGGCUCAAGAUGAGGAGCCUGAUACCCUAGAAAUGGAGGACAGCACCCUUCCGUGUCGUAUUGAAUGUGAAAAAAUCAAAGUAGCUGAGCAUAAAGAGACUUUAUCGACUCCGACCGGGUCAUGUCUGGUGGAAAGCAUGACACUCUCCACAGAAAAGACCUCUACCACCAUUACCUCGACGACGGAAACUCAUCAGACUGUCUCGGUUUCCUCACUGUGUGGUAGUGAAGCUGGCAAAACCACGAGUGCCACGACAGACUCAUCCAGAACAGAAGAUAAAGAGAAGGAGAAAACACCUGAGGAAAAGAAAGAUGUAAAGGUAUCGGAAAUGGACCAGAAAGUAAAGACAGAAACCGCUAAAGAUGAAGCCAAGCCAAAAAUGGAGGAAAAAACAUGUAAAGACAUUUCAGAGGAUAAGACGUCAUCAUCUGAUCCAACGAUGUGCACAAAAGUAGAAGAUGGUAAAAAAGGAGAGGCAGAGAAGGUGGAGGAGAAAAGCUUAUUGGAAAAGCCCUCAGAGAGGUUGGAGAUGAGGAGAAGGAGCAGUAUAUCUGAUUGGGAGCUCUUACAAAGGCCUGAUGACUACCCAAGUGCCCCUCCUGCAGGUUAUAGAGAUGAUGAUGACGAUGAUGAUGAAGAGGUGGAGGAGGAAGCGAUGGAAUGGAUGUCUGGUACCCACAGCACCUCUGUUUCCUCCUCAAAAGAUACAUGUCAAACGGAAGCUUCAAGCAAAAAGGCUGAUCGUCCCUCUGACUUGAGCACCGGGGCCACCUCCUCAUCCGCCUCCCAUCCUGGCUUCUCCUCCUGCGAAUACAAACAUCGCAAAGGAGAGCUGUCGCCAUCGUUCAUCAACCCCAGCCCUCACCUGCUGUCCAGUGACGAGGGCGAGGAGGACGGACAGAGCGACCGUUCCCAAGAGGGGGACGAGGAUGAUCAGGAGCAACACUCGGUGAAGAGGAGGUCGCACAAGCAGAGGCGUCACCAUGCUCAGAGUCACCAUGGAGACUCUGGACAGGGGCCGCACCAGCUACCCGGUGGGAUGUCCUCUGGCUUGGCUGUGACAUUAGCAGGAGAGGAAACACCUCCAACGUCGGUGAGCGAAUCUUUGCCGACACAGUCUGACUCUGACGUGCCACCAGAAACUGAGGAGUGUCCGUCAAUAACAGCCGAAGGAAAUCUGGACUCAGACGAAGACGCUGAACACCUGCCAGUUGACAAGUUAUCUGCAUCUGGAGCUGCAGGAGGUCAUCAUCCUCCUUCACCAAGAUCAGCUCAGAAGACUCAUGAUCCCCUUCCCACACCGAUGAAGGACCCUCAUCCCCACCCUCCACACCCAGAUGUGUGCAUGGUGGAUCCAGAGGCUCUCCUGAAUGACCACAGCAGUACAGAGAAACUUCUCAAGAAGGAGCACAAGACCACAAAAGGCCUUAGGAAGGGCAAACCGAAGUCAGCUUCCCCAGCUCGGAAGAACGAAGUCAGGAAGAGGUCCUAUACUCCAGUGAAGCAGACCUCCAAGGACUCUGCCUCCCCUCGAUCGGCCUCGCUCAGGAGGAGGGAUAUGGAGAAGAGCUCCAGGAUGAACAAGAUGUCUGAGACCCACAGCGUUAGGAGUGACAAGGGCUUGGUCAAUGGUGUCAAGAGUAGCCCAGGUAUGUGGAAACCAUCAAUACACAUCUAAUCUGGUCUCGCUUUUGUUUAUCAGUCAGUUUAAAGAUUAAAUGUGAAGCUGAGCUCCAGAUCAAAAGUAUGUAAUUUUAUUCUUCUCCAUUUUCAGUCAACAAUUCCCAGAAAACAAGCUCAGCUGUCCCCCCUGGACCUCCCGUCUAUGUCGACCUGGCUUACGUGCCAAACCACUGCAGUGCGAAGAACGUAGACCAGGAGUUCUUCAAAAGAGUUCGAGCUGCAUACUAUGUAGUGAGCGGGAACGACCCGGGCAGCGGAGAGCCCAGCCGUGGAGUCCUAGACGCCUUGCUGGAGGGCAAAGCUCAGUGGGGCUCCAAUUUACAGGUAUACUUGUUGUGCUCAUCAAUGAGCUGUCACAGUAUUACUGUAUCAUUACUGCAACCCAUUGGCAGUCAUCAUCGCCAAUCAGGUGCCUCUGGGAAAGGAUGUCAAUUUUUAAGCAAUUCAAGAGUAGCCAGCAGUUUGAAGUCCCAGUAGAUGCUUCACUCUGGCCUGCCUCUGCAGUAUAACUCAGAGGUUGGACCUUUCAUUUGUUAUGCCUAUCAAGAAGUUGGGAAAUCUAAUCUUUUGAUUGGCUUUUGAAACAACAUAAAGCUGCUCAGAUUUAUUGCUGUUUAUUCCCAGAUUAUCCACAAUUGGCGCUGAGAUGUCAUCGUCUGCUUUCCACCUGCUUUUGCUCUCCCCUCAGUUUUUCCUCAGUAUGCCACAGCCUUCUGAAGUGUGAUCGUCAGUCCUACUACUAAGUCAAGCAGCGAGUGUGCUAGUCAAACCCAUGGUGUACAAGCUUUACUGUGAUGUGGAGGUGGCAGCUUUGUUAGGUUGAGGGACAAACAAAACUGAGAGCGGGUUAGCAUACAUUGGAUACAUCUUUCUUUUUUCGUGUGGCCCCAGAGACGUUUUGGGAUAUCCUUUAGAGACCCUGAAAGGGUAAGCAGAGCUGGGUUUAAGUUUGUUAAAGUGACGGAAGAUAAACUCAGACUAAAAAUGUUGUUGAAGAGUGGAAAGAGCUUCAGACCAGCCAAACAUGACCCCUAAUGAGAAUCAGAGUCCAAAGAUCCUGACGAAACUUGACCCAUAUCCUUAAAUGAGCCUCAAAAAGUCUGAUAUAGGGAUAAAUGAUCCUGAGUAAAGUAAAAGUUCAGUUGUUAAACGAAUCAAUUCCUCUUUACCUUGAGACAAAAUGUGUGCCAGACCUUCAUCAUCAGCAGCUACCUCUGUCCAACCUCCCUCCUGAGCUUACCUCUCACUCAGUAAGGGCAACUCAGGACAGCAAACCACCCAGGAUAGUAGCCGAGGCUUUUCUUGCCACAAUGACGUGUGAUUAACUCGCCUGAUAUCACCCAGCGAAAGUGGAGCCAGGGACACAGACACUGAACGUUCUGUGACAAACCCCGUCAGCUGUAAAGGGAGGGGAUCAUCAUGGGUUGUCAAUCAAGUGUUAAAGCGUUAAAGCAAAGGACCUAUGAUACUCAGACCACCGGUAUGGGCUGCUUGAUUUUCACUGGGUAAAACGUGUUUUCAGUGGGUACCAGGGUUGCUUCUUGUCACCUGUUUUUGAAAUUGUCAUGUUUGCAGAUGAUGUAGUUGUUUCUUUAUCAAAAACAAUAUCCCCAGUAGAUGGUUUAAUGGGUGGAGAACUUGCUACAGAGAAAGCACCGAUAUAAGCAUCGUACCAAACGGCUGUAGUGAAGAUGAGGUGACGCCAGAAUGCAAAUCUUUGUUAUGUGUCCCAUUCCUCACCUAUUGUUACGAGCUUUGAGUAGUGACCUCAGGGUUGAGAUUGGCGGGACAAAUGUCUAUAAUGAGAUUCCCCAGCAGGGUGGCAGAGCUUAGACUUAGAGGUUGUUGUAAGGAGCUCUACGCAGAGCCGCAGUUCCUCCAAAUGGAAGGAAUCCAGCUGAGAUAGUUCGGAAAUCUGAGUAGGGUGCCUACUUUUGAGUUUUUUUGGGCACACUUAAGGGAUUACAUAUCACACUCGACCUCGUAAUGCCAAUGGAUGCCUAGGGGGAGCUGGGUAAGGUUGAUAGGGAUUUUUGGAAUUAAUUGCUUAGCCUUCUGCUACCAUGACUGGAUCCGAUAAGACAAAGACAGCCGUUGGAUGGAGUACGUGAAUGGAUGAAAGUUGCGAAUACGGCGUUGGAGUGCAAAAAAGUUCAAGGCUGACAUUUGAGGGUAAACCAGUAAAUAAAAAGUUCAUGUUGAUCAUAAAACCAGGAGCCCCAAUGCCUCAUGGGAGUUUCAGCGAAAUAUAAAUGAUCAAAAAUCACGACGGUCAUUUCUGAAAGGAAUCUUGAGUUUUUUUGUUUCAUCCGUCGAGCCAUGAAGUAGUCCGGCACGUUUCAAGAACUUGUUGUUUUAACCUUUUGUUUUUUAAUCAAUCAAACUAACAAGAUGUAACGCUAAGUCAGUAAUGAGCUUUAGAGGUACUGAUAGGCUAAUUUGUUCCCUUUUAUCAGAACCAAAGCUCGCUAUUACUUUCAUUUCUAAGCUUUGCACCAAUAUAAGCUAAGCUAAGCAACCUCUCGAGGAAGGAUCGUACUUUAGGCAAAAAUACCAGAGUCACAUCGAACCCUCUCAUCGUCCUGUUUAUGAGUACUCUCAGUCUUUCAGGUCAUGGGAAUUUAGAGUUUAAUCCAAAGGGCAUCUGGACUAAAAUCAAGUGCAAUCUUGAUUAUAUCUUGUUUUGGAGGCCCAUUUUUGCAAGAUUGUUACAAGCUUACCACUUACAUUUUGUGUCUUUUGAUUUGGAACCCUUGAGUAUUAGAUUGACUAAAUACAAGCUAUGAUUUUUAACGUCUAGAAAUGCCGCCAUAAAGUAGUUGUCAGAGGAAGUGAUGAACAGCAUGCUGCAGGAACAGAUUUUUCCAUCUAUCAUGGCAAAGAUGUUUAAUAAUUGAUGCAUCACACUGCAAAAAAUUUCAGCAUUUUUUUUAAAAAUUAUUUUUCAUUUUAAAUUACAAUGCUUACAUUUGCUCUGAGAAAAAUGAGCAAAGAAAUUAGAGGUACUGCUUUGUUCAAAGGUUCACCACGAUAUACAAAACCAUAAAUUACGAAAAAAAUUAAAUUAAACAAAGCUAGCUCGAAAAAUGUUUGGGUGGUGAGUACGAUUUCAAUUUGAGAGAAAAAAAUGAUGUUUUGCAAAAUCUUAAAACCCCAUAUAAAAAUACAUAUUUCAAAAGUUCAAAUUGAAAACAUUUUGUUUUAUGAAAAUAUUAAAUAGAAAUUUAGAUGCCAGCAACAUGUUUCAACAAAGUCUGAAUUGAACUCGUACAACAAAACAAGGAAAACCUGUUUAAUGAACAGAAAGAAAAACCUUGGAGGAACAUGUCCAGACUAAUGAGAUUAACCUGCAACAGGCUGGUGACAACACUGAGAGUACAGAGAGCCUAAUUCACUCAGAUGUAAAGAUGGGAAGAGGUUUACUGUUCUUCUGUGAGAGGUGACAUGAGAAAAUAGUCCAGAAGUUUCAGAAUAAUGAUCCUACUGAAGCACAUGAGGAUCCAGAGACGAGUUUCCUGCAACCAGGAGGCAAAAGUCUGCUUCAGAGUGAACUGAUACCAAUGAAGAUGCUGUAUUCUUUGCACGUUCUCCCUGAUACAAUUGCAAUAAAAUGUCAUUUCAUUGAAAAAUCGCUUUGUCUUUCAUUGCAUCACAUGUCAUUUCAUUGAAAAAUCGUUGUCUUUCAAUGUCCAUGAAUUUAAAUGUUAGUGAAUGCUAACAAAGUCAAAGUAAAAAUGUUGACAACGAUUUACAGCACAACAGCUUCUUGUCAUUUGUAUUCUCUGUUGGUUCCGUUAGUAAACAAAUAAGAAAUGUCCCGCUUUCUGCCCCCUGGCUGCGCGAGCAUACCUGCGAUGACGUUGCACAGAAACCCGUCUAUAGACGAGGCCAAAAACUGCUAUUGAAACAGAUGCAACUCUCCAGUAGAAAUCACCAAAAAGGGUCAAGCUGUCUUCCAUAAACCACCGUCUGUAAACACAGAUUUUUAUUGCAUCUUCAGAUGGUACACAUCUUAGAAAGCACGAUGACCACAGGAUAGUUCAUGAACCGUCUCCUCUCCUAAACCGUUUCUCUCUCUCCUCAUCAGGUGACCCUUAUCCCCACUCACGACACGGAGGUGACCCGGGAAUGGUACCAGCAGACUCACGAGAAGCAGCAGGACCUGAACAUCAUGGUUCUGGCCUCCAGCAGCACCGUAGUCAUGCAGGACGAGUCCUUCCCCGCCUGCAAGAUUGAAUUCUGAGCUCCAGGAGCCGUGCUGCGCUCCCCCACGCUCCCCUCUCAUUCCCCCCCCCACACUCUCUGUCAUCCGUCCCCCGCUGGAGGAAGAAGAGCAAGAGCGAACGCCACACUCUGCUCCUUCGAAGCUCCUCGCUCGCUCACGGUAUCAGUCUCAAACGCAUUCGCCGCAGCUCUCAGUACACUAGAUCAUGUUAGCUGAAAUCAAAUCAGAACUCUGGGUUUGUGCUCUGUGUGACAGUGAGGGGUUAUUUCGCAGAUAAUAACCUGUUUUUAUGUUUGUGUUUCUGUGUAAAUCACCCACCCAAACAGCCCCUACAUUAGAAGACCAUCUAAAAAACCUAACCACAGUUAAUAAAAGAGUUCACAACCUUUAAAAAAGUAACACAACUAAACUAAAAUGUAGUUCGGGAAUUAUUUUAAAGGCAUAAUUCAAAAGUAGUCGUCCCUGAGUGGCAAAUUUCUUGUUCAAAAGUCUGAAACAAGUGCCAAACACUGUAAAAAAAUCCACUCCUGAAAUAAUCAGUGACCCAUCAUUUCUUUUUACAGUGUUUUAUAAGAGUAGAAACGUUUCAUCAUGUGAAGCUGUUAUUCGAUCGGUGCACAUGGUAAAACUCAUCCAUUGCACUUCUGCUCACGCAAAUGUAGUUUUUGGAAAAUCUCGUUAGAGGAGUAAAUCGAUAUUACGUGAAAAAGAUGUGUUACUUCUUGUCAUUUUGUGAUGAAGUUUUAGGGGGCGCCUGAAGCUAGGGCUGGGCGAUAUGGCCUCAAAUCAAUAUCACGAUAUAUUGAGCAGUUAACCUCGAUAACGAUAAAUAGACGAUAAUUACUCCACAAGCUGCUCACCCCCUCCCACAUUAACUUCGUCUACUUCAGCCACUACAACUUUUGAACCGUCCUCCAUCUCCUCACCUGUCUUUCCCUCUUUGUUACGGACUGGAUGGGGUGGAGUCACACGCAUCUAAAACCAACUUUUAUUUAAUUUUUUGACACCGAAUACACUGAUAUGAGUAAAAUGACUUCGAUUAUUGUCAUAAAUUUCGGUAUCGGAAAAUUCUGGUUUAUCGCUCAGCCCUACCUGAAGCUGCCGCCUGUUUGGAUUCUCUCUCUCGGCUUUCACGGCUUUGCUGGUGCAUGAUGCUUGCGUUUUAGCUCAGACUCUGUCAGAAGUGCGUAGGGUUAAUCCUUUGAGUGUGGAAUAGUGCAGAUAGAUACUACACCGUUUGGCUGUCUAUGCUCAAGUGAAUUCAAUAAGCGCUGGGCUAAGAGACGAUGUUUGCACAAUCAUCAUAUCUCUGCUGGGUGUAACGGUCCCUCUUUAAGUCUUUAUCACGGUCUCUGUUGGUCGUAUGUACUUCGGUAAACAUAAGUGUUUCUACAAAAAGGUUUUGUUGACAAAUUAUAUAUUUUGUGACGAUGCAGCAAAUUGUUAUCCUGAAGCGAAGAAGGUUUAACUUUCCAUCAUUUCCUCUCGUUCAGCUACAUUUUACCGUCUGUCGAUAUCAUUAAGUGAUGGAGAGAAAAAAAACAAAAACAAGAAGUGACCUGUGACAAAUGUAGCAACGUAAGCUUAACCGCUAGUCCCCCCCGGAGGGAACGUCAACACCAGUGUGAACUGCAAUAUCUAUAUUUAUUGAUUUUAAAGGAGAAGAACUACACGAGUGUGUAACAGGAGGCUUCUUUCACGUGCCUUUAGCCUGAGGGGGAAGUUUUGAGGACAUGUCAGCCAUUUUAAAGCAAAGCCAGGGUAUAUAAAAGACGCCAAACUCUUCAACUGAGGACCAAUCAGCUCGUAAAGUACACGCACAAACCUCGUCCACAAUCGAAAAAUAACACCCCUACGAAAAAUACAAACUUUCAAACCAAUAUGAAUGUCUUUGAGCAAAAUAUUGCACCAAAUAGGAAUGUACUUUUAAGAGGUGUGGGAGUUUAAAAGUCGGAUUUUUGUUUGUAGUUGAGAGCGAGAGUAGCAGCAGAUUAUUACUUGUAUAAAAAUAUACAUAUAUAUAUAUAUAUAAAGAGAGAAAAAUGUACAAAACGCUCCUCUAAAGCGAGACCAGAUUUAAUAUAAAGCAAUGAUCUUCUCUUAAUCCCAGAGUUUUAUGUAUAGGAUGAGCAUGAAUGUGAAUGAUUUUGACUGAACCGGAAAAAGACGUUAUAAAUAGGAAUAUCUAAGAAGUAGGUUUUUUUUGUGUUUGUGAGUUUAUGAUGCGCUCAGAGUGGAGUGUUUUUAUAGCACAGCAUGGAUUAGUGAGUGAGUUUCCUGUGGGUUUAAGUGUGAAAGAAGAAAAAAAAGGCUCAAACGCACACGGCCAAGUUUUAGCCCUUCAUUAAGAAAUUUUAAUCUGCAAAAUUUAAAUUUGAUUUAUUUUGCUGAUAAGAAAAUGUUUUUGAUUUUAUCCUGUUUUUUUUUUUUUUGGUUUGCACAAAAGCGCCCAUUUCUGCAAGAUUGUCCAUGAAAAGCUAGCUACUUAUGUUUUUGUGUUUUAUGAUUUGAAGCUCAGGGGACAGACUGCACAGGAGGCUUGGAUUUCCAGAAGGUACUUUGUUUGAGCCGAGAAGAAGUUUUCUACUCGAAACUUUUAAAAGUCAAAGCAAAAAAAUAUGUGAAAACCACAACAAAAAAACUGUGUUACCUGCAACUUCCAUCCAACAACUGUGCAUGACCAACUCCAGGAGUAUCAGAGUGAAAGCACAGUUAGAAGGAGUCGAUGAUGAUGCAUGUUUGUUUAUGGAAGCAUUGGCACGUGUUGCACCAGCAUUUAUUUGCACAAUUCUCAAAAAAACACAUUUUAAGGUUGCACAGAUUAAAUUUUAGGGACAUAAAUGACAAUUUUGAGUCCCAGAUUUUUAUGUUUGUUUGUUUCUUUCCUCAAAACGGUUCAAAUCUUGGAAAAAUGUGGUCAACUUCAUCUAGGACUCCUCUUCCUCCUCGCUCUUCUUGCCCUCUGUGCCCUCUGGCCUCCCUCAGCUUCAAAUCAAAGUUUCACAAAGUCGCCACUGAAUGUAAUUAUUUUUCUAAGCACUAUAUUUUCCCAUUAUUGCACUAUUUAAGAGGCAGACACAGCUUUUUUUUUUCUAAUCCCACAUGCAAAAGAGUCUGAUGCAGGGUGUUUAUUAGCUGGGAAACGCACAAGUACGCACACAGGCUCUCUCGUCUGAGGGGAGGAUCACAGCCCGCACAAGAUCAAAUCGACUCCCUCGGGUUUAUGAGAGUUUGUGAUCGGAUCAAUUCAACAAAAAAGUCCUUUUCAGCCCUCCUUGGAUCCCGUCUGGUGAAGUGUAUGCAAAGACAAGGAGAAGCUUUUUUCAGUGUGUGGAUCUGAUAUGUUGUUAUACUGUCGUCGAAUCGUGUUUUCAGAUUCCAAAUAUCAGGCCUUGAGGCUUUAUUUUUCGAGGCGUUUGUAGGACGCUGUGAAACGCUCAGUACUGGACUGUGUGACUGCGCACAGGCUGAAUGCACUAUACAGGAGAUCUAUUUUUCUGAAUGUAGAGUCGGUACUACAUGAGAAUGCUGCUGGAACAAAAACAAGUGACAAAAAAAAACGAAGAAAAAAAAUAACAAAAAAAAUAAAACAAAAAAACAAACUCUCACACCAACCUAGACAGAUUGAAAUCUUGGGGAGCACGCGGAGUGGGCGGGUACUGAUGUCUGUUUUGACUAUUUGUCAUUUCAGUAACAGAAAGAGAUCAGUUUGAACACAGAACCCUCAACGAACAAACUAACAGUCACAGAAAUAGUACUUACUGCAGCUGCAACUUUUCCUGAAUAUGACUUGAAACACAUGCAGACUCCAAACCAUCGGUGAACCGAAAACUAAAAAAGCUACACGGACGGACGUUAACGUACCGUGGUGCACAGAUCUGUAAAUACCGAUCCGAAAAAAAGAACAAACCUGAAAGAAACAACAACAACAACAACAAACUAAAUAUCCUUCUUGUGAUAUCUGUUCAUUUUAGACGAUUUUAGCGACAGAAAACUGCUUACGACUCCUGGAACAGAGAAAAACGACACAAACGCUGACAAGAACAGAACGAUUAAAAAAAAAAAAAAAGUGCAUCUUUCCGUUUUAGUCCAUCGCCAUACUUGCAUUUAAAAGACCAUAUCAUUUGAUCACAAUAUGGUGUCAUCUGUCCAUCUAAUCUAUCUGCAUGUGAUUUAUUUAGUUAUAAUCCUGAAUGUAAUUGUUUAACAUGAUAAUAAUAAUAAUGAUAAUAAAAGAUACAAUGCUAUUUUAAAGAGAUAUAUUUGAAAAAAAAAAAAAAAAGCUAAUUGUCUUAACUGGUACUGAAAUGACCUACAGUAAUAUAAUACUGGGCUGUGCUUUUAUUGUUUGCCCUAUUAACAUGUUGUUAAGAAGACGCUGUAUUGGUAGUUCUGUUUGAUUCUCUCUCUCUCUUCUCUUUCUCUCUACUCUCUCUCUCUCUUUUGCAUUGUAUUAAUCUUAGUUAUGUUUUUCUUCCUCAGUGCAAUAUUCAAUAUCUCUCUGUCUCUUUAAAUCUAACUGGUAAAAACUAGAACUACUGCAGAUUCAUUGUAAAAGGGAAACAGCCUGGUGAUCAUCAAUUAAAGUACAUUGAAAUCUA